AUGACAAAUAGGACUGAACUGGCUUCCGAGGCCCCGCCCAUUCUCCCCGCGCCAGCCAAUCCGCGCGCAGCUCCGCGCAAGAAGGCGGGGAAAGAGGCGCACGAGGGAGGCUCCGCCCCCGCUACCUCCCUCUUUCCCUUUACUAACCCACCGGGUCGAUAUUAUUAUUGUUGUUGUUGCUGUUGCGGCUGGGAUGAGGGGUCCGUGACGUCAUCCGGCCUGGCCUUACCGCUCACACUGUGGUUGCUCUUGGUAGCAGUGCGCGCCCUCGGCUGCGGGAGCGCGCCUCAGCGUCCCGCCCCGGAGCUGUGUGUGCCGGACACUUUACGGUGACGGAAGAGAAGAACUUUUUUUUUUUUUUUCUUGGUGUCCCCCUCCCCUCCCCUCUACCCCCAGUGUCUCACCUGUCACCGUGUCCGGGAGGGAACGCCGAGAGCUCCGGUAGGAAGUUUACUGGUUUCUACUUCCGGUCGCCUGCCCCAGCCUGGAGUUUGCUCGGGGUGCCGGGUGAUCCCCGGGUGAUCCCCGGGCUGGGCCGCGGGUACAGGGGGGGAGGCGGUCCUCAUAGUGCGCUGACUGUGUCUGCUUUCUCCCCCUGACAGGCGCUGUGCUGUCCGAGGAGACAUGGAUUACCCUAUGCCCAGGGGGGAGGUCAUGACAGCUAUCCUCCAUGACAGGUAAGUGGCUGGGGCCCCUCUGGGACCCAACGGGCAACUUAUAGUGAGUGCCCACUCCACUCACUCCCAUAGUCCCAUGCUGUGUUAUCCUGCCAUUUAUCUGUGUUACUCUCCACAUAUCAGCUGGGGUACAGAGGGAGGAAGCAAGCUUGCACACUCAAGGUGUUCUGGGCUGCAGCUUGCCUGCAUUAUGGCUUUAGGGGCAUUGUGGGAGAUGUAGUCCAACACACCUGGAGUGCCGAAGCUCGCCUACCCCUGAGUGCUAGGAUCAAGACUGGUCAAAAAGUAGACCACCCCAGCUUUUGUAAAACCUAAAACUCCCUUGAUGCGUUGCUAGGUACACUCAGCCUCAUGGGGGUUGUUCUACAGCGGCAGGUGUCAACAUGUCCUGUCACCAUGACAUCUGUGGUCCAUCUCUCAAGAUGCUUAACCUGUCUCUAGCUCAAGAGGUUGCGUAAGAUUGUAGAAAUUAAAAAAUAUAUAUUUCAGAGUUUCUUAAAUAUUCUAUUUAAAUUAAUUUUUUUAAUUUUUUUUAAAUGCCGGCUUGAAAUGGUGGAAAAUUCUGUGGUAUUAAUGAUGCUAAGGGUUAUUCCACAAACUGUAUUUUAAUAUCUACAGUAGACCCUCUUAGUAGGCAUCUAUUACUGCAAGAUAAAAUUAAAAAAAAUUAAAAUAUAUAUAUAAUUUUUAUUUUUUUAAAAACAAAACAAUUUUUAACAUCUUGCUGUCCUUUUUAGUUCUGCAACAGCUUGGGGAAUUGCCUCAUGGGCCACCCCGACCUAUAUCUCUUGAGACAUCUGUUAUGUUUCUCAAGAUUCUCAGCAUCUGUGUCGAAAAAGGAUGUGUGGACAACUGAGCAUUUUUGUUGAUAAAGUAUAGAAAACGUAGUUGCUGGUAUGAAUGACACAAGGUUGUUUACAGAAGUUAGUAUUUAUUAUUUCAAAUGUAUUUUCCAUGUAGCUGAACUAGAAAAAUUCUCAACUCUUUCAGUUUGGCUACUCUAACUUAAAAUUUGAAAUUCACUUUGCACUCCCUUUUGAGUUUUAAUUUUAAUACAUAACCCUCAUUUACCAAAAUGAGAAUUCAAAGGGAAUUGCAGAUCUAAGACUAGAGUAGCUGAACUGAAAGCAUAGUUACUUAGAUAAUUAUUCUAGUUUAGCUUUUUCGACCUUACAUUUGAAUUUCACUUUGAGUUCUCAUUUUGGUCAGUAACCAUGUGAAUGAGACUGUCAACAUUAAAGUGAUAUUCCACUAAACUUUCAAAGCACAUGUGUGUUCUGGAGUUUACAUAGUUGUCUCAUAGGUGUCAGUGUGUACAUGUUUCUCAUUACAAAUUGCUAUUGUGGCAGCAAUAAAACAUUGACUGUGCAAACCACCUAUUACCCUGUCUUUCUAAUUUCGAGCAAUUCUAUUUUUUUCAUAAUAACCAUCAAGAUAAUAUAAUGGAGAUUUAUGGACCUGUUAAAGGCAAUCUGCAUCAGGGCUUGAUCAUCUAGCUUUGAUUGGCUACCUUUCACACUGGGUGAUAAUUUUUUGUUAAUUCUUCUAUUGUGAUUGAAGUAAGUCCUGUGAUGCUCAGCAUUCAUAUCAAAAUAAGGUGAAUGUGACUUAUAAUCACAGGAGUAGUUGUUGUUAAGGAAUUGCUUGAGGUACAUAAAUAAAUACAUACAAUAGUAGGUAGAUCACACUUCUGGGUAUGUCUGAAAAGGAUAUAUGCAAAACACAAAAGUAUAAGUAUUAUACAGUAUAAGAUUUGAGUGAAGUACUCACAAGCCUAGAGCCAAAUAUAUGUGGCUCUCACUGAUGUCGCCUUGGGACUUUUUCAAGGAUGUCCCUCUCCUAUUACCACGUGGCUGGAUCGCUGUUCCCACUUGGCUUGAAGGGGUUCCAGAGUGAAUGGCUAUUCUCACUUGGUUUGCCAGAAUUCCCAAGAAGAUCCCACUUAGCUUGACAGACUUCUCAAAAGAAGAUUCAAUAUGGGAUGAUAAGCAAAAUAUUCAAAUAAAUAUUAAAAAUACAUUAAUAAAAACAAUCAAUAAAAAAAUUCCAUAAAAAAUAAAUAAAACAAUAUAAUCAAAAGUCUAUAGCUAAAGUGCUAUAGUAUCAAGUCCUGCCAAUUGGCUAGUGCAAAGUCCAAGACGUGUUUCGCCCCUUCCAGGGGCUUUUUCAAUCGGUAUUUCUGUUUUCCUAUAGUGCCGGCGUUUUUUUGUGGUAAUUCGCCGGUUUACUUCCGGGUUCCGGCCAGUCUUGAUUUGGAACGCAACGUGCGUUCCAAAUUGCUUCCGGGUUCCGGCUGCCUUCUAUUUGGAACGCAGCGUGUGUUCCAUUCCGCCGAAAUUCGUCUCCCACAUACUUCCAGGUUCUGGUUUCCUCCUAUUUGGGACGCAAAUAUGCGUUUUUUUUGUCAUAGUCCAUCAUUGAUGCACUUAAGAUAUAGACUUUUGAUUAUAUUGUUUUUUAUUUUUUUUAUGGCAUUUUUUAUUGAUUUUAUUAAUGUAUUUUUAAUAUUUUUUUUUUGAGUAAAUAUUUUGCUUAUCAUCCCAUAUUGAAUCUUCUUUUGAGAAGUCUGUCAAGCUAAGUGGGAUCUUCUUGGGAAUUCUGGCAAACCAAGUGAGAAUAGCCAUUCACUCUGGAACCCCUUCAAGCCAAGUGGGAACAGCGAUCCAGCUACGUGGUAAUAGGAAAGGGACAUCCUUGAAAAAGUCCCAUGGCGACAUCAGUGAGAGCCACAUAUAUUUGGCUCUAGGCUUGUGAGUACUUCACUCAAAUCUUAUACUGCCUAUUUGCAUAGACUUUAUUACACUAUUUUGUGUUUUGCAUAUAUCUUUUUCAGACAUACCCAGAAGUGUGAUCUACCUACUAUUGUAUAUAUUUAUUUGUGUUUAUAUUGAGUGGUGUAAGGGGUUUCCCACUCAGGUGGUUUGUGGCAUUCUAGCUACCACAUUUAGUCCCAUUGCUCUGUUGUAUACAUCCCCAUUUUUUGUUGUAUUGCUUGAGGUACAUGUUUGCUAUUACCGGCGAACGAAAUAUUUGAUACAUCCCUACGUGCAUGACUUUUUGUAAUAUUUGAGUACUAUGUCACAUGAGCAAACCUAUACUAUGGGUUUUUGAUGGUGUAACAAAAUUAGUGCCAACUACUCAAUUGAUUCUAUAGUCUUAAAGCCUUAGGUUCUACUCUCAAAAUACUUGUGAUCAUUCCGGAGCCCAAAAUGAGUAGUGCUGCCCUGUUAACUUUUGGAUCAAUACUAAAAAAAUGUGACUGAUCCUUGAGUUAAUAAACCCUCACAACACUGAUGUUUAUGGCAUCAUGCAUGCGGGAGAAUACAACACUGAGGUCAAUGGUGGAUCCAGUAAGAUAUUCCAUAUUGAGAGCCUAAAUCUCUCAGCGAUCAUUUGAUGGUUGAUGGGAUUGGACCAAUGUUAAAGCCGUAGCUCUGACUUUUGUCGACUUUUUUUUUUUUUCAAUGAAAUUCCAUCGCAGUCUUGAUCAAUAUUUCAUACAGAAUGUAUUUUUAUUCAAUGCUGAAAAGUGACAGAUAUGUUUUAUGUACCUUUGAUAAGGUUUGACCUAUUAUACUUUAUUUAGGGAAUUGUUAAAGGACCACUAUAGUGCCAAGAAAACAAACUUAUUUUCCUGGCACUAUAUAGUCCUUAGGUCCCCUCCCGCUGGGCUGAAGGGGUUAAAACCCCUUCAGCCACUUACCUUAAUCCACCGCCGGGCUUCCUCAGCACUGUUGCCCACUCCUCCCCCUCCGCAGAGCCGCGCGCGCAUUCAAGCCGCCCAUAGGGAAGCAUUACUCAAUGCUUUACUAUGGACGUUCUGCGUGUUCAAUGAGAUUUUCGCAUUGAGCGUCGGGGAAGGUCUUCUAGGGUAUGUCAGGAAGACAGCCACUAGAGGCUGGAUUAACCCUGCAAUGUAAACAUAGCAGUUUCUCUGAUUCUUUCUUAAAACCUGGAGGUCAUGGCACCCAGACCACUUCAUUGAGCUCAAGUGGUCUGGGUGACAUUAGUGGUCCUUUAAUUUUGGUUUGAGUAGGUUUACUUACUGCUCCUUGCCACCAGCAUACUUCAUGUUAAUACAAAAAGAAAAGUCCUGCACUCACUCCCAUCACUCCUGGGCUGCAGCAACGACCACCGUACACAUACGCUCCAAUACAUAUAGUAAAAACCUGUGUGCCUUUUACUAAUACAUUAUACAGACCGUUUCAUUAUUGAAUAGGAUUAGGGCCAAAGGAAAAUAUGAUAGCUGUUAAAGUUUUUACGUUAUCAGAACAGUGUUUAUAUUCUUAGCUAAGGCUCUGUUACCAAAUUCGUUUUAGAAAUAAUUCUAAACGAUAAUCUGUUUGUGAAAAAAAAAAAAAAUAUAUAGUAACCUGAACAGCAAUGAGUAGCCUACUUAGUUUACAUGUGAAAUACAUACAUUUUAUGACUGUAUUUUCUAAAAUUCAUUUAUCUUUAAAUGCUCCCCUAUUUCAAUCCUUGAUAUUAAUGUUAAAAUUCUUCUAGCCCAGAGACAUAGCAGAUGUACAGUAUCAGUCUUUAAACAACUUACUUUGAUCAUGCACUCAGUACAAAAAACUAAAUGCUUAAACUCUUCAGCAGCCAAGGGCUGCUUAGCACUGUGAUUUAAACAAUGAUUUUUGAAUGACUUCACCACAAGAAAAUGUCACUGCUCAUGUUCCAUCCAGCCAUUUGAAAUAUUUCUAUCAGUGGCAUGUGAUGCCUACCAGAGAUUUUUGGUUGCAUUUAAGAAGUCAUCUUAAAGAAACACUCCACUUGAGAAAAGAGAAAAAAAAAUCAUUUUAAUAUUUAUACCCCCAAUAAAAACAUGCAUUUGUCAGUGAGGGUAUAUCUAAAAUCAGAAUGCAAAAGCUGCAUGUCUUAUGUCAGCCCCCUUUUCACCAGCCCGUGCUGAGGAUAUAACAAUCAGAGGUUCCUCAUUGAGAACCUUCGGAUUCUGAGCCACAAGCGGGCGCACACACCUUUUUGAGCAUGCGACUAGGAUGGAUUGAGGAUGACGCUGGCGCAAGGGGAGAAAAGGGUCUCACUAAGACUUGGGCCUAUGCAGUGACAGGCUCACUAUAGCAGAGAAAACCACCUCUGCUGUUUGAUAGAUGGGAGAUGUUUCUUAAUCUAUUUACAAAAGUGCUGAUUUCUCAUUGAAAUAGGCACUUUUAUAAAGUGCAAAGAACGUACUUAAAUAUAAAGCACUUUGCUUUAUGUGUGCAGAGUGGUGCUUUAAUAACUGUACUGUUGAGUUUUUUUUACAUUUCUAUUUAUUUUAAAGUUUGUCUAAUGAUUACAUCUCUAAACCAGGUAUGGAGUGUCUCUUCUUGAGUUUCUAAAGUUUUGCCACCUGUAACUAUAAAAAAAGUACCUUCCUGUCCAUAUAAAAUAUUUCCGCUUUUGUCAUGUAUGGUAUGUUGCAUUGCUAGCAGAAACAGUGUCACAUUAGUAAUGUUACCUUUUGAGACUGUGUGGUAGCCCAGGAAUGAGAAUUACCCCCAUAAUGGUAUAACAUUUGAAAAAGUAGACAACCCAAGGUAUUGAAAGUGGGCUAUGUUUAGUCUUUUAUAGUAGCCACUUAGUCACAAACACUGGCCAAAGUUAGCGUUCAUAUUUGUUUUUGUGUGAAAAAAGCAAACUAAUAUUUGGCAAGUGUUUGUGACUAAGUGGCUACUAAGAAAGACUGGACAUAUCCCACUUGCAAUACCUUGGGUUGUCUACUUUUGCAAAUGGUAUGCCGUCAUGGGGGUAAUUUUCAUUCCUGGGCUACCAUACGCUCUCAAAGGCAACAUAACCAAUCUGGCAAAUUUCAAUGUCAAAAAAAUGAAAUGCAAGCCUUCUAUGUGACUCUCUAAUUUUCCAAAACACCAUAAAAUCUGUACAUACUGUUAUUCUCUGGAGACUUCACUAAACACAAAUAUUAGUGUUUUAAAACAGUAAAACAUAUUACAACAAUAAUAUAGUCCAUAAAAGUGACGUUUGUUUGUAAAAAAAAAAAAAAAAAAAAUUUCACUUUUAAUUAAAAUAUAAUUUUCCAGUUUGAAACACUAAUAUUUGAGUUCAGUGAAGUCUCCUGAGUAAAACAGUACCCCUAUGUACAGGUUUUAUGGUGUUUUGGAGAGUUACAGGGUCAAAUAUAGUGCUUGCGAAUUAAACUCUCUGCACUUUCUCCCUGUGUUGUCAGACAUGUCAAUCAAAUUUUAAUUAAAGGACCACUCUAGGCACCCAGACCACUUCAGCUUAAUGAAGUGGUCUGGGUGCCAGGUCCAGCUAGGGUUAACCCAUUUUUUUUUUAUAAACAUACCAGUUUCAGAGAAACUGCUAUGUUUAGAAAUGGGUUAAGCCUUCCCCCAAAUCCUCUAGUGGCUGUCUCAUUGACAGCCGCUAGAGGCGCUUAUGUGAUUCUCACUGUGAAAAUCAGUGAAAGCACGCAAGCGUCCAUAGGAAAGCAUUGAUAAUGCUUUCCUAUGCGAUUGGCUGAAUGCGCGCGCAUUCAGCCGACGGGGAGGAACGGAGGAGAAUCAGAGGCAGAGAGCUCCCCGCCCAGCGCUGGAAAAAGGUAAUUUUUAACCCCUUUCCCCUUUCCCCUUUCCAGAGCCGGGCGGGAGGGGGUCCCUGAGGGUGGGGGCACCCUCAGGGCACUAUAGUGCCAGGAAAACGAGUGUGUUUUCCUGGCACUGUAGUGGUCCUUUAAUCAAAUAACAUCAUUAUGUUAAAAGAUUACUUAAAUAUACAUGUAGAAUUUUAAUAUACAUACAUUUAUAGGUAUUUAAAUUCUCUGUGUAUACUAAUGUAAUCUUUUAUGUAAUUCUCUCUCUCUCUCUCUCUCUCUCUCUCUCUCUCUCUCUCUCUCUCUCUAAUUAGAAUAAAAUUACUUAUGAAUAUAGAAUUUAUAUUAAAUUUUGUUUCAAUAUACUUAUUUAUAGUAAUUAUAUGUGUGUGUGUGUAUAUAUAUAUAUAUAUAUAUAUAUAUAUAUAUAUAUAUAUAUAAUAUAUGUGUGUAACGUCAUUCUAAGUGAAUUUUAAUACUAAUAUAUGUACUUAUAUUAAUAUUAAAACACUUUGUAUGACGUUGUAUGUAUAUAUAUUCUAUUAAAAAAAAAAUUCUGUUUUAAUUUUACACGUUUAAAUUUUUUUUUUUUUAACUUUCCCACCAGCAGGGGGACUGUCUGAUAUUUCAGACAGUCCCCUUGCUGGCAGAUCCACAGCCAGCUAUAGGGGGCCUGAUUAGCCGUGGGAUGGCUGCCUGGGCUGUCAAGCAGCCCUCCAGAAGAGGAUCACGGCGGAGGUGAGUAAAUCGGAGCACCAGGGACUGAAAGCCGUUACGGUGUUCGGUGUUCUAUGCCGCCGCAACGGCUUUAAAGCCCUUUUAAUACGGGACGGCAUAGAACGCUGUUAAGGGGUUAAGACAAAACUGGCAAAGUGCAAUAUUUUUUUUAAUAGGAUAUUGGUAAACCAAUCAGCAAUUGGCCAUUGUGUAAUAUUUGCUGUCAGGAUCCACUUGUAUUUUCAUAUAUCGUAACCUUCUUUAUUGCACUCAGGGUUAUUUACUAAAGUCUGAGUGACUCAUGGAGUAGCUUGGAGCAUAGCGGCUAAAGAAUUAAAAUUAGCACUUACCUGUAAAAUAAUAAGAGCACAUGUGCCCCUCUCCUACUUUCCCGCAUGAAUCAUGUUUUUCUUUUAGUUCAGGUGGAUGGCUUGGUGCUUGUGUAUCGUUUACUUAAGGGACACUGUAGUCACUAUAACCAUUUCAUCUCUUUGAAUUGGUUAUGGUGCCUGGAGUGCCCUGACACUGUCCCUCCAUUCAGUGUUGCACCAUGUUUGUGCAGUAUGCCACAAAAUAGGAGUCCCUGGCCACCCACAGUCCAGCCCCUUCUGUAUGUGUAGCUAAGGCAGAGAUUACACACUUCCUUGUUUUCAUACCCAUUCAUACCGUCAGUUGGAGCUCUGACAGGCUAAAAGCAGUCAGCUGACACUCUCAGCCAAUCACAGCUGCACAUUGCUGCUCAGGCUAAUACUUCCUUAUUAGCCAAAGCAGCACAGAGGGGAUGGACUGCCAGGGACUCUUGUUUAGCAUUUAAACAUUAAAAACUGUUUAAUCCUGAAAGAAAUGAUGGUACCAGGGGACUCCAGACACUAUAACCAGUUUAAUGAGAUGUAGCAGAUACAGUGCCUACGGUGUCCCUUUAGGGAAGAGAUGGCAGCAGGAUACACUAUGUUGUGAAAAAGGAAGGCAGUGUAGAUGUUACGUUGACACUUCCUAACUACCUACCUGGAGAUUGUUGCGGACAACAUCCACUUUUCAUGGCAAUAGUGUUCACAGUUUGCAGUGGCCUCUAUUUCAGCAGGGUAAUGUACCAUGCCACACUGCAAAAAAUGUUCACAAAUGGUUUGAGGAACAUGACCAAGAGACCAAGUUGUUGCCUUGGCCUCCAAUCUGAUCUGUUGCUAAUGUCUUGGCGUCAGAUACAACAGGGCUGGGAGUACCUACACAAUAUUAGAAGGUGGUUUUAAUGUUUGUUUGUUUUUUUUUUUUGUGUGUGUGUGUGUGUAUAUGUAUGUCUAUCUAUCUGUCUGUCUGUUCAGGUGGAUUAGUAGCUCUUGUAAUAUGUAGCCUUUUUUUUUUUUUUUAAAGAAACCCCUCCCCCUUCAUACCUGAAAUACCGGCGUGUGAUCCCACAGCCUCAGUUCUUACUUGUCCCACAUGUGGGACGGAUGGGAGCCUCUUCUGAUCUUGGUGAAGUACACUGGUUGCUACUUGGAAAAGAAGCCUGAUAUUUCCCUAGGUGGAGAACUGCAAGGCAGCUGGCUGGGAGACCAGCGUAAUUAUGGAACGGUCAAUGAAGCUCUUUUUUUAAUGUCUAAGGCACACAGGAAUUGCUGGUAGAAUUGGAGGCGGUCCCAGGAGCAAUGCCUAAGAUCGAGCAGGGGUGGGGAUUCUCAUCAUGGUACUGCUCAUGCGCGAUCAGAAUUCCUUUCUUGCGCCAAAUUUGAAAUGUGGAGAGCCUAUGUAAGCUUCAGUGAGCACACUGCCAUCCAGUGUCUCCACCCUCUGCAUGGAGACACUGAAAUUUCCUCAGAGAUUCAUUGAUUCAAAACAUCUCAUGAGGAGAUGCUGACUGGCCAGGGCUGUGUUUGACUUGUGUUGGCUCUGCCCCUGAUCUGCCCGCUUGACAAUUUCAGCCAAUUCAAUGCUUUCUCAUGAGAAAGCAUGGUGAUUUGCUCAGAGAAUCACUUAUGAUGAUGUCAGCCAAGCAGGCAGAUCAGGGGCAGAGGCAGCAGCUGCAGACUUGAAUACAAGUAAGAUUUAACUAUAUUUAGGGAGGCAACGGGGGUAAAUAAUGUUUUUAACACUAUGGGGUCAAGAAUACAUGUUUGUGUUCCUGAACUAUAGAGUUCGUUUAUUCAGUGUAGUAUAUUGUUUUUUCAAUCCCUAUCUCUCUGCAGAUUUUUCUUACUGUGUGAACUUGAGAAAAGUGUCUCCUAAUUUGUAGAGAUUGAGUUACUCCAUAGAUUACAUUAGUAUAGUCAUGCCCGUGUCUCUUUUUCCUUUAUCUUCCUGUUCUUGACACCAUUAAUAAACUUGCAGUUCAUUUCCAGAUAUCCCCUUUCAUCUUUGCAGCUAAUUGUGCCAAGUUAUUUUCCCCUUGUAGAAAACUAUGGUUUGUGAAGCAGUCACUAUUUUUAACACAACUUGUCAUAUGAUACAUGCUAUUCAUGUCACACAUACUAGAGAGGUGUGAGUUGUUGUCAAAAUCAGAUUUCUCCAAUUCAUAUCCUCAAGAGCUGCAGACUUAACAGGUUUUAAGGGUGAUCGCUGAGCUAUGCAGAAAUAAUUACAUGAGGUGAAAAAAAUUGGAAUCUACAGGGGUAAUGGAAGUAAAAGAAAACUAAAUAGUGGAGUUUUUCUUUUCAUUUUAUGUGUUUAUGGGCAUUAGCCUAUUCCAAGCAUUGUAAUGGGUAAACAAACCUCACUGCUUUAAUUUACCCCGAGCCAUUCUAUUGUGGAUGGCGUAAGUUACGCUAAACUAUAUAUACAAUUGCAGUUGAGAUGUUCACUUAGCUAGAUAUUAAUCAGAUAUUCUCUUCUUUUAGAUAGAGCCCGCAAAAUGUUGUUUUGUUCCCCACCCCCCGUUAAACUAUGUUGUUUGAGUAGAUUACUGAUAAUUGCAACAACAAAUAUAUUUGUAAUGUGGAUUUAAGAGUUAGUUUCUAGAAUUUUACCCUGCGUUUUUAUGCAUUGUAUAGGUUAUACAUUAAAACCUUGAGUGGAGGGUGGGGGCCCUAAAUGAAAAUCGGGGGAGUGGACCUUGUCUCUCCCACCCCCCUCCCUCCAUGGGUGACGGGUGUGGGCUAAGUGUAAAUACCCCCCUCCCCCCAUUGUGACUAAAGGUCCCCAAGCCCCUAGUCACCCUCUCCACCCAAAAUUAUUUUAAUAAAGACCUACCCCCCCCCCCCAAAAAUAGUGAGUGGGAACCAUAAAACUAAAUCUGUGUGGUUUUUUUUUUGGUUUUUUUUUUUUUAUGCUAUUUUUAUUUUGAACAAAUCCUUGCAAUUUUUAAGAGCUUUACAGACAUGAGUGGGCUUAUUGUACUCUAAGGUGCUGAUCUAGUUUUCUUGUUUAACCCCUUAAGGACACAUGACAUGUCAUGAUUUCCUUUUAUUCCAGAAGUUUGGUCCUUAAGGGGUUAAAACACAAGAUAAAAUAGGGACUACUUUGUCUUAUCUAUUUUUCCUACGCCUGAGUUUCUUUGACCCAAGGAGGAGCUUAAGUCUGUUCCAUUUCCUGUGUCAAGAAGAAAGGUGAGUACUCUUCUGACUCCGGAAAUGGAACGGACUUAAAGGGACACUAUAAUCACUAAAACAACUUUAGCUUAAUGUAACAGCUUUGGUGUAUAGAUCAUGCCCCUGCAGUCUCACUGCUCAAUUCUCUGCCAUUUAGGAGUUAAAUCCCUUUGUUUAUGCACCCUAGUCACACCUCCCUGCAUGUGACUUGCACAUCCUUCCUAAAAACCUCCUGUAAAGAGUCAUCUAAUGUUAAUCCUUCCUUUAUUGCAAGUUCUGUUUAGUUCAUAGCUUGCUAGACCCUGCAAGAGACUCCUGUGUGUAAAUAAAGUUUAAUUUACAGAGCAGGAGAUAAAAUAGUUUAAGGUAAGUUACAUCAUUGAAAGUGAAACCACUUUUUUUGUUUCAUGGAGGCUGUCAAUCAGAUCCAGGGGAGAUAUGGCCAGGGCUGCAUACAUAGAAACAAAGUGAUCGAAUUCCUAAAUGGCAGUAAAACAUCAGAGGCAUCAUCUAUACACUAAAACUGCUUCCUUGAGCUAAAGUUGUUUAGGUCACUAUAGUGUUCUUCCUUGGGUCAAAAAAAGUAAAGCAUAAGACAAAGUAGUCCUUACUUUGUCUUAUGUUUUAAAGAAAACUAGAUCAGAAAUAAAGAAAAUAACAUUAUGUGAGAGGAAACAAUAAGAUAAAGGUAAGUUUGGUGUAACAGUGCCGCCUUAACUCAGACAAUUGAGCAGCAAGAUGACAGAGGUAUGAUCUAGACAUCAAAACCACUUUUUUUUUUUUUUUUUAAAGCUAAAUUUGUUUUGGUAUUUAGAAUCUUCCUUUAAUUCCAAGACCGUAAAUUCUGUUAUUUAUCCUUUCGAAACGUGAUACAAUUGUGAGAUUCUUACCUCCUAAUUAUAUAAUACAUUUCUCACAUCCUGAAUACGUGUAGGUUACUAUAUAAAAUAUACAACAACCUGAUGGAAAGUGAAAUCCGUAUGAAUUCUGUAUAAAAAUCAGAAAUUUGACAUAGCGUGAUACAGUUAAGUAAUUCAACUUUAUGAAUAAAAAUGAUUAUAGAUGCACUCACAAACGCACGUGAAAUAGAGCUUCUCGCCCACCCAGGGGCAGUAUGUAAUCCGAUGGAUGAAUUAGAGAAUUACCUCAUAGGAUAUAUAAAAAUAAAGGAAAAAACAGAAUAGUGAAGUUUGUUAUAAAAAGUACAAAAUCACAUUUAUUGGUCACACUUACAUGUGUGUAAAUCACAAAGAGCGUAUCUCUCAAUAACUUGGAACUCCAUGCAAUGUUGUUAUCAAUCCAGGAAUAGGGAUGAACAGGAGUAGUUAUAAAUGAGUAGCCAAAAAUACAAAUAAAACAAUUAAAACAAUAUAAAAUAAGUCCAAUAUAGAAAUCCAACGCGUUUCGUCCUGUAGGGUGUAGGACUUCAUCAGGGAUACUUAUUUUAUAUUGUUUUAAUUGUUUUAUUUGUAUUUUUGGCUACUCAUUUAUAACUACUCCUGUUCAUCCCUAUUCCUGGAUUGAUAACAACAUUGCAUGGAGUUCCAAGUUAUUGAGAGAUACGCUCUUUGUGAUUUACACACAUGUAAGUGUGACCAAUAAAUGUGAUUUUGUACUUUUUAUAACAAACUUCACUAUUCUGUUUUUCCUUUAUUUUUAUAUAUCCUAUGAGGUAAUUCUCUAAUUCAUCCAUCGGAUUACAUACUGCCCCUGGGUGGGCGAGAAGCUCUAUUUCACGCGCGUUUGUGAGUGCAUCUAUAAUCAUUUUUAUUCAUAAAGUUGAAUUACUUAACUGUAUCACGCUAUGUCAAAUUUCUGAUUUUUAUACAGAAUUCAUACGGAUUUCACUUUCCAUCAGGUUGUUGUAUAUUUUAUAUAGUAACCUACACGUAUUCUGGGUGUUUUCCACUUUUUCAUUAUUUCACAUUGUUUCUUGGGUGUCUGUGAGGUACACCUAGGAAUUCUUCCAGUUAUACGUUUUUGUAGUGUAUAUACUAUUUUCUGUUUAUAUUUCUCACAUCCUGCCUACAUUUACUACAAAUCAGACUUUCCAGAUGCAGCAGUGAGUUCUGAUUAGACAAGGAAAUAUUUGAAAAGCUCUCAGCCAAUUCCAGCACUCCAACUAUUCUCAAUUGUAGAGUUUGAACAUAGCCCACAAACGCCUCCCAACAGGGUUUAUGUAGUCGGCACUGGCUGCACUUUCAUUUGCGCUUAGACCCAAAUUGUUACUUAAGCUGGCAAAAGCGAUGUUUUGAAAUAUUGAGUGAACGAACGUGUAGUUUUCUUUCUAAAGUGGUCAUUGCCUCUAUGCAGUUACUGCUCACAGAAAUUAGAACAUUUGCUGACACUUGCUUGAACCCUAUUGUAAACAGUAAAACUAUUGUUUUACAGUAAAAAAUGUGCGUCAGUUAAUCUUGUGAUAUAAGAAGUUCUGUGGCCCAUGGGCUACUAAUGUGAAUAUAGCCUUUCAAAAAGUAUCCCAGUGAAUGCUGUGCCUGUAAGGAAUGCUUCAUUGCAAUAUCUUCUUAAAUGUUUUGUGAGCUCACGUCUGUCUUUAUGUAAGGAGAAAGACUGACCGCCUCAUCAACAGCUCCUUUGCAUUGUUCUACUACAUCCCUAUAUCUUCCAUAGUUGUCUAGCAUGCUAUAGAUUGAUAAACAUAUCCAUUAUUAUUGAGCUUAAGAAAAAAGACCUUGUUUUCUUUUUAGCUAUAAAUCUUAACUGUAUGCUUGACUGACUUGUAUGGCAUUUCUCUACAACUGCCAAAGCAUGCAUCAGCAUGCCUGGAGGAUCAUAUUGAAAUUUCCCUGUAUGGAAAUGCAGCAGAGGUAAAAUAUUUUAAUGGCUUCUUUUUUUUUUUUUCUUUUUUUUUUAUAUUAUUAUUAUUAUUAUUAUUAUUGUUGUUGUUGUUGUUGUUGUUAUUGGAGCCCUAUAGUGUUUAGACCACCAUCUAGCACCCCUGCUGAGAUUGUAAAAGAGGCAGAUCAGGAACAGGGCCAGUACAAUUCAAACACAGCCCUGGCCAAUCAGCAUCUCAUCAUAGAGAUGAAUUGAAUUAAUACAUCUCUAUGAGGAAAGUUCAGUGUCUGCAUGCACAGGGUGGAGACACUGAAUGUCAGUGCUGCUUACUCUCCAGUACUGCCCCAGGAAGCACCUCUAGCAUCCAUCCGAAGAGUGGCCAGUGGAGUUAUCUCUAGGCUGUAAUGUAAAACCUGCAUUUUCUCUGAAAAGACCUUGUUUACUGCAAAGAGCCUGAAGGGAAUGAUUAUACUCACUAGAACAAAUACAUUAAGCUGUAGUUGUUGUGGUGACUAUAGUGUCCAUACUCUCUAUUUAUUGUAGGCAGUGAUGGUUUUGUUAUAAGAAUUAAGUGACAUGAGCACUUGAACAGAGAAGUAAGCUAAUGUGUACUCUAUAUUCUCCUAGUGUCCAUUUUCACCAGUGAUUUACAAUCUUAUGCACAAACCAAUGUGAAGCAUCUAGGGCUAGGGAAUAAAUCAAAGGCAGUCCAAUUUAUUAAGCAUUGUAUGUGUAUAUAAAGUGCAAGCUCUAUCUUUUAUGUAUAACUUAUCCUUAUUUUUCAUGCACUUGAUUACUUUUAGACAGAUGUUUUUGACAUAUUUCAAAUGGAUUUUAUAUCUUGCGAAUGUGUUGCCAGGAUUAAAUAAUGAGCCUAUCAUGCUUUUAUCUUAGAACAAAAACAAAACAUGCAUGAGUAAAGAUAUAAUAGCGGGGUAAAAAGCUAGAGAAAUCCUUUGAGCUAGGUAGUAAUUUCCUUUACAACUUACUGUAGGUGCCUACAUUUCUCUUAAUUUUGAGAUUUUCUAGAUGUAAUCUUUCCUGGCUUUUCAGUUGAUCCUUUACUAAGUAGAACUGAUAUUUUCAAAUUGGGGCUGGAAAUAAUUAAAAUUAUUCAAAUUUUAAGUUGUUUGAUAUAGUCAAUACGGCAAGUUAAAUUACACUUCGCACAUGCGCUUUUCUGUUGAAUUUAAAGUGGUUGAUUAUUUUGCCUACUUAACUGAAAUUAUGCCAAUUAUAGUUUAGCUGCAAUUCAAACAGUUGUUUUGAUCACUAUUGACAAUCCAGCAAAGUAAAUUUGUUCCGAGACUUGGAAUAUUUACUGAACAGAUAUGUAAGAUUUCUUUUGUAAAGAGUUUAUUCUCCUGAUUAUACCACUUUAAAGUGAAAAUGCUGAAGUAAAAUUAAGAAGCAUAUCUUCUUAGUUGAUAAGAUCCAGUUUUGAUUCUUUAUAACACAGGAGUGUAGGAAGAGCCCCAUAGGCCAAUUCCUCAAUCUCCCUCAUAACUUGUAAAGGGUAAAUAAAUCCAGUGAUAAUAGGGUCCCUUGCCACAGCUCUGCUCCGCACACUGAGUUGAUCGGUACUGAAGAUGUCACGGCCAGUAGAAUGCUUUUUUGUUUUGUUUUGUUUUUUUGAAUAGGAUACAACAAACAAAUAGACAAAAAUUAGUCCUGUGCUCAAACUCCCACUACUCCUGGGCAGCAGCAACGACCAUAGCACAUAUCAGCCCCAAGACAUACAAAACAAGCAAAUAAAAAAUGUUUUUUUUAAAGAAAUCGCCUUUGCAAAGUCCUGCAAGCGUGAGUGUGCGAGGAGUGGACAGGGACAUACCUACGAAUCAGUGAAGAAAUGGCAACAGGGGGCUUGAAUUGUUCAGUGCUUUAUAUGUAUGGGUUAGCACUUUGGAUUGACUUCUAUAGGAUACAGGGAGCCAAUGCAAGGACUGGCAGAGGGGUGAGGUGUGAGAGGACCGACUAGAGAGUAAAAUCAGUCUGGCGGCGGCAUUCAUUACAGACUGUAGUGAGGCAAUACGGCUUCUGGGGAGACCAGUUAGGAGAGAAUUACAGUUAUCCAUGUGAGAAAUUACCAGAGCAUGAUCAAGCUCAUUGGCAGCAUCUUUCAUAAGAAAGGGGCAAAUGUGGGCAAUGUUUUUAAGGUGGAAUCUACAGGUUUUAGCAAAAAAAUGGACCAGUAUAAGGCACAAAGGUGAGGCCAGGAUCAACGAUAUCACCAAAACAGCGAGCUUGCAGGCAUGGGAUGAUGCCGGAACCAUCAACCUGCAGGUAAAGCAAAAGAGGAGGAUCUGUAUUAUGAGGAGGAAAAACAAGAAGCUCUGUUAGGCUCAUAGGCCGCUUUCUGCUAAAAGGUGAAAUGUCUGAGACAUGUUUAUUUUUAUAAACCCCUAAACAACCUAUAAAGGGUUAAGUCUGCACGGUUUAUAAAAAUACCUCUUUGUCUCUCUUUGACACUCCAAUAUUGUGACAUAUGUCAAAGAGUAGUAAAAAAAAGUACUACUUGGCUAAAAUUGAAAUAAAUGUAUAGAUUAAGGAAACACAAUAGGGUAAGGAACACAAACCUGUAUUCCUGACACCAUAGUGUUAAAAACACCAUCUUGCACCCCUUGCUUGCAUGAAUAUAGUUACAUCUUACCUUUAUUCCAGUCUUCUGCUACUGGCUCUGCCACUGAUCUUUCUGCUUGUCUAACAUCAGAAGUGGUGAUUUGAGCCAAUCACAAUGCUUUCUCACAGGAAAGCAUGGGAUUGGCUGAGAGUGUAAAGUAGGUAGAUCAGGGGUAGAGCCAGCACAAGUUGAACACAGCACUGCCUAAUCAGAAUCUCCUCAUAGAGAUGCAUUGACGCAAUACAUCUCUACAAGUAAAGCUCUGUGUCUCUAUGCAGAGGCCUGAGCUGCACACUGUGCAGCACUGCCCCAGGAUGCAACUCUAGUUGCCAUCUGAGGAGUGGCCACUGGAGGUAUCUAAAAGACCAUGUCCCUGAAGGGACUGAUUAUACGCACCAGAAAAAUACAAUAAGACCUCGUGAUCUUAACAAGGAAUUUAUGUGAAUUAAGAGACGAAGAGAUUGUCGCUGUGCAUGCACACUUGCCUACCGAUGAUUUUCUGUUGGAAAGCAUUGGAUUGAUUGAGAUCGUCGAUCUCAGCCAAGUACGCAGGAUGGUAGUGCAGAGACCACCGCUGUGACAGGCAAAAGGUUUACCCAAACCAAAAGAGUGUAUAUUCAGUAAGUUUGCUAUACUGAAAGCCAGUUAACAGACUCUAUAAACCUUUUCACUGUCCUACUUCAUAUUUCACUUAGAAAAUAAAAUAAAGUAUACGAUAUUGACUUUCUUCUUCUUAACUAAAGGUUGCUGAGCAAUUGUUAAUCUUGCAGUCAGAAAUAGAGGAAAAAAAUCUGAGGCAAACAUUUCUCUCCCACCUGUGCUGUUUUCUUGUCCUUUAUUUUGCAAGCAGCAUGACCAUUCACAGCCUUGACCUAUGCACUUUGUGCAAAGUGUGGUUUUAUUGUGAAGUAAGCGUGGAUGUUUUAAUAACACAAUAAUGCAAUAUUAGAAAUAGGGCUGUAAAAUGAUCAGAUCAUACAUCAGUGUCAUUAUACAGCUCUGCGGGAUUUGUUGGCGCUUUAUAAUAUUCUAAUGCAUAUUCAGAAGUUUGUUCCUUGUGUAUAAGAUGUACAUCAUCAUAGUGAAAAUAUAGGCAACACAUUCAUGGAAAAUGGGGAUUGCAGCAUAAAAAUAGUGAGUGAAGCAGUAACGGCUCACUAAAAAUUCCAUUUGCAUUUUAAUUAAACGAUUUGAAAUUGUAUUUAUUGUAACGUUUACUGUAGCUCUUUUCAGCCAUGGACACUUCUGUACCAUUCCCUCUUCUGUCCCCACUUUUGCUUUUAUCUCUAAAAUACAAUUCGAAGUUCUGUUAUAUGGGUCUUUCGUUUGUGCUGAAAAGUGAUUGUCAGGAUUUUGUAUAAAUAUUUUUUAAAUGUGACUCCUAAGGUUGUACAGUUCAUAUUGUAAAUUAUCUUUGUUUCUCUAUUAGAAUUGACCUGUGUUGGUUGGUUUCUUGUACAGACUACCACAUUAUUCAAUAUUCACUCUUUUGGUCCUAUGCUCAGAUCUGUUACCUGAGCCUAUCGUUUUCUAGUUCUGCAACACGUUCUUAUUUGUAGAUACCGUAUAUACUCGACUAUAAGCAGAGGUUUUUUUGCACAUUUAUUGUGCUGAAAAAGCCCCACCUGGCAUAUACUCGAGUCACUGUCUGUAUUAUGGCAACUUACAUUGUAUUACAGUGUAAAUCUCGCGACACCCGCGGCCGUCAGAGCGUUGCCAUGGCAGAGCGGGUUACCGUGGCAACGCUCCGCGCGGCACACAGGCCGCGAGACUUACACUGGGAGCUGACCGGAACUGCUACAAAGGUAAGCAACAGCUUGCUCCGGCCUCCCCUGCACAGCCCAUCCACUGGACCACCAGGGAAUGUAACAGCCCCCCUCCCUGGCCAGGCAACAAGUAGGGAGGGGGGCCAAAAAAUAAAUAUUAAAAUAAAAAUGCACCCCAGUGUGUGUGUGUGUGUGUAUAUAUAUAUAUAUAUAUAUAUGUGUAUAUGUGUGUGUGUGUAUGUAUAUGUAUGUGUGUAUAUAUAUAUAUAUAUAUAUAUAUAUAUAUAUGUGUGUAUGUAUAUAUAUAUAUUCACACACUCACUCUGCAUUAUCUACACACACACUCACUCUGCAUUAUCUACACACUCACUCUGCAUUAUCUACACACUCACUCUGCAUUAUCUACACACUCACUCUGCAUUAUCUACACACUCUGUAAAUAAAUAUUCAAGUAAUGUAAUUUUAUUGGGAUCUAAUUUUAUUUAGAAAUUUACCAGUAGCUGCUAUAUUUCCCACCCUAGGCUUAUACUCGAGUCAAUAAGUUUUUUCCCAGUUUUUUUGUGUUUAAAAUUAGGGGGGUCGACUUAUACUCGAGUAUAUACGGGAAUCAUUUAAAAAAAAAAAAAAGGAAAUAGAAACAUAGAAUGUGACGGCAGAUAAGAACCAUUCGUCCCAUCUAGUCUGCCCAAUUUUCUAAAUACUUUCAUUAAUCCCUGGCCUUAUCUUAUAGUUAGGAUAGCCUUAUGCCUAUCCCACGCGUGCUUAAACUCUUUUACUGUGUUAAUAUUAACAAGAAAAAUAAGGUGGUUCAACGGACAAAUAGAUAUACAAAACUUCACAUUUCAAUAAAAAAAUUAAUACAGCCAAAAGAACAGCUUGUUGUGUUUUGAACUGUAGACAGACCUUACUCAUAAGCAAAUAAGACAGGAAAUGGCAUUAGAUACAAGAUAUUACUUACCUAAGAUUUAAACCACAUUAAAUUAGACACUUAAAAGAGAGAACCACACACAAAUAAUUUGUGUGUGUGUAUGUGUGAUAUAUAUAUAUUUAUCACAAAUGCCAAUUAUUUUUUAACCCCUUCAGGACCGGACUGUUUUUGCGAUGUUUGUACGUUAAUGACCAGAGCUAUUUGAACACUUUUGUGGUGUUUGUGUUUAGCUGUAAUUUUCCGCUCUCAUUUACUGUUCCGAUACAAAUUUAUAUAUUGUUUCUUUUCAGGACAAAAAGGGCUUUCUUUACAUACUAUUAUUUUUAUCAUGUCAUAUAAUUUAAUUUAAAAAAAUUAUGGUAAAAUCUUUUUUUUUUUUUUUAAACUAUUUUUUUGACUUUUACUUAAAAUCUUUUACUGAUCUACAAAAUCGAAUGAAACAAACUGCUAAAUAGAUUCAAAAUGUUGUCCUGAGUUUAAAAACACCCAAUGUUUGUGUUUUUUUGCUUUUAUUUGCAAGUUAUAGGGCUAUAAGUACAAGUAGGAAAUUGCUGUUUCAAAAUGUACAUUUUUCAAAUGUAUCAAUAGUGACAUUGUAACACUGUUAUGUCAUAAAUCUCCAAAAACACCCCACAUGUAUAUAUUUUUCUUAAACUAGAUAACCCAGGGUAUUCAUCUAAGAAUAUUUUGAUACUUUCUAUGCAGCCAUUUUACCACAAACCUUUGCCAAACUUUGUAUAGGUAUUUUUUAUUUUUUUUUUUCACAUACAUUGCAAUUCAGGUAUAAAUUCACAGAUUCUGUUAGGUGUCACUGCCAAACAACACCCCAAUAUUUUUCUGUUUUUUUUUCUGUUUUUUUUCAAACACAUUGUUUUUUAGGCAUGAAUUAACAUAUCCUGUUUUGUGUCACUGCCAAACACCCCAAUAUGUUCAGCAACAUCUCCCGAGUACAGUGAUACCCCCCAUGUAUAGGGUUGCUGGGUUGUUUGGGGGCCAAAAGGCAACAAUCAGAACUUGUACAUGUCAGUUUUUCAACUUGAUAUAUAGGUAUGCUUGGUCUAUCUUCAGUUUGACAUAUUUUUGCACCCCCCAAGUUAAUGUUACCAUCAUGACAGUAUAUAUAGUGUAUAUUUUUAUAAAGUAGACCUCAAAGGUUAUAGAAGAUGUGAUGUUUUGACUUCUUUCCCCCAACCAUUUUGCCCCCCAAAGAAAGUGUAGUGGUAUUUUUUUAAUUCUGGUUUUUAUGCACACGUCAUCUGGUUUUGGCCAGCUGGUUAUGUGUUACUGCCAGAAAACUUGUUACACCAAAUGUGCAGGUAGCAAACGUACAAUUAGCAGCAAUCUUUAAACUGAUUCCUGCAAAUAGAAUCUAGCUGGAGAUUUGGGGGAAGGAAACUAACAAAAAAUGGCUGCUUUCCAAAGAAACAAAAAAUAAAAAUUCAGGAACACUUCUUACACCUGUUCUGUGUGGUACAGCUUGAAACAUGUUCCUACACACAGUCCUGGUUUCGAAGUGCAAUCAGGACAGUGAAAAGGGGUGUCUGUCCUUUUUUUUGUUUCUGGGGGGGUGAGUGGGGGUUCUAGCACUUAAAAAAACAUUUUUUUUUAAAAAAAUUUUUUUUAAUUACUAAAACAGACUAAACAGCAAUCCCUAAACUAACUCCUGUCACACAAAUCUAAUGGAGAUUUGGGGGAAGGAAAUUGACAGACCAAGACACAGAUUUUUAAAACAAAUUUAGCCAUUUAAGGGCAAAAAUAAAAUAAAAUAUACAGACAGUACAAAUGCACUGCUGUAACAGAUCUGGCAGGGAAGGGGUUAACAAGGAUUUUUUAUUCACUUUAAAUACUGUAUAAAGCUCUGGAACACUUCUGCUGCAACAAACUAUCACGAUCUUUGUCUCUCUCGCCUCACAAAACGCUACAGAGGAGAGAGGGGCAGAGAUCACUGUCAAAGUGAGUGUUUGUAACACCCACUUUGACAGCAGCCAAUGCUCACACGCCGCACUUGGCAGUUACUAUCUGCCUGGGAUGUCUGGCAGAUAGUUACAGUGUUAUACCGGCGGGAGCGAUCUUUGAUCACUUCCCGCAGCCCGUUUUUCGCUGACGGUUCAGGACCGUCAGCGGUCCAAACGCACGUUUUACAGCUGACGGUCCUGAAGGGGUUAAAUAUAUUGCCCAUCUAGAAGUGCGAUACAAUCACAUGGUCUAAAUAAUGCAUGACAAGAAAAUCCACAAAAAUAAUCUCGCCAAAAAAUCUUAAGAAAAGCUGAGAAAAGUUUCAUCAUACUAUUGGAAAUACGUCAUAGACUGAACAACAGUAAAAAAUAGUCAAAAGAAUGAAGUGGCCAAAGUAAAAUGGAACACUUACAGAAUCACUAACAUUAGGGAUAUAAAUAUGUAUUCCAAAUGCUAUAGUGCCCUGUCAAUGUUAAGGUGGCUCCCCCAUCUUCCUGGCUGCAAGUAUUAAAAAGGUAGUUUACUUGCCUUUCUCCCUUGCAGUGCAGGUCUCCUCUGUGAAGCUCCUCCUCUUUAGCUAAGGCCAUAGAGAUCGAUGAUCUUAUCCAGUUCAUAAGAAAAGCAGUGAGAAAAGUGUGCGCUUGCGUGCUCUGCCCCAUUACAUGGUCCCUCUGAGACAAUCUGAAAGCAAUAGUGUAAUUUACUUCACUAUUUCACUGUGAUUUCAGCUGAAGGGCUAAAAGGGGAGACUUAGCACCCAGACUUCUUGAGAAGUGGUUUGGGUGCCUAGUGUUCAUUUAAUUAUGAAAUAUUCAAUUUAUAACAGGCUCCAUCUUAAUUGUGGUAGAAAAUUCAUAUUUGCUAGGUAACUUGCUACAUUCUUUCAUUCUUUCUUUCCUUAUCCAAGAAAUGUUCUCAGAUACACCUUAGGCAGUUUGUCUUGUUUUAACAACAUUUUGUUCUGUGUUAUUUCAAUUAAUAAAACGAUUCAUUUUGCAAUCUCUUUCAGUCAGGAUGGGAAACAAUAUACAAAAUAGCAACAGUAUGUAUUUUCAAUAAGUUUUGACACUUUUAUUGGUGUUGAGCAACAUUUUGUUAUUUUUCAAGUAUAUAGAAAAUGUGUUUUGGAGAUUUAGAUUUUUCUUCAAAUGGAUACUGUAGGCAUGAAAGCAACUUUAGCUUAAAGGACCAGCUUAAUGAAGUGGUCUGGGUGCCAGGUCCAGAUAGGAUUAUCCCUUUUUUUUUAAACAUGGCAGUUUCAGAGAAACUGCUAUGUUUACACUGAGGGUUAAUCCAGCCUCUAAAGCCUCUAGUGGCUGUCUCAUUGACAGCCACUUGAGGCGCUUGCGUGCUUCACGCCAGCGUCUAUAGGAAAGCAUUAUGAAUGCUUUCCUAUGAGACUGGCUGCGCGCUGCUCCUGCCGCGCAAGCGCAUUCAGUCGAUGACGUCGUUGGAAGAAGGAGAGGAGGAGGAAAGCUCCCCGUCCGGCGCUGGAGAAAGGUAAGUGUUUAACCCCUUCCUCUCCCCCAGAGCCCGGCGGGAGGGGGACAAACAAACGAGUGUGUUUUCCUGGCACUAUAGUGGUCCUUUAAUGAAUUAGAUUGUGUAUAGAUCAUGCCUCUUCAGUCUCAAUCCUAAGCCAUUUAGGAGUUAAAUCACUUUUGUUUAUGCAGCCCUAGUCACAUGUCACUUGGCAGUGACUUACAUAGCCUGCAUGAAAUUAAAAAGAUUUAAUAUCCACCUGCUUUAGAAUUUUCUAGCCCCUGUUCUGUAAAUUAAACUUUAAUUUAGAAUGUUCUAUCAUCUGCUGUUAACCCCCUUGUGUGUGUGUGAUUAAACACACUUGAAAGUUCAAGUCACAUGCAUGGAGGUGUGACUAGGGCUGUAUAAACAGUAAUUUAACACCUAAAAGGCAGAUAAUUGAGUAGUGAGACUGCAGGGGCAUGAUCUAUACCAGGGAUUAACAAAUUUGUUCGGAAUCUAGGAGCAAUUUUUUUUAAAGGGACUCUAUAGUCACCAGAACCACCACAGAUUAAUGUAGUGGUUCUGGUGUGUAUAGCCUGUCCCUGUAGCCUUUUAAAUGUAAAUGCUGCCUUUUCAGAGAAACAGACAAACACUCUGACAGACAUACGCACACACUGACCGAGACAGACCUACACACACACAGACAAACAUUUUAUAUUUCUUUAGAACACUAGGUGUGUCUAUUUUGUACACUACCUUUUAUACAGUGCUUAUUUGCUGUAGAAGAUGGAUGUCCUCUAAUACCAUACUAACUUGAAUGAAUGCCUCAAUAAAAGGUUUUCUUGGACACGUAGUGGUCGAUGGAGACCUUUGCUAAUAUAGAAUGAUCAACUCAUUUAGCAUCUAGGUGACAGCAUUUCCAUGCCACAUUUGUAAGCGCACAAAGGUACAAGAGUAUGAAAUGGUAGCUUCUCAAUGUUGGUGUCUCAUGCCUAUUGAUAAGAAAAGGCAACAGAGGUUAAAAAUUGAACAAUGCUAUGUCUAUGGGUUUUUAUAUUGUAAAUAUUGGAAGUAACAUAUUUGCUUUAAGUAUUUUCAUUCAAAUACAGCAGCUUUCUUUCCAUGGUGUGCAUAUCCUGUCCCUGCCUUUUCAAUGUAAAUGCUGCCUUUUCAGAGAAAAGGCAUUGUUUACAUUGCUGCCUACAGUAGAGUCCUGUGUCAGUGCUCUGCAUGGAGGUGCUGAAUGUUGCCCAUAGAGAACAUGCGUAAUAUCCUCACACUUAUUUCUUAUUGGAAAGCAUUGGCGUAGCGGAGAUCAUUAAGAUCUCUGCUAUGGAGGCGGGACAAGCAUGGGGAAGAGGGUAAGUAAAAACACCAAUCAUGUGAUCGGAGGAUGGACACACACACACACACACACCCUUACACUCUCUCUCUUGUUAUGGAAAGCUAAUUAAAAGUUAAGUUGUAUAUUUUCACAAGUCCUGAGAGUGCUAUCUGGAGUAUCUUCCAGACAUAUACACACACAUUUUCUCUAACACUUACAUAUUUAUAUUUUUAAUUCUAAUCCACCCAGCCUCCCUACCUUUGGGAGAACUAAGUGGACUUUCCUUGGGGUCCAGUGGGGCUGCUAUUCCUGCGUGUGAGGGAGCCGUGAUCUUCCUGCAAUUCCUCUCUGCAGUGAUGCCAGGGACGGAAUCACGUCAUAUUCCGGCUCCCGGCAUCACUGUGCGAGUGAGCAGAGAGGAGCUGCAGGAAGAUCACUGCUCCCUCACGCGCUGCCCCAGCCUGUCGCCUCUGUGCUGUCCAGGGCGGUCGGCUAAAUGCUCACAGCCCUGGGUGGCUGGCUACAAAGCUUACUAAGCUGGCCACCUCCAUGCCUCCCAGGGCAGCCGGCUACAAAGCUCCCUGAGCUGGCCGAAUCCAUAUCUUCCAGGGCGGCUGUGGCGGGACACCACCAGUAAGUGCAAUGCCCACUGAAUAUUUAAUGUUUUGGUUCUGCAUUUUGUGUCUCUUAUGAUUUUCCCUUGUUGAAUGUGUUUCCCCUUGUAUUUUGACACUGUACAAUGCAUUCUUCUUUUCAACCACGCGGCGGUGCUCGGGACCACCCCGAUACUCCAUUUAGAAUGUUUGGUAAAAAUGUUCAUACCUCACUAACGAAGUGUGAAAACCACAGACCGCAAGGGAACAAGUGGCGCGUGCGUCCCCUGGGUGGCCACCGGUUUGUAUCACUGAACGCUCACCAAAGGCAGCACUCUCAUCCCGAACCCGCAUUCGCACCCUGUCUUCGGUUCCCUGUCGGGGACCAUCCUACCCGCUCUCAACAGAGCUAUCGUCACUAAUUUUCCCCUACCUGGGAGCUAUGAGGCUAGGCUCGUGACUGCCCAGGAGAGCGCUCUCUCCGGUGGUACCUGCUUGGGGAUAUCCACCGGAGAGAGGGACGCGUGACAGCAGGGAAUCUCUGGGGCUAUGAGUCGGUCUCACGGCCGCAGAGUCCCGCUGGACGCAUGGAAGUACGUGCUGACCAAUAGGAGAGGGAUUCAAACUGGGAUUGCGCCAUUCUCCUGGUUGGUCGGCGUGAGUGCUCAUUGGUCGCCUGCGCCCGCAGCUACCAAUCACAGAAGGAACGCUUGUUUAAACGGGUUUCGUGCCCUUUCUUCUGCUUGGGCGGCAAAACCCCUCUCCACCCCGAGCGCUGAUUGGCGCAAACUGGCUUCGUGCCUUUCAGCGGAUUGGCCUUUGCUUGCUUUGGGUGCGAAGUUUGAAUUCACCAGACCAAACCAAGCGAUGCUGUGGAACUGAUUUCGGGGAUGUAUAGAGCAUCGAGCCCCAAACUUUAGACGCUGGUAUCUCGGACUCUGUACACCCGAUAGACCCGCUAUUUGCAGGGAUCCCAGAUGGGACCCGGGGCUAUCUAAUGAUAUGUUUUACCUGUGUGACUCCUUGCCUUCCCGGGGUGCCGAGCCCCAAAGUUUACCCCCCCCGUAUGUAAUGUGUCUUAAGGUGUAACCCUGGGUGCUGUUGAUAUCUCUCAGAGCGGGAGAUGGUUAUCUGUAACCCAGCCCCCUCCUGCCUGGGAUUGUGUUAUGUUGAAGGGAGACCCACUGUGGGGGUCUGUGCAUAAAAAAAAGCCUGUUUGCAAUAAAGAGGAGUCAGUGCUUAAACCUCCAAAAUUGUGUGUCAUCCUAUUAUUGGAGGCAAGGAACAUUUAACUCCUGUGUCUGCUGUUCCGCUUGCAGGCGAUGCAACGGGGAAAAGUCCUUGUACAGAUUAAGCGCUUCCUGGGCUGAGUGUCGUCUCUGCUUGGGAGCGCAUAGAGCCAAGUCCCCUAACCAUGUGAGCGUUCCUGUUCGGCUGAAGGGAGGGAACUAGCGGGAGCAACCGUUCGGGUUACUGAGGCGUUCCGUUACAGCGUCCGUCUACAACCAGGGACACAUUAGCCGCGAGGCAAACCAGGUAUUUACCUUGGGCGGCACGUUCCAGGGGGUGGCAAAAAAAGCCGGUGCUGGCGAGGGAGCACUGAUUAGUGAGAUCUCUGCUCGGCUCCCACGCACGCCGCAGAGUGAUGCCGGGAGCCGCAAUAUGACGUCAUGUGAUUAGUGCUCCCUUGCCUACUGCAGUCACCGGCAAUUUGCCGUUUGGGAUUUGUCGAGUCCUGAUCUAUACACCAAAAAUGCUUCAUUAACUCCUUAAGGACACAUGACGUGUGACAUGUCAUGAUUCCCUUUUAUUCCAGAAGUUUGGUCCUUAAGGGGUUAAGCUAAAGUUGCUCGGGUGCCUUUAGUGUCCCUUUUAAUAUGAUAAUUUAUACAAGGUUUACAGUUUUUAUUUUACUUUUGUCAACAGUAUUUAUUACAUGCAUUCGCUAUAAUUUAUAGCUUAUUUAGCACUUUGUGAUUUUUAUUCUUGUUCCUGUAGGGUUUUUUUCUUUCCAUAUCAUUUAGAACCUUAUGUAAUUUUGUGACUGUCCUGUGACCAUCAUCUUUAAUCACAUGUCAUUAUCAUGUGACUUAUUGACACGUCCUGUUUAAAUUCCGUAUGUAAAGGCAUAUGUCACUGAGUGAUAUUAGACUUGACAAAGAACAUUUCGACUGUCUCGGUAUUAUGUUGCUUUGCAGUACACCAAUAAGUCAUGUUACACCUUUUGAAGAGUGCCGACAUUUUCAUGCUUGUUGAAACUGGAGUUUCAUAGUGCCCUAUUGUGGAGUAAAUUAUCAUUCUUUAUACCAUGGCAUGCAUCCAUUUAUAAAUGUGUCCCACUGUAUCAGAACAAGUCACAAGGAGCAGUUCUGGGUCAAAGUUCUAAAACAAUAUUCCACUUGUUUCCGUGGUGUUUGCUCAACUGAAAGUGUAUCUUGAAGCGAAUAGUGUUUGUUUCUACCAAAACUUGAAUGCGUCUGGCUAUGAAUUUUACUGUAUGAUUUCAUCAGCCUUGUUACUUUUCAAAUCAUUCUAGAAAACCCUUGCUUUUAAAAUGUAAAGUAAACCACAUGGGUAUUGAAAACUUUCACCCUUGGUUAUAUGUAUUUACAUUCAGGUUAAUUCACUAAAGUUUUAUUUCUCAGGCAUUGAAACUGAAUUUCCAAUUUCAGACCCAAAUGAUAACCAUAGCUGACUUGGAUUAAUUUUCUAUUUUGGCUGCGUUGAACUUAAAAUUGAAACUCUUUGAUUUCCACAAAAAUAGAACUUUAGUAAUACUUACAGUAUACCCGGUACUUCAGAUGUAUUUUUAUUGUUAAAUUAUAUCUUUAGUAUACAAUAUGAAUUAUUUCUUCCUCUAGGUGGCACCUUACUUCUAUCUGUGAAAACUGGAUCAAGUCAAGAUUCAUGUCACACCAGUUAUUGUUGUCUGCUGAAUUUAGCUUAUUGAAAGGUAGCUGCACAAUGCUUGUGUGUGUGUGUGCUCAUAACAAUUUAGGCAUCUACAUAGUGUUUUGCAUUAUGAUAAAUAUUUAAAUGUUUUGACGUAUCUUUGCACUGAUCCCGUUCUUGUGAAUCUAUUUAAUGUGCUCUUUAUCUUUUAUUUUGGCACAAAUAUCAGUUGACAAGUUAUCAUGUUAAAUGGCAUCUGGCAUCAGUAUUUUAAUGUUACUUUUUGUAUGUGCAUUAUAUUUCUUUAGAACACUAGGUGUAUCGAUUUUGUACACUACCUUUUAUGCAGUGCUUAUUUGCUGUAGAAAAUAAAGAUGUCCUCUAAUACCAUACUAACAUGAAUGAAUGCCUCAAUAAAUUGUUUUCUUGGACACGUAGUGGUCGAUGGAGACCUUUGCUAAUAUAGAAUGAUCAACUCAUUUAGCAUCUAGGUGACAGCAUUUCCAUGCCACAUUUGUAAGCGCACAAAGGUGCAAGAGUAUGAAAUGGUAGCUUCUCAAUGUUGGUGUCUCAUGCCUAUUGAUAAGAAAAGGCAACAGCGGUUAAAAAUUGAACAAUGCUAUAAUGCCAUGUCUAUGGAUUUUUAAGGUAAAAUAUUGUCUCGUGAAAAUAUUGGAAGUAACAUAUUUGCUUUAAGUAUUCUCAUUCAAAUGCAGCAGCUUUUUUUCCAUUGAAGGCUCAAUAUCAACAGCCCUAUGGGACAAGCACUGUUCCUAUAAUGCUUUAUUUGCUUGUGCAGACCUUCAUUCAUCUUUAAUAUGGAAAAACUCACACAUUGUACUUGUAUUCUGUUUAUACCACUUGCCCUUUUACAUGAUAUGCAAAUAGUUUGAACUGCAUAUUGUUCCCAAAAUAUAUAGUUGAUUCAGUUUGGAGGUAUAAUUACACACGUGUUGUACAUUAAAACUAGUAUUCUGUGUCGGGCAUUAAUGAUCUUCCUUUUACUAAAUACAUCUUAUUUCCACUAGUGUCUAUAUAGGCUUUAUUAUUUAAGGAAAGCCAUGACUGUGUUAUGUUAUCGCUUCUGAUGUUGCUGCAUUAUAUGAACCCACAUGGCAGCAAUUGACUGUGUAAAAUUGAUCAUUAAGGGUGCAGUUGUAUAUUAAACUAUUUCACUGGUUCAGAACCUGAUAUUUUGAGUUCUGAGAUCUAAUGCACCUCACACCCAGGAAUAGCAGCCCCACUGGACCCCAGGGAAAGUCCACUCAGUUCUCCCAAAGGUAGGGAGGCUAGGUGGAUUAGAAUUUAAAAAUAUAAAUGUGUGUGUUAGAGAAAGUGUGUAUGUAUGUCUUUGUCUGUCAGUGUAUUCGUGUGUGUCUGUCCCCCUCCAAUCAUAUGAUUGGUGUUUUUACUCUCCAUUUUUCCCACGCCAUGCUGGUUUUGCUGUUGCUUGUCCCGCCUCCAUAGCCGAGAUCUUAAUCUCCGCUAAGCCAGUGCUUUCCCACAGGAACGCAUUGGGAGGAUAUUACGCAUGUUCUCUAUGGGUAACAUUUACUGCCUUCAUGUAGAGCACUGAUGCAGGACUCUAGUGACUGUCUGAGUGACUGUCACUAGAGGUCUUAGUAUGCAGCAAUGUAACCACUGCCUUUUCUUUGAAAAGGCUACAGAGACAGGCUGUAGGCACCAGAAAAACUACAUUAAUCUGAAGUGGUUCUAGUGACUAUAGUGUCCCUUAAAAAAAAAAAAAAAACACUCUCUCUUAAUGUUUUUUUUAGCUGGCUCCUAGAUCCCAAACAAAUUUGCCAAGCCCUCUCUUACAGCCAUUUUGCUGGCACAGCAUCAGAGGAGAUAUAGAUCACAACAUCUAUAGAGUUGAAGGUUGCCUACCCCGUCAUAGAAAGUAUGUGUCAAAUAUUUGUAGAUAAUGAUGUCCAUUUUUAAAUAUUACAAACUUGUUCGAGGUUAAAUAAUCUGAAAUUUGGCCAUCUAACAAGACCGUAACAUACUUUCUAAAAUAAAACCAAGAAUUCUAAACACCAUUUCCUAUUGGCUGCCAAUGUGUCAGUGCAGACCACACAUUAAGCAUGUUUUCGAUACAUGCAUAUAGAUGUGCCGCACACAACCUUGCAUUUGUUAUCUGAAUGGCACAAAGCAUGCAUGUGAUGUAGAUGACACAAGGGAUGCAAUCCUUUGUAAAUGAAAAAGGUGUUCUUUUGUUCACUGAAGUAUUUACCAAGCUUUCCUGAUUAAGUGCCUGGAAUGCUUUUUUUUGGCUGCUCCCGUUUUUGAAAUCUUACUGUCAGUCCGUAGCCUCUGGAGGUCAGCAAACAGACCAAAGAGCUGCAGAGUGGUCCCAGAUGGACACCUGCAUGGCUGGCUUCUCUGUCGGUACUUUAGGCAAUUUGUGAUCUAUUCGGUGGGGGGAGGGGGAGCAUUGAAUUAGAUUGUUGAUAACAUCCCUGCAAGGACUGCUAUUAAGAGCACGCUUCUCUGCUGCAGAAGACAGAGAGAGAUCCAUGAAUUCACAGCAUUUUAACCAUAUGAAAAUUUGCUCUUCCAGUAUGGGGAAAAAGACUAGGGAUAUAAGAGCCACUGGCAUCCUAUUUAACACAGAAAUAUACAGCUGUUCAUCUUUAUUUUUAUCCAUCUCAGUGAAGGAUUAAAGAACUGUGGGGUUUUUUUAUUUUUAGUUUUUUUUAGUUUUUAUUCCUUUUUCUUUUUCUCCACCUUCAUAAUGGCAGUCUUGCAUUGUUUGACCAGAGCUUGCUCCCGGGGAAGACAGGCUGCUGAAUUAAGCCACUGAUCACUUAUUAGCCCUGGCCUAAGGCUAUGCUGAGAUUUAUAUCCAAUUUGUAUUGUUGCAGCUCAAAAGAAGAAUGUUCAGAGGAUGACAAGUGUAUUCUGAGUAGGUAUGUUUUAUAUCAUGCAAAUCCUCUUUGAAAUGGCCAGCAAUCAAGCUUUAGGUCGGAUGAAAGUGCUGCAGUCUCUGUUAGCAGAAAUACUCUAGUGUCAGAAUUGUUCUCCAUUUAUUUUCAUUUGAUAUCAUUUUAGCUGCUCAGAAAUAUAGCUGCAUUGUACUGUUUGUGCAGUGCAGAUUUUUUUUUUUACUUUUUUUUUUUUUUUUCUACUCUCCUCUCUCUCCCUUUACCAUUCACUGCAGUCAAUGCUUCCCUAACGAGGUGGCACUAUUGUUGAGGUAGAACGAUAGACUCAUCAUAUGGCUUUAGGGGACAGGAGGAUUUAAAAGGCGAUGCCAGGCAACCUUAUUUUACAGAUUGGAAGCAUCGGUUUGAGGGCAUUGGCAGAGUCAUUUGCUUGUUUGCAGAGCAGCAGCAGCAGCAUCCACUGCUAUGUCAGUAGUGUGUGGGAUGGAAUACCUAGUUGGUAGUCUGUUAUGGAAACGCUGUUUACUGUUAUUGUAGUACCGUGGUGACAACAUGCCAUUGAAAUGGAAAACGAGCUCUCCUGCUAUCUGGAAAUUCCCCGUUCCCGUGCUUAAAACAUCCAGGUCAUCUCUACUUUCUCCAGCAUACAUGUAAGUGAGAGAUAUGAGGCUACCUAAGGUGGGCUUUCAUUCAAGAGAAUACCCUCUGUCAAAAUGCAGCAACAACAUUUUGCAAUCGAGCAAAAAACAUUUUCUUAACCCUCAAAUGCACCAUCUAAAUAAAUCAACAUUUUAGUGUUCUCUGCCCACUCCACAUUCGUGACCACAUGUUUAACUAAUUUGAAUUGAUACAAUUUGAUUUACAAGCAUUGGUUAUGUGUAUGCUUUUUCUAAAAGAAUAAAUGCUUUAAUUUGUUGCAACUACUGGGUAUUCUGCAUUGGAAAAAGGUCCAACCUUAAGAUUAGUGGUUUCUGUAAGUUUCCCUAAACACCACCUUUUCUGGUGUGUUUUUAAUUUACCAGUUGAUCUGUGUAAGGUGGAAGCCUAUUCUAAUUGUAUGGUGUUCAGCAAACCAUAAUUGCUAGUGUUUGAACAAUUAUGUGUCUAAUCUGUGUACAGUGUCAUUAAACAUUCAUAAAUCAUGUCUUCUCAUGAUUUAUAAGAUGUGAUGAGGUUGAUGGACCUUAGACCUUCCAAAUCUGCGUCAGCAUGUGUAUAUGUAACGUAUAUUGUUUGUGUUCCCAGUUUGUGUUUAUACAUAGUAUCUUAUGAACGUUUGAAGUUCUUGUAAAAUUAUGAUAAAGAAAAACUCAGACUCUGGUUUGCACAUCUAUUUCAUUAUGAAUUAAAUAGUGUAGAUCUUUUGUUCUGAAUAGCGUAACUAGAGGUUCUAUAUUUUUGUGCCACCCAUAUGACUUGUGACCUAUGAUUGUAAAUAUCAAACGCAACAUGUUAAAAUAAUUAUCAAAUUGUAAUCUUGCUUGAAUCCGCCUUGAUACAUGUAUUUUGAAAUGUUGCAUUUCUGUUGCUGCUACAAAAGCCUCGUUCAUAGCUUCCAUUUCUGUUUCUUGCUUUACUGUGGAGUUCCUGAAUGAGUCCUAUGUUGAGAUUUCCUAUCAAGCAUUGCAAAUCGAGGGGCUCCUUCAUAAUGGACGUAUUGUAGUCCCGUUUGAUUUAAUUUUUUAGCAUUUUGGAUGACUGACUACACAUAAUGACCCCUUUCAGAUUUACAUUGAAAGGUACUUAAUCCUCUGUACAAACUAGCAUGAUUUUUUAUUUUUUUAAAAUCUAUUUUAAAUAAACAUUUUAAAGCACCCUUUGAGUACCUAAAAACAUGGCUAUUAAAACACGGUUAUCUAUAUCUCGAUCUCAAAAAAAAAUAAAAAAUCCUGGUGUCUGUGACACAACUGUUCAGAAAUCACAUGUAGACGUGUAAGACAGUUGCAUAAUGCAAGGAGUAUCUAAAUUAAUGACCAGGUUCAUGAAUGUCCUCAUAAGUAUAAUGUGUAUUCUUGAAAACAGUUGAAACUUUGUUUUUCGAAUAUAUUUUAUGUCAGGUGGGUUUGUUGUGCUUUCUUUGUCUUUUUAAUUUAGAAAUGUAGCUAUAAUAACAGCUUAUUUGGUUCGGUAAUGUGACUCGACAUGCUAAUGUAUUCUUGCUUUUCUUCAUGUUUUAAGAAUGUUUAGUUUUCUGUUACUACUAUCCCAAUUUUGCCUCAUUUCAACUCACCUGUAUUGCUAAUAUAACUUGUUUUUUUUACUGCUUUGGUUAUAUCCGUUCAUAGUGGAUGAUGAAUAUUUACAUUGUUCUUUAUUUCAUGAAGAUAAGAGGUUGUCAAUUUAUUUACAAUGUGAUUCAAAACUGGUCAGAUCUGUAAAGUGACUUAAUUUCAAACAUUUUGUACAAUAUGUUCUGUAGACCAGGACCUAGAUAAAAUUUAUAUAGAUAUUCAUAUAAGUAGGCAAAUUAACUUAUAUAGUGAUCUGUGUAACCUGCCAUUAAAAUCCGCAAUAUGUUUGGUGAAAUAAUAGGAAGCACGGCUGAAAUAUAAUUCCAAUAUAAGAUGGGUUUUACUAGGGCUGUAGACAUUAAGUAAACUUUGCAAUUUAUUUUUAUGGAGGCUUUAGAAAUGGUCUGUUCUGUCCCAGGGUUUUCAAGACCAAGUGGGAAGGUACACAGUCAUUUUUGUAAAUAUCACUACCCUGCCAUUGGUAAAACUUCAGCCUAGCAUAUUUCUUAUUUUAUAAAGAGCGCCUCCUUUUCUUGUGCAGGGCAGUUCUCUGCUGCAACAUGUACAUCCGAAGUCUAUGUCAGAAAUGCUACUUGCUAAAAUUAUGUUUUCACAUCACACUGGGUCUUCGAUGGAUAAAUUACUUUGGUCUGAGUCAUCAAACAAUACAAUUUGCAUCAUGUUGUUUGAGCAUUUACACUAGUGGCUGACACAUUUUGUAAGCCCAGCAGCCACAAUGUCUAGGUAUUCUGAUAUUUCUCUCCCUGGCAGUUGUCAGUCACUGACAUUUUCUGAAUAGCAUUAUUUACCUCUUUCCGGCUAAUACACAUUCGUUGGAUCAUGCAAUGCUAAAUUAGAAUAAUUUUGCUUCCAUAUUUAUUGAUGGAGAAAAAAAACGCGUGAUCAGAUAUUUCUUGGUUUAUCUGAAUCUAUAAAUGCUUUUUCACCAUAAAUCUUCCCCCCCACCCCAUUUUUUUCUUUUCUUUUAAAUAAAAUUCAAACAAAAGAAUAUAUAUCACCUGGUAUAUAAAGAGACAUUUUAACUGUUCUGUUGAAAAUGAUGUAAAUCGCAUAGGAUUACAUGCGCCUAUUAUUGUGCAGUGGAGCUGUAUGUUAAUAUUGCUAUGUGACUAUAACUUUAAUAUUUAACUUUUAAAUGUCUAAUAUUGCCAUAUGAAUGCAAUCACACAAAUGAAGUCCUAUAUUUAAAUCUUUUUGCACUUACCAGUUAUUAAUUGAACUUCUCUGCAUAUCCCACUUUUCCAAUAUAGCCAUUCUAGUUUUUCAAGUUGAUUUGGCCCAGUAAUGGCUCAAAAGGGGCAGACCUUAUGUAAUCGGGGACAUGAAACUUUUUCUUUUAAAAGGAAUUUUGAAAAAUAGUACCUUUUGUGUCAUGUUCAUCUUAAAUAGUAUUAUACUACUGUGUAACUGCUGUGCCAGCAGUUUUAUUAAUUUUAUUUUUGUGCUUUCUAUCAUGAUGGGAUUACUACCACUCAUCUUUGUUUAUAUUUUGUGCACCCCUUAAGGACACAUGACAUGUCAUGAUUCCCUUUUAUUCUGGAAGUUUGGUCCUUAAGGGGUUAAGUAAGACAUUUAAUCCCUUAAAGGGACACACUAUAGGCACCCAGACUACCUACUCUCAAUAAAGUGGUCUGGGUCUCUAUACUGUGCCCACCUUGCAGCUGAAAGCCCUAGACAGCCACAAGAGGUGCUUCCGAUGAAAUAAGAGUAAAACUCUAUUUCAGUCAGGUGGCCUCAUUUUGCCAUACAUGCUCCCUAGCCUCCCAAAGCAUUCUUAUGGCCUUGUUGAUCUCAGCCAAGAAGGCUGGGCCAGCUACUGAAAAUGGCACUGCGAGGGAAAAGGUAGGUCACCUAAACAGCCACUAGAGCACUAUAAGGUUAGGAAAACAUAUUUGUAUUCCGAACGUUACAGUGUUCUUUUAAGUUUAAGUCAUUAAACUGUUGUAUGAAAAGUGGGUGAGUUGCAUAAACCAUUUCCACCAGUGCAUCAAUUCACUAGUUUUGGCAGCUUCUUUGUCUUUCUUAUGUUAUUUUCCAAUACAAUUACUUUUUCAGUGUGCAAUCCCUCUGCAAAGUUUCAAAGGGAGAGAAUGAAACCCUGGCAUAGAUAUUCAUUUCUCUGGAGAGUGAAACCAUUUUCUGGGGCAAUAGGAAAUACAAGUACUAUGUAUAAGGAAAACAGCACGUGCAUACACGCAAUGUAAGAAAAUAGAACAUUAUUUAGUGCUUAAUCUAAUUCGAAAAUACUAUUUCAACAUAUACACUGAGCAGUACAGUUCCAGAUCAUAUGAAGACAGAAAGCAACAUAUUAUUUAUUGAACUGAACAUAACAUCUCUAGCCUCUAACUUAUGAAUUGUAGCUGAAACUUUGGGUGUUUCCCUUUUUUUUUUUUUUGUGUGUUCGUUUAAAGAAGAAAAAAGUCACAUUUACUGUACGUGACAAAAGGCUACUUCUGCUUUUGAAGGGAUAUCACAUAAUCUAUUAUCUAUCAAAUACAUCUGAAAAGGAUGAACCCUAACAGGUCUAUUUCAAAAUUUAGGCCAAAUUAGAAAAAAAUUGACAGUUAAACCCUGCUUUCGGUUUGGCUGCUUGGGCCUUAAAUUUGAAAUUCACCUUUUUUUGUCAUUAAUCUAUCAACCAAUAUGGAGAUUUAUGAAGAAGUCAGCUCGCUAAAGUAAGCAUUGUUGGAUAUUCAGUGUGCUUUUUUUUGUAUUGGUUGAAUAUCGGCACAGGCCCCCUUAUAAGGAUGUGAGUUUAUGAGAGAAAACAUGGCACUUUAAUUUUCCCUGAAGAUGUUGGCGCAGUGCUGGCAAAACACCUCUGGCUGUGUGGGAUAUCCAGGAACGUGUUAUUGAAAUGGACACGGUUAUAAACUGUCAGAAAGAGGGGGAAAAAAUACAGAUUCCAGGCACACAAAGCCUUUUAGCAAACUGAAGUGUUUUAUGUGUCUGGAGUGUUGCUUUAACCCCUUAAGGACCAAACUUUUGGAAUAAAAGGGAAUCAUGACAUGUCACACAUGUCAUGUGUCCUUAAGGGGUUAAAUAAAGUUUUUUUUGUUUUUUUUUUAAGCUGCCUUAGGGCCAUUCAUGACUAUGCAUUUCCCUCUCCUGUAACACUUUUACACUCUCAUUCACACCUGCCUCUUACAGACUUGCAUGUAAUGGAUGUGAUUACAUGUAUGUUUCUUUUAAUAUUUGUGUGAAUGUAUAUGUAUACAAAUGGCCAUUUACAAUGCUAAUGUUAAUUGCAUUUCUUGCUGUCUGACAAGGCGGGGGAGCCUUAGCAUCACUAAGUGUAGAAUAUAACUGGUGACUCAUUCAGCCAAAUCUUUGUUUUAUGUGACAUGCCCCAUAAUAGAAAUGUAUGCUAACUGAAUCAACUCCUACAUCUUCUAGUCCCUCAACUUUCUUGCAGAAAUAUUCAUGCGUUUAAACAUUCAUAUUUGUGUACUAGAAAAAUUCUUUACAGGUUCUUCACCAUAUUGAUUUCAUUUUUUAAAUGAACUUUCGAGUCCAUUGGUCUCAAGUCUUUACAUACAGGUGUUACAUAAUAUCUGUAUAAUUCCAUUGGCCUCAAGUCUUUACAUACAGGUGUUACAUAAUAUCUUAAAAUAUUAAAAUAAUAAAAAUCCAGUGAACAAAAAGUAUUUUUUAACAAUCUAGUAGAUAUACCCCAAUUAAAACAUUGCAUGCAAUUAAUUAUGUAUUUCCAUUUGGGAUAUAUCUAAAAUGGCCUUUGUAAGCCAUUCUUUUCUUCCUCAGCCCAGACUCUGUUACUAUCUGACUACCUGAUCAGACUUACCAUGAGAGGUCUUUGCAAGGCAGGUGCUCUGGGCUAUUGGGAUUUACUCAAUUGAGCCAAAAUACUGGAUUGUAUGCAUUUGUGAAUAGGGCUAUGUUACCUACUGACCCUGUAUGUCAUACAUGUUUUGUUACAAUUAAAUGUUUCUUUAAUUUUGUUCAAAAUAUGUUGGCACUGUAUAAAUAAUUGUAAUUGGUUGACAGCCAGGAGGGGUUGUAACAAGACUAAUUUAAAAGGAUCACUAUAGGGUCAGGAACACAAACACGUAUUCCUGACCCUAUAGUGUUAAAACCACCAUCUAGCCCCCCUGGUCCCCACAUGCCUCCAUAAAUAUAGCAACAUCUUACUGUAUUCAAGCCAGAAGCUGUAGAUCUACAUGCUGUUUGCUUUUUUUUUUUCUUUUUUUUUUUUAGGCAGUCUGCUGACAUCAGUAGUGGUAGCCUGAUCCAAUCACAAUGCUUCCCCAUAGGAUUGGCUGAGACUGACACAGGGGCAGAGCCAGCACAAUUCAAACAGCCCUGGCCAAUCAGCAUCUCCUCAUAGAGAUGAAUUGAAUCAAUGAAUAUCUAUGAGGAAAGUUCAGUGCAUGCAGAGGGAGGAGACACUGAAUGUUUGGAUGCAUUUUAGGCAGCCAUGACCCAGGAAGAAUCUCCCAACAGCCAUCUGAUGAGUGGCUAGUGAAGUUAUCACUAGGCUGUAAUGUAAACUCUGCAUUUUCUCUGAAAAGACCAUGUUUACAGCAAAAGGCCUGAAGUAAUGAUUCUACUCACCAGAACAAAUUCAAUAAGCUGUAGUUGUUCUGGUGACUAUAUAGUGCCCCUUUAAAGUGCCAAUUUCUAUUGAAAUAGUUUUGUAAAAUGAAAGAGGACACACUUUCUUCACACAUAAAACACUUAAAGGACCGCUAUAGUCACCCAGACCACUUCAGGUAAAUGAAGUGGUCUGGGUGCCAGGUCCUCCAGGUUUUAACCCUACAGCCGAAAACAGUUUCAGAGGAACGGGUAUGUUUACACUGAGGGUUAAUCCAGCCUCUAGUGGCUGUCUCACUAGAGCCCACUUUCGCAAUUCUCACUGAUUUUCAGUGAGAAGAAACUGAUGUCCAUAAGAAAGCAUUGAGUAAUGCUUUCCUAUGGGCGGUUUGAAUGCGCGUGCGGCUCUUGCCGCGCAUGCACAUUUUGCGCUGACGUCAGCAGGAGGUGGAGAGUUCCCCAAUGCCGAGGGAGCCCGGCGCUGGAGAAAAGUAAGGGACUACAUAGUGCCAGGAAAACAAGUUUGUUUUCCUGGCACUAUAGCAGUCCUUUAAGCACGCUAAAGUGGCGAUGUCACUGGAGGUUUGCCCUGCUUUGAGGAUGCAUCCCCAAGCAGAGCAAAUCCGAGAAGACAGGAGAUGGAGCAGAAAACAGCCUGCAGGUAACAUUCACAAUGCUUGAAGAUGGCAGUACUGGAAUGGAGGACAGCCGAGUGAAUAUAUUUUACAUUCAAAACAUCAUGUAUGUUUGGGAUAUAUGGUGUAUGAAAUGUAUAUGGGAGCGAUUUUAAGGUAAGUUGAUUUUAUUUUUUCUAAACAGGUUCAUUUUAAUGUGACGUGACUGAGUAGAGUCCUGAAACCGCCCACUACAAUGAUAUAGCCUCCCAAGCAUACAUUGUAACCAGAACUGUCUCUCUUCCCAAAUGGCCCAGCCUGUAAUCAUCAAUAUCAAUGUGACCACCAUGCAAACUGUUUUAAAAGGUUUAUUAACCUACACAGCCACAUUCCCCCCCACCCCAUCUCUGGUAAUUUAAGAAGGGUGGGUAGUGAGCAUAACCUUAACUUAACCUUAGAUCUAUCAUAUAGAAUCAAGCAUAUUUAAUAAAUCUAAAGACCAGUUUCAAAGCAAAACACCUGACUUAAUGGGAAUCUUGUUACAGUAUAUGAUCCUGCAUUGCAUAAUCCUGGCACAGCAAAAAUGUACCCCAUUUUUGGCAGGUUCUAUUCUAGCUAACUAAUGCCUGCUCUUUUUAGAUUAACCCACUUACUUGGAAAGAAAACUUCAUCCUAGAGCUCUCUGCAUUGCAAAGUUGAAAUACGGCCCUGGAAUGAGGCAAUUAGAUUUUCUUAUACUUACUGAUGCCAAGGCUCCUCCACUCCACACCAACAAUAAUUUGGACUUUGCACGUUGUUCGUGCGCGUCUAUCUAUACGCGACUGUGGUUAUGUUGGAAUGGCUUGUCCCAGAGUGCCUUUAUGCCGCAUACAAAUGAAGUCAUGAAUGAUGCCAUAUCGGCAAUCUGCCAGUUUCGAGUCUAUUGGCAAUCUCCUAUGACGUGGCCCAAUCCAAAUAAAGCCACUAGUAUUGUCCCAAUUGCCCUAUUAUUGUUUAGUCAAAUACUGUGUUUGUGAUAUUUCUGAUUUCCUGUUACUGACUGACUUUAUAACUGCUUAUUCUGUUCUCCUGAAUUUUGGCUAGUCUAACAUACUCUAUUUUCUCAUACCCUUGACCUUGGCCAUCUCUCAGACCAUUCUUAUGUUAAGCAUGGUCACAAGUUAAUAUGGAUUAUAAUAUUUUCUGUUGUCAAUUAAGUUCUGUGUGUUUGGGGUCCCUUACACAUAUCUGUGGUGCAACACCAAGGGAGUUGUUCAGACUUCCAAGUAUAUAUGAAUCCAGGAGGCUGCACUUACCUAAGCAUGCAUACAUUAGAAGGGCACUGCAGGGACCAGUUAAUACAACAAAAAUAGAAUCCAAUGAACUCAAUCUUAGAUAUACUUUUUAUUUUUUUGACACAGUAGUUUAUUUUAACAUAUGCACUGUUUAUAUCUUGCACUUGAUUUAUAACUUCCCUUUAAGAAACUUUUAUUAUACCUUUCUUCAGGACGAUACUGUAUGUUUUGUACGUUUAAUUUCUAUUUAGUAAAUUAUCAUUUUGUGUUUCUAAAUAUAUAAUUGGGUUAAACUUUGAAAUAUAAUGCUGUUCAUUGGUGAAAUAGGUGUAAUUUAUUCCAAAUACCAUGGUUAAUUAAAAUCCCAAUUAAUAAUCACAUUAUCCUAUAAGUUCACAUUAAUAAUUGUAAUUACAUCUAAAUAUAGUAAUUAAAGUGAACAGGAGCUUUUUGUUAUUUAGAUCACGAGAAAUUUGUAGUUCGGUGAAUAAAGCAAUUUUAUGAAUUCUUAAAUUUCUUAAAGGAACACUCAAAGGACCAUAACCACUACAGUGCAUUGUAGUGGUUUCGGUGCCAGGAGUGCCCUUAAGCCUCUCUAAUGUAAUUUGUUAAAGAGACACGAUAGCCACUGGUCUACAUAGUCUCUUAAUAUAUUUGUUUUGGUGAGUAUAGUCAGUCCUUGCAGGCAUGUUUGUGUAAAAACUGCCUUUUCUGAGAAAAGGCUGUGCUUACAUAGUUGUCUAGGGACACCUCCAGUGGCAGUCAUUCAGGUGGCCACUAAAGGUGCUUCCUGAGUUAUGCAGCACUGAUGUUCAGUGUCUCCAUGUUCUGCAUGGAGACGUUGAAUUUUCCCUAGAGAACUGCCUCAAUUCUAUGCAUCUCUAUGAGGAGAUGCUGAUUGGCCAGUAUGAUGUUUGGUUCUGCCCCACCCUGACUCCUCGGCGGAGAUCAUCAGAAUUGACUAUCCUAUGGGAAUACAUUGGAUUGGCUGAGAGAGUCAAUUCUCACGAUCUCCGCCAAAGGGGCGGAUUGAGGCAGGGCCUGUGUCGGCAAAACCGUGAGGGUCUGCAAUAAAGGUGUUUUACAGCUUUUUAAGAGGGGCAAGGGAAGAGGGGCAGCCACCUAAAUAGUGUUUUUAAUACUAUAGGGUAGGGAAUACACAUUUUGUAUUCCUGACCCUAUGUGUUCCUUUAAACCAUUUUAGUAAUGAAUUGACUGAUUAUCUGGGAUGUGUUGGGCACUGCUCCAUACCGUCUCUCUGCCUGAAGCGCACUACUUAAGAUCAGAUGAAGGCUCUCAGUACAAUAACCACUACAGCUUGCUUUAGUGUUUUAUGAUGCCAGGAGUACCCUAUCCCCUCUGUAUAAGCAUACCUCACUGACGAUGCCUAGCAAGGUGGAAACUAUUGUCUGGGGUUGAUGUAUCUCUCGUGCAGAGAGAGCUGGCCUGCAUUUUGGUUCUGUUGUGAUAUGCAAAUUGCCCUGGUUCUGCUUGUAAGGGCACAAGAUGAGCUAAAAGCAGCUUGAGAUCUAAAUAAAGACCCACCGAAGGACAAGCUUUUUGAGCUGUUGUCUGUUCUCAGUAGUCUCUUGCUCAGUAGUCUCUUACACCUUGUUUAGCUCUCCCCAGUAUACAUAGUUUGGCGAAGUUUUAAUGUUCUACCAUGUGUCUGCUGGUCACUGCUCCCUACCUGGUAGGAGCGUAUGUUCACUUUCUGGGGCUAAAACCUGCAGUGCAGCUCAACUUUGUAAAACACUUCACUGCCUUGAUCGCAUACACAUUGUAACCACAAUAAAAAAUAAAUACAUAAAUCCUGGUUUUCACAUUUCUCUCAGGAUCUCUCUUCGCCUACAUGUGAAACUUGUUAUACAGGCAGAAGCCACACUGAGAAGUAGAGGUUCAAUAACAAAGUAGGGUGUAUAAUUCAUACAAGAAUUUCUAUAGCCAGGGCAAGCAUAACAUUUUGUGAUAUAUGUAUUGAAGGGGCGUGUAAGUCUAUAACUGCACCAGUUGUUGUUCAAAAAAAUAUGGCAUUUGGAAUGUUCCUUUUAAAAUGGCUCUGUCACUUGGUUGAGCGAGCAUCCCUCUCGCUUUGCAUGUCUCCUUACAUGGAGGCAUUGGUGUGGGGUGGUGAUUGAAGGGAGUGCACCAGCUUCUGGCAGAUGAUGCUGUUGAAAACAUAGGUUUAAGAAAGUUAAACCUGCUCCAUACAUAAAGCAUCAAAUAUUGGAUUCAAAUAUUUAAACAUGGGGUUUACCUUUAAGUUACAUGUGAACACCAUGAGGUUUAAUGGAAUGUGCCAAGCAAAGGCCAUAUUACUUUCAUCAAAGUACUGAAUAGAAGUGCUUUUUGUGAAAUAAAAUAAAUAAAACUACAGUUUCAUGGAUCUGGUAUCUCACAAAUGUGCUGCAAAGAAUGGUCUGAUCUUAGUGUUUCAAAGAAUUCCGGUUUAUUCUUUUGAUACAGUGCAGCAGAGUGCAUGAAGAUUAGUGGUUGGCUGGGCUCAGAACACAGUCGUUUGUUCUAGUCUAGUAAUACUAGCAAGGACUGUUCGGUAGAUUUUUAUCCCCUAGUCCGUUCCCUUCUGCUGCCUUUUGGAGUCUUUUGCAGUAGAUGUGAUACCAUAAACUUUUCUUGAUGAGUAAAUUUAAAAAGUAAUUUUUGGUACCUUAAUAUCUCCUUUACCUGCAUCCUGAAGUCCAUUCACACCCUUUUUAUUUUUUUUUACCUUCCACUCUUCCUUCUAUGACACCUUUUUAAAAUUUUUUUAUUAAUGUCUGGAUUGUUUAAUAAGCCGAAAAAAAGUUAAUCUUCCCAAAAUGCAUACCUGUUACAGUGUGCUUAAAGGUAUUAUUUUUUUUUUUGGCCGUGACUUCCUGCAUAGCUAGUGUGGCAUACAUUUAUCGAAGCUUACAUAUAGGAGUUUUUUUUUUUUUUUUUAAUAUAUAUAAUUUUUUUUUGUACCAUAUGUGCAUUACCAGAAGUUUUGUAAAAACAAUGCCUAUGUACAUUAUUUGAUACCAAGUUUGUCUUUAAGCAUACUACUUUCUAAAUUCAAAAUCAGUAGUGAGAGCACUGUAAAAGUGAGAUUUGUGUGGUAAAAGCAAGUCUUAUGGAUUGCCUGGUGUGUAUUUGUAUUUCACAUUGCAUUAACAUAUAUAGAAUUUUUUUUGUUUUCUGAAGAUGUUUGUGCUAGGUGGAUUUACAGGUGUGAAUUUAAAAAACAAAACACAAAAAGCAUAAAGUGGUAUUACAAAGCUUGGGGCCCCUGUCUAGACCUGCACACUGAGAGGGCUAUUUGCUGACAGCAUUUUUCACAAAUGGAAAAAUUGAGGCAAAUGGCUGAUCUGGUAAUAUUCUAUAAAUUUGCUUCAGUUUUGCAUUUGGAUUUAUUUGCAAAAAUUUUGUUUCGUAAAUUGCGCAGAGCCAACACACCUCUGCCGCCCCAAUACAUUUUUUUUUUUUGGUGUGUGUUGGCUUUAUAUAAUGUGUUUUUAGUCUGUGCUGACAGUAUGUAGUGUGUGUGUGUGUCCCGUAUUUUUAAACUGUGAUUCAGAUUUUUAUUCUCCUUAAUUUUAGUGAAUUGUGCAUAUUUGGGAUGUUUAUAAUAUAUACAUUUCUAUUUAAUAUUCAUAUAAUACACAUAUAUUAUUGUAAUGUACUGAAUUUUUUUAAUCAAGCUUUGUAAACACACACUUACUUUAUCUUACUUUCUGGACACACACGCACACUCCAUGCUUGCAUAUAAACUAAUGCACACUGACCCACUUACACAAAACUACAUCUGACCCACAUAUUGUACAGUUCCAUUGCUUCUUUCACAUUGCCAGCAGCCUUCAUAGUUCUUCACUCUGUCUGAAGCUUGCCCCUUCUCUUCCCUCCCUACCCAGCGUUUCGCCUGUGGAAUUUGACGACAUGCUGUAUCCCAGCUGCAAUCCGAUCUGUACUUUGCAUGAAGCAACUCCUACUCCUCGCGCCUCCCUAUACCUGGCCGUCUACUGCAGUUCUCCAUCCAUCUGUAGGCUAUGCCAGCCCACCAGGAAAUUUCCUGGUCGGCCAAUCCUUUUACUGCGCUAACCUCCCACGGACAAAGGCAGGGAUUAAAGAAUAGGAAAACUGCUCACGUGGCACAUAGAACUUAGUCUCCCACAUCCCUGGUACCCUUGAAUAUGCAUCUUUUAUUUUUUUUAUUUUUUUUCCCUUCCUCUAAUAAUUCCUUGCUUCCCAUAUUCAUAAAGAAGUGGCAUAUUAAAUUUAUAAGGUCAGAUGUAGGACGUUGCCUGUUAUGGGACUUGUUCUAAUAAAUCACUUCCUGAAAGCUUUUUCAUUACUUUACUAAUUGCUAUCCAAGCGAAGAACUGUAAUACUAUUUUCUCUGUAUAUUUGUUACUAUUCAUAAGAGAUUUGUCAUGACAAAGUACAUUAAUGGGCUUGUUUUCAGGGCUUUCUCUCUGUUUAAUAUUCCUUUAAAGUUAAUAGCCUGGACUUGAACGGGUUUCAGGAAUGGUUUUAAAAAGCCACGGAAGACUGGCCAUGGCCAGUUAGUAUGUCCGUACUUGAGCUUAAAGUCACUGAGACCAUGUUUGCAUGAUCCAUUGCUUGACCUACUUAAAUUGUUACUCCAGGCAUCAUUUACACUGGUUAUUAUACCAGGAAUAACCUUGCCCUUUAUCCUGGUAAUGGGAUAGACUGUUUUGCAACAGUUUCUCAUACUUGAGCACCUGGUGGCCAGUCACUUCUGGCAUUUGCAGAACUUCUGAAGGUAGAAGUCAAUCACACCAGCCAUCCAUUGGCUGAACAAGGAUAAAGUAUAGAAUUAACACUAACUUUUGUUUUGGGCUUGUUGGUGACGUCCCUAUGACCCUGCCAGAGAUUGAGUUACACCUGCAGUGGCAAACUGGGUCAUCUCCGUAUGUGCAGUGGUUCAAAGAGAAAUGUUGUACAUACAUACUCUAGGCAGGGAGUCAUGGUGUUUGGAGUUACCCUUUAAAUAGCGAGUAGUAGUUUUUUUUUAAUUAUUUAAAGUAAUAUAUUUAUUGAGAUUCUGGAAUGCCUAAAUGUGUUUUUUUUCUUCUUUCUAAUUUUGUGACAAGGAGGAAUGCUGCUUUUUUUCCCAUUUGGUAUCUCCUUGUAGACACUGGAAACAUUACUAUCUGUUCCUUUUCUAUAAUUUAAAUGGGCUAUAUUUUAUCUACAAAAAAAGUACAUUUCAAAUGACUAAUCUGUCUGACCUCGGUUCCUUGUUUCAUUUCAGUGUAAUGCGUAUUGCAUGUUAUUUGGAGCAUAAAAUGACAUGUCCUGCUGCUAAUCUUUCCCCUCCCAAAGCUAGUCAUACUAUGAGGCUGUUACAGAGAACACUUCUUUCUUUAGCCCGGUGGAAGCGUGUCAUAUCUUUUUCUCAGGGGGUUCUGAGCUACAUCUGGGUAUAAAAUAGCUCAAAUCAACCUUCAUAAAUGUAUAAAAAUGUGAAAAUGAGUUUGUGACAGAAUACAAGUGACCUUAUCUUGGUAUUGGUUGGUUUGUUACAACAAAUACUACUUUUAUUGCUGAUAUUGUAAGGAGAAGUGGUCAUACCACCUUUUUGUGAGUUAGGGAGAAAAAAGAAAUAAAGCAAACGUUGAUUUGUUAAAAUAUUUCCAUUUAAAAACACAUUUAAUGUAAAAUAACACGCUAGGACACCAAUUAUGCUGCUUUUAUAAGCUUGGGCCAUGUCUGACUUCAAUAAAGAUACAGUAAGUCAGUGGCUCACCUGUUUUGGUUGUAUUGCUAAAUUAUAUGUGUAUGCAUUGUGACCGGUUUGCUGCUGAGAAUUUUUCUGUUUUGGGCAGAAUCUUCACUUGAUUACUUGCCAGUUAGUGAUGCCCUGGAGCCAGGGAAUAGGUGGACAUAUUGUGACUGCUAUACAUUCUGGAAGGACCACUAAAGGAACCAAGAUCACUUCAUUUCAAUGAUGUGUUCUGCUGCAGUGGUCCUGUCAUUUUAACUCUAAAACUCUAGUCCUGACCACCACUAAAGGCGCAUCCACGUCUAUAACGGAGUCCAACUCUGUCCUAAACUCAAAUGCUGCUGAUAGCCACAUUUAGAUUUUGACCACGGAUAUCUAUUUCCAGUCCACUGCUUCUCUAUGAGAAGCAUUGGAUUGGAGGAGAUUCCGGUAAAGGAGGGGACUAUAUUUAAAAGCAGAAACUACCACAACAAGAGGACAUGGUCUUAAAUUAGAGGGGCAAAGAUUUAAAAAUAUCAGGAAGUAUUUCUUUACCAAGAGGGUAGUGGACGCGUGAAAUAGCUAUCCAGCUGAAGUGGUAGAGGUUAACACAGUAAAGGAGUUUAAGCAUGCAUGGGAUAGGCAUAAGGCUAUCCUAGCUAUAAAAUAAGGCCAGGGACUAAUUGGGCAGACUAGAUGGGCCGAAUGGUUCUUAUCUGCCGUCACGUUUCUAUGUUUUGUCAAUCUUUCUUUAACUUUCAUUUUUUUUUUUGUACCAAAGUUGGGUGGACAUAAGGGAAUAUAACGUUUAUUUCAGGGGCUAUGGUUUCCAUUUAAGAAAGACUACCAUGCUCAUCUGGGUCCUGUGCACCAAAAUGAAAGUCUUUAGACCACAUUACUAAUCUAAAGUGGCAUGAUCGCAUACACUCCUGGAAUACCAAUAUUACUUUUCUUUUUUUGCAAAUUUUUCAUCUUUAAUAGCUUUUGAUUUAGCCAUGAAAGACUGUAACUCAAGUACUGGCAAGACGCACAACACAUACACUCAGACUUAUUGCUUAACUUGUUUACUUGCAAGUCACUAAAAUGAAUUAAUUUACAUGUGAAGGGAAUUGCGUGAAUACUUGCUAGAAAUAAUGCAGGUUAGGUGUAAGGCUAGAGUUUCAGCCUAUAUGUCUAUAGAUACAUAGAAAAUAAAUGCCAGCAGUGCUAUAAAUUUAAUUUGCAUGCAGGGAGAAGGUAGCUAUGUGCACCAUAACCUCUGCAAAGAUUAUUGGUUAUGUUGCCUGUAGUGGUUUAAACUGUUCCUUUUUAGCCUUCAAUUACUUUAUUAACCACCAGUUCAUCUUACAGGACACAAGAAGACUAAUGUAGGAAAAAUGCUUAAUUGGCAUUAAAAUAACCUCACACAGUCUCAGAUUUCUGGUUAAUAAAAUUAAAGUAAAAAAUGGAAUGAUGAAUGGUCUUUUGUUUGCUGGGUGAGUUUAACUCAAUUAGAAUCUAAAGAAUAGAUCAUGUAAACACUGGUUGUAGCUAUUGGUUUUAUGUUAACAUUUCCUAUGGAUACAUUUGGGGGACUGUUAAUUUAGCUUCCAGUACUCAAGUUUGGGUUCCAGUGAUGUUAUCUAGUGGUGAAAAAAGAAAAGAUAAUACAACUCAGAUGUUCCUUGAGUUCCAUGUUUUAUUAUAAAUUAUGUCACAGGCUCCAUUUUCUUGGAAUAAAAAAAACCUUUGUUUAAAUGCACCGGCUUAUUACCCCUUUGCUUGCUACUCCCUAAAAUAAAUAAAACUAUAAAUAGCAUGUUACCAUACACAUCAAUAUUUAUCCCUUUUUUAUUCUAAUAAUCUUAUGUUAUAUUAUUGGUCAUUGCCCACAGAUAAUGGAGCACUAUAGGGUCAGUAACACAAACCUGUAUUCCUGAUCUUAUAGGGUUAAUAUCACCAUCUUGCCACCCUGGUCCCCUCAUGCUGAUAUAUAGUAAAAUAUUACUUGUAUUCAAGUCUGCAGCUGCUUACAUUGUCACUGUUUCCUUUAGACCCGCCUACUGCCUGCUGACCUCAUCAGAAGUGGUAGCCUGAUCUAAUCACAAUGCUUCCCCAUAGGAUUGGCUGAGACUGACAAAGAGGCAGAUCAGGGGCAGAGCCAGCACAAUUCAAACACAGCCCUGGCCAAUCAGCAUCUCCUCAUAGAGAUGAACUGAAUCAGUGAAUAUCUAUGAGGAACGUUCAGUGUCUGCAUGCAGAGGGUGGAGACACUGAAUGUUUGGAUGCAUUUUAGGCAGACAUGACCCAGGAAGGAUCUCUAACAGCCAUCUGAGGAGUGGCCAGUGAAGAUAUCACUAGGCUGUAAUGUAAACACUGCAUUUUCUCUGAAAAGACUGUGUUUACUGCAAAAAGCCUAAAGGGAAUGAUUCUACUCAACAGAACAAAUUCAAUUAGCUGUAGUUGUUUUGGUGACAUCUCUGCUUUUGACAUUUUUGAUAUCUUACUUCCCAUGCACCUUCAUUGCAUCUUACCUCCUUUGUAGGUCAACUAUUCUUAUUGUUGUAUUAUUUGUGGUCUAGAUCAAUGGUUCCCAACCCAGUCCUCAAGUCCCCCUAACAGUCCAAGAUUUAGGGAUUACACAGUUGUGUCUAAGGUGUUUGUAGAUAGAAAAACAAAAAAACACUUGAGGACUGGGUUGGGAACCCCUUGUCUAAAUGAUCUAGAAUUUGGAAUUGCAUUAUUUGUUCCCUGGCAAUUGUUGAUAUUAUUGGUGAACAUUUAUAGACUUAAAAAAAAAUAAAAAUAAAAUAGUACAGUACUUGGUUUGGGGCUGCUAGAGCACUACUAGAAUGCAAAAAAAUUGUAGUAAUUAGUAUAAAGGACUACAUCAAGCACGAUAACUAUUACAGCACACAGGAGUGCCAUGGAGCCACUUAAGUAUAAGUAGUUAAAGUGAGUGCUGAUGAUUUGAUGUGUAACCUGUGGACCGCUGAGCGCUGACCACUUCCAUCAUUAAAAGGUGCAAGGCCAACUUCUUGGCUGAGUGCAUCAGCUGAUAUCAGUCAGCCAAUUAGCUAAGCCCUGCAAUUUCAGGCUUGGUUCAAUGCAUAGAGCUUCUCAGGACCCAGGUAAUUUGUCAAACUGUUAACAUUACCUAGCACAGGGCUAGGCAACCUUCAUCAGUCCGGAUGUUGUGGACUGUGUCUCCCCUGAUGUUUUCACAGCAUUAUUGCUGUUAAAGGCAUUAUGGGUAACGUAUUGCACAUCAUCUGGAGUGCCAAAGCUUACAUAGCCCUGACCUAGCAUAUGGGGGUGUACUCUAGGUUAGCAUGUGACUUAGAUGUGGGGCAUCAUCCAAUGCAGCCAUUCCAGAUGUCGAAGUAUGUAGAAUUGAUUUCAUACAUAUAAGUACUUCUCUUUCCUCCUUUAACAUUUUUAAUGUAGCAAGAAUCACUGCAUUUAAUAAGAGCAUAGAAUAAAGGUUCAAGGAGAGGCAGUAAAAACAAGAAUGGGUUAUGUAGCACCUAAAAUGAAAUAUGGAUAUAUUUUAAAAACCGAACAAUUUUAUCUUAAAAUUAAAGAAGUGAUUAGCAAAUAACAAGUAUAUAAAAAGUCCAAUACUUGAAGGUGCGGUAACUGCGAGGUUCUUGUUAAAAAUUUAUUUUCUUCAUAAAAUCCGAAGAAUCCGUUGUAAUUUUGAAUAGGUGUGAAUAUAUAUAAAAAAAAUAAAAAAUAAUCACAGUAUAGUUUGUAAUAGUUCAGUAAUAAGUAGUGUGCAGAUCUUUAUAGUCUUUCACAUUUAGCAGAGCUUAGACCAGCUCUAGUGUUGUGCACAUGCAAUGGUGUUGAUCCUCCACUGCUAGGAUAUACGUGAGGGUACGGGCAGUGGAUGUCUCAGUGAUGUAAUGUUCCAAGAGCCAAAAGAGAAAAAGAGACCACAAUAGGGCUGUCUAUAUAAAUUUUAUGUUCUAUAUUAUUACUGAACUAUUACAUUCUAUACCAUAGAGGUGUUCCUCUACCCCCCAUAUUCACACCUAUUCAAAAUUACAGUGGAUUCUUCUGAUUUUAUGAAGUAAAGAAAUGUCUAACAAGAGCCUCGCCGUUACCGCACCUACUACACCUUCAAGUAUUUGACUUUUUAUAUAUUUAUUUGCUUAUGACUUCUUUAAUUUUAAGAUAAAAUUAUUCUGUUUUUAAAUAUAUCCAUAUUUCAUUUUAGACGCUACCUAACCCAUUAUUGUUUUUAUUGUAAUUUACUAUUGCAUUGGGGUCUGUAGAGAGAACCUGAUUCCAUUAGGUGGGCUGCCUUUCUUUCUCUGUGUUUUCUAAUUUUUAUUCUCGUUCAAUACCUCUAGUAAUACUUUUUUUUUUUGCCCAAAUUCCCCUUUAACUAAAUCAUAUUUAGUCCAAAGGGUUAAUAAUCUGUGAUCCCAAAUAUUGCACUAUCCGUUUAAUUUUACCCAAUUGCUUUACUGCAUUUUCAUAUGGUUCAUACAGCUUUUUAGUAGAUUUGUACAUCAGGAUUUAUUAAAAUGCGAAAAUCGUUAAAUGUUUUUGCAAUUUUUUACAAACCUACCUAGACUAUAUACUCAUCCUUUUGUACUGGACAUCAGUCUUGUAUAUGUUAUGUAUGUUGAUGUUAAGAAAUUUUAAAACACUUUCUUAACAUUUGAAGAUAACUCGUGUUUUUUGGAAAGAAUAGUACAUUACUGCAACAUCUAUGUGAAUUGCACUUUUGCAGAAUGUAGCUUCCCCCCUCCCCUCCUAUAUUGUAGCAAAUGUCACUAUGUUGUAAUCCUGUCCGCUAUAUUAAGUUUCACAAUGCAUUUAGUUUAUUUACCAUUUUAUUUACAGAUCUUUGGUUGAGGAGGAAGAUCCUCACUUGAAAGUCUCUCUUGGGAACAACGAUAUGGGUGUGUCUGCUCACCUUCAGUCCUCAAAGACUGGGACCACUAGAUUCUUCACCAGCAAUACUCACAGCUCAGUGGUGUUACAGGUAUGACGUGUCUCUGUAUUAAUUGCUGCUAAAUUCUGUACUUAAAUUCAGCAUAUUCCUUUAAUUUUCAGGUGUGCUAUUUUGCAUAAACUGCAUACUAUAUACAAGACAGGACAGGUUAUCUGCUAUAGUUUUAAGAUAAAAGAGUAGUGGCACCUAAAAAUAUAUAUUUUAGAGCAAUAAAAAGGAUAAAGAACACCUUAGUCCCAUGGCAGAAAUGUGUACAUAAGGAGCACUUUAAAACCAUGCUACAACUGUACAAUAAAGCCCCUGGAGAAUCAUAACCCUGUAUUGUAUAAUGAACCUGCAUAUAUUAAAGUGGAACUCUAGAACAUGCAUAAUACAGAGAAUAUUAGAAUACUUUACUUUAUUUUUGCAUGCUAAUUAAUUAGAAAAAGCAGGAGAAUACACAUAAUUUAGCAUGGCUUAUUCCCCACCAAUAUCUUUUACAUACUUUCUUCAUUGUACGUUUUCUAUUGUGUGCCUUCAACUCUACACAGUCGAUGGAGCGCAAACGCCACUGUCCCUUGAGUAGGAGAUAUCAAGAGUAAAAAUCUAUUGCUCUUUGUAUACAGCAUAUACUCCACAAUAAAGUGAUUGCAUUCACAUGCAUUUUGCUUCCUCUCCAUUUCCGUGUUAUGCAAAUCAAAACCUGAGGAGUAUUUUGCAUAUGUUAAUGGAGACAUAAAUAGUUACAUAGCUGAAAAGAGACUUGCGUCCAUCAACUUCAGCCUUCCUAAAAAAGUGUUUUUAUAAGUUCUGUUCAACUUGCUAAAUGUGUGUCUUUAAUACUGUGCACACAUUUAAAUUACUGGAAAUCUCACAAGCUGUAUAACUGUCAACUGACAAUCUUGAUGCAUCAUAAUCCGCAAACCAAGCCAUGAGAUUGGUUUAUGGAUGUCAUUUUGUACAAUUUGUUUGUGACACUGGUCAUGACUUUCGUAGACCUCACAAUGUUGAUGCGUAACUGAGUUUGUGUUCAAUUACCUUGCAUAAUAUGGCAACAAUUUGAUCCCACUGGAUUUUUAAAAAGUUACUUCAAUAACCAUGACCUCUUCAGUGAUGUGAAAUGAUCAUUGUGCCUGGAGUCUACAUGUGCAGCAUUUCACUGCAAAACACACACACAUCCAUAUCUAACCCCUUGGCUGUUGGAUUGUUGGAGUUGUAAUUCCACCUCCAGCUUCAAGGGCUGUCAUCAGCCAUUUCAAGACUGGCUAAUGAUUCUGUGCAAGUUGGUAUUUAAAAAAUAAAUAAAUAAAAUGUCAUUCAUUGGCUGAGAGCAGUCAUCGUACUUUCUCAGCCAAUGGAUUGUGCCCGGAUAGGCUUCUAUGUAAGCUGAAAGUGCGUCACUACUUUAGCAGGAGCCUGGUGGGGACCAAGGUAAUAUUGCAAACUCUUACAUGGCUAAAACCAGAAUCUCCUUUUGAGAGAAUGUGCGUUACAACAGAUGUGUUUGUGAUGAGAUUUGUGUAUAGCCGCUCUGUACACUAAUGUAGAUUAUCCUUUUUUUCCCACAUGCAAUUAACACAGAAAAAGAAUUUGGUAUAUAAUAUACAUAUACCUCAAGUGGAGCGCUAUAGGGAUUACUUCACAAGCUCUUGAGUGAAUCGUAUACGUAGCAUAAAGAUAUAAAGGAUAUAAAAGAUAAAUAUAUAAUAUAGUACAUAUUGUAAAAAUAUAUAAUAGAUGCCUAGAGAAUUGUAUAAAUAUUGUAAAACACAAUUCAGGUGAGGUAACCAGGAUUUUAAUUUUUAAAUACAAUAUUUAAUUUUAUUUAUUUUUUAGACUGUUUGUAUUAAUAUAUCAGAUUUUAUACAAAGUCCAUUGAAGCCUCAAGUACCUUCAUUUGGGGAAAGUGCCAUCCCCCUUAGAGUGGCACAAAGCCUGCUACCCUCAGAGCCAGGACCUUAAGGCUCUGAAAAAGGUGAGCAUAAUACCUAUUCAUAUUUUAUCCAAGAUACCUUUGAAUUGAUUAUACUACACAUUGGAUGUUCCUAUUGUUUUUAUCUUCCUGGAAGAAAACUUUCAGCAGGAAAUAGUGGUUGGAUGCUGCCAUAAAAAGCAUGCCAGUCCAGUUUACAGAGCCAAUAAUAUCGGCUCUUAUAAAUGUGAGUGAUCCAUUUAUCUCUCACCUGAAUUGCACAGUGUUUUACAAUCUUCACUAGAUUAUAUAUUUAUCUUUUAUAUCUGUAUGCGACGUAUACGAUUCAAUCAAGAUCUUGUGAGGUAAUCCCUCAACACCUAUAGCGCUCCAUUUGAGGUAUAUGUAUAUUUUACACCAAAUUCUUUUUCUCUUUCACAGCUGGCUGUAGUGGGUAUGAUGCUUGGAGUAACCUUUUAAGUAAUGUUAGUCAUUAGUGUGGCAUCCGAAUUAAGCUCCAAGAGCACAGUUGGCUAUUUGCAUUGGCUUUGUUUUUGUUUUUAUUGCAUGUUAUGAGUAUGGGACCUUUAGACUUACUUGAUUCAUAAUAGUCUCUUUGUAGACACAAACGCAUGAGAGGUAUAAUGUAAACAAAAAUCACUAAUUUGCAACACUUGUCUGUUACACAACAAAUCGACACUACACUGAUUUUUUUUAAAAAUUUUUUUUUUACAUUUAUUAAAUAUUAUUUUUUUUGCAUAAGGUCCAGUCAUUUUAUUGUAACUCUAAGCUAGCUAUUAACUUAGAGAAGGAUUAAUUUAUCAAUAUAAAAUUGAAUACAACUGAUACUUGUGGAUAAUUAAUUUUGCUGCUGUUUAAAUAUUUAAAUGGCUUAGUUUGAUAUAUAAAAAUUUUCUAAAUAUUCAGCCCUUUCUUUGAUAUUGUGUAUACCUUGUCUUGAUUUGUUUCUCACUCUUAAAGUGGACCUGCCAAUCGUAUAAUGCUUCAGGUGAGUCUCACAAUUUAAUAGAUACAUUGUGCUUAUGAAAUAGUCAGCAAAUGUGUAAAGAAAUUAAUAAAAAGUCUCUCUCAAUAAAUCCCCAAGUAUAAUAUACUGUACUUUCAUUAAGUAUCAGGCAUGCUAGCACAAUGGUCAGAUAAACUUUAAUUACCCACAAAGUGCUACCAUGUCAUGUAUGCAGGACAGGAAUUUUUAUUUUAUAAAAGCCCAUGCUUUUCUUUUUGUAUAAAACAAGUUGCACAAACGGUUACUUGUGUGUGUGAAAUUUUUGUUGAGUUUAAGUUCAUCCUGAUUGUGACGCUCGCUUGGGAAAGUAGCUUUUAAGGUCUAGCUAAUAGCACAGGACUUAAAAUUGUAAGCACUGUAAGUAAAAUCAUUUUAAAUGUUUCUAUUUUUUCCAAAGGGCUUUGACCAGUUAAGACUAGAGGGCUUACUUUGCGAUGUGACCUUGGUACCAGGUGAUGGGGAUGAGAUUUUUCCAGUUCACAGAGCUAUGAUGGCCUCAUCCAGUGAUUACUUCAAAGCCAUGUUCACAGGUAAUACAUUUAUUUUUUCUUUAUAUGCAAUUCGGUUGUAUUAAAAAAAAAAAAAAAAAAAAAAUUAGUACCUUUGCACAUAUGUUUAAUGGAAAUGUUAUGAUGACAUAAUAUACAUGAUGAUUCAUGUUUUCCUGCAAAGGCAGUUAGUUUGCCUUUUAUUGUGUAUCUCUUUUCAGAGACAAUGCAUAGUAUAGCAACUCUUUAGUUUUUUUUUCUUUUCUACAGUAGAGCUUUUGCCUAUCAAACAGACUUGCAUGUGUUUUGAAAUGGAUAAGUGCCUACUUCUGAACUAAAACAUCAUAAGAGUAUUGCAUUAACAGUGUGUUUAUGUGCACACGCUGAGCCGUACACAUAAUGUCCUUUUGAUUCUAGGUUCAUUCCUUGAAUUGGUGGGGCAGGUGAAACAAAAUUUUCAAAGCUAACAUUGAAUUGAUGCAAAUUGUGAUGGGAUUUAUUAUUUAACCUCCUAUCCUUAUUUGCUGAUUCUUUAAAGGUUAACAUUAGUACCAUUUCUGACACAUCACACCCGUUAAUGGUUUACUUAGAAAGUAUUGCAUAAGUCAUCUAACUUUUAAAGGGCACCUAUCAUGCAUGACAUUCUUGUCUCCUGUUUAAUCUGCAAAUAAUUGUUUCUAAAUUUUUGUGCGACCACAAGGUCAAUCUACCAAAUUCCGUUGAGAUGGCUAUAGAUAUAAAUCUAUUUAUAUUGAGGCCAAGCAAUGACUUUAGUAGCCAGACUCAAGUGUGCCACUGUGUAAUUUAAGCUACAGCCACAAGUUAUUAUUAUUGGCAUUUAAAUAGAACCAACAAAUUCCAUCCAAAUGCAAAAGUACUCUUGCCAUUUAACUGUGUUUACAUAUUCUUACGUUUAGAUUAAGGUCAGAUACCAGUCAUGUUCUGCACAGCAGAAUUCCUAUUAACAGUUCUCCUACAAUGAGUUUUUGAGCAUUGUUUACAUAUUCAAUAGAAAAUAAAGGUUGUAUGUACUACAUUUAUAAAAACUUGCACAUCGUACAGGUAAUUAAAAUUUGUCCUGAUUUCUUGUCUAGGUGGAAUGAAAGAACAAGACUUAAUGUGCAUUAAAUUACACGGCGUGAACAAAAUUGGAUUGAAGAAAAUUAUUGAUUUCAUUUACACUGCAAAACUUUCCCUAAACAUGGAUAAUCUUCAAGACACGCUGGAAGCCGCUAGUUUUUUACAGAUAUUGCCUGUGUUGGACUUCUGUAAAGUGUUUCUAAUAUCGGGGGUAAGAACAAGCAUUUAACAUAGUUCUGUCUUGAAUAUGUAUGCAGUGCUAUGGAAGACCGGGUUUAGCAAAUAUAAUGGCUGUUCGACCCGGACCACUACACAGCAAGUAAAGAUUGGGUUCAAGACCCAUCUGAGUGGUUGUUAUAGUAUAGGGAAGUAUUUGGUGCUUUAGCUUGAGAUCUGUAAAUUGACAAGAAAAUCAAAAUAAAAUGCUUGAUAUUGGUAUGUUCUAGCCUUUUAAACCACGUCACUUUGGUAUCAUUUUAGUCUUGCUUAACUUUCAAGGGAAACAUUCAAAAUGUUGGUUUGUAAGUGUUGAAGUAAUCAGGGUUUUUUACAAAAGUGAGAAUGUAAGUGGAUAGAGAUUAUCUCAACUAAAUUCCUUUCAGAUAAGAAUGCUUUCACCUGUCUUUCAAACCUAGUGCUUCUAGGUGGAACACUUUUCCAUGAUAGGAUACCACAGGGACACACGUAGGUUAGGUUGCAAUUAGUUACUCUGUUUUUGUUUUUUCGGUUCUAGAAAUUCUGCUGUAUAGAAUAUGUAUUUCUAGGAGUAAUAGUCUGUUAUCUUUCUAAAGUAGAAAGCGAAGACUUAAACUACAAUUGCUAAAAAACAUUGUUGCACUUCUAAAUCACAGUUUACAGGAUAAUCUCAGCAGUGUUGUAGAAUGUUAAUGGCCACAAUUUAAUUUGGCAGCUCAUCAAUGGGGAUUUGCAGCAAAUUAUAGAACUUUAAUUUUGAGUAUCUUUUAGAGUAUUUGAAAUGCUGCUGCAUGUUUGUAUUGUAGCAUCUAGUGAUGAAAUUUACUGCCAGCUUCUGUACACAUUCAACAAGCAUCACAUGCUUCUAGCUGUUUGAAUAACUAAGUGCAUGCAUUCAGUGGUAUAGUAUAUCUCUUUUGGUCAAAGUCUCUGUAUAUCUCUUGGAAGUGAAACUCUUGGGUUGAGGAAACAUAUUAAUUUUUUUAAAUUAGUUUUAUUUUUUAUUUUUCUAGAACACUCAUGUCUAGCAUAUAAAAAUAUUUUUGUGUGGGUGUGUUGUAUUGUACUUUUUUUUUUUUUUUUAAUACUCUGAAUUUUGAGAGUCAAUUAAAAGGGCACUCUGGGUACCAUUAACUCUUUAUCAUAUUGAAGUAGACAUGGUAUCCCAAUACUGUCCCAGCUGCCCUUGCCCUAAAAUCCAUUUUAUUUGCUGUCUGUAGGCAAUUGCACCAAUCAGUGAGUUAAUACGUCAGCAUGCAUAACCUGCUUACUCAGAUGGGUUUUCAGGGGCAGCUUCAUGAGCUAGUACCUUUUAAGUUCAGUCACUGUCCAUAUAUCUGUGAUGACUAGUACUGUACCUGUAUUCUUCUACAAGCCCAGCACUUAUCGUUUCUGAACUGAUUCUUCUCUAUAAGAAAUAUUUGGUGGUGUGCAUGACAAGUAUUGUGUGUCUAUUAGAAGCUACAACAGAUAAAGGUAAGUUUGAAUGCUUUUUUUUCCUCACUAAUACUUUAGAAAACAAACUGACUGUGAGGCAUAGUUAAUCUAAUACUACACUCCUACUGGUACUAAAAGAUUAAAGGACCACUAUAGUGCCAGGAAAACAUACUCGUUUUCCUGGCACUAUAGUGCCCUGAGGGUGCCCCCACCCUCAGGGACCCCCUCCCGCCCGGCUCUGGAAGGGGGAAAGGGGUAAAAACUUACCUUUUUCCAGCGCUGGGCGGAGAGCUCUCUCCUCCUUCUCUCCUCGUUCCUCUCCUAAAUGCGACGCUGCAGCGAGCUGAGCUGCGCGCGAUUCAGAUUGUCAUAGGAAAGCAUUUUACAAAGCUUUCCUAUGAGCCAUGUUCUCACUGAAAACUACAGUGAGAUAGCGCCUAGUGGCUGCCAGAGACAGCCACUAGUGAUAGGGGAAGGCUUAACCCAUUAAUAAACAUAGCAGUUUCUCUAAAACUGCUAUGUUUAUAAAAAAAAUGGGUUAACCCUAGAAGGACCUGGCACCCAGACCACUUCAUUAAGCUGAAGUGGUCUGGGUGCCUAGAGUGGUCCUUUAAAUACAUGAUUUUGCCUUUUAGCAAUUUACUUAUUUUUUAACACUAUUUGCAUAAACUAGUUGUAUUACUUAUUUUGUUAUAUUGUUGACAGGUGUAGUUUUGGCGACAAGCUCUAGUAUGAGCAUAGCCUGUAGACAGUCUUUAGAAGACUACUCGCACCCACCAUAAAUCCUCUUAUACAGCAGUAUAUGACCCUUUGGGUGUCCGAUUAUGUGAUCUGAAAAUUGCAAAACACUGUGUGUGUGAUAAGUCAGGCACUGAAAAUGUUAAAACUGUGAAAGUACUGAGGAUAUUAAGUGUACAUCAAGCAUGUCAAACUUGCGGCCUACACUGAAUAUAUUUGCGGCCCACCUGCCCUCGGGCCGCUUUGUGUUGUGGCUGCAACCAGCCGCAAGACAGGAAAGAUCUUUCCUGUCUGAUCCUUGUCUUCUCUGCCACAGAGCGGGCCAGCCACUCACUCUUCCCCCCUGUUUGCAGUGCAGGAGGAGCCUCUGGCCUGCUUGCAGAGAAGAUCAGAGCUGGAACUGGAGGAUGGGCGGCUCAUUUUAAGGUAGGAGAAGAGGGGCUUGGGGGAUUUUCUUGUGUGUUUUAAUUGGGGAUGGGGGACAGUGUAUUACUUUGGGGAGGGAGGGGGUAGUGUAUUAAUUUGAGGGAGGGAGGGGGUAGUGUAUUAAUUUGGGUAAGUGGGAGUGAGGGAUGUGGGCCAGGGUAUUAAUUUUGGGGAGGGAGGGGAGGUGGCCAGGGGCACACUUGGGGGUGGAGGAGGAAAAGAGUGUCAGUAGUGCUACCUCUCAGGGGGAGGGAGGUGGCCAGGUAUUAAUUUGGGGAGGUGGCCAAAAGGGCUAAUUUGGGGAGGUGGGCUAGGGUAUUAAUUUGGGGGAGGGAGGAGGUGGCCAGGUACACUUGGGGGAGGGGAGGGAGGUGGGCUAGGCAUAAUUUGGGGGAGGGAGGAGAAAUAAGCAGGGGUAUGAAUUUGGGGGAGGGAGGGAGGUGGGCCAGGGUAAUAAUUUGGGGGGAGGGGAGGGAGGCCAGUGGCUAAUGUAGGAGGAGGGAGGUGGCCAGGUAUUAAUUUGGGGGAGGGAGGCAGGUGGCCAGGUAUUAAUUUGGGGGAGGGAGUGGGAGGUGGCCAGGCAGCUAAUUUGGGGGAGGGAGGAGGUGGCCAGGGCAUUAAUUUGGGGGAGGCUGCAGGUAUUAAUUUGGGGGGGAGGAGGCCAGGGUAUAAUUUGGGGGAGGGGCCAGGUAUUAAUUUGGGAGGGGCCAGGUGUAUAAUUUUACCGUGGAGGGGUGCAUAAUUUGGGGGAGGGGGCCAGGGUAUUAAUUUGGGGGAGGGGGCCAGGGUAUUAAUUUGGGGGAGGGGGCCAGGGUAUUAUAUUGGAUGAGCUAGUGGGCAGUGUAUUAGUGGUGGGUGGGGGGUAGUGUGUUAAAUUUAAUGGCAGUGUAUUAAUUUGGUGGAGAUGGGAAGUGUAUUGGAUCUUGGCCAAAGUGAAAAACUCAUAGGACUUCAACAAGAUAAUGUUUUUGUUUUUUGUUUUUUGUUUUUUACAGCUUUGCAACAGCAUACAUUCACCAUUUCAGUCCCAUUAGCAAGCUUUUCUUAAAGGAUCACUAUAUCCUAUAGUGUUAACACCAUCAUCUAGUGGCUGUUAGACUCAGAAAAACAAGCAGUCUGCUGACACGUGGUAGCCUGAUCCAAUCACAAUGCUUCCCCAUAGGAUUGGCUGAGACUGACAAAGAGGCAGAGCCAGCAUGAUUCAAGCACAGCCCUGGCCAAUCAGCAUCCCCUUAUAGAGAUGAAUUGAAUCUCUAUGAGGAAAGUUCAGUGUCUGCAUGCAGAGGGAGGAGAUACUGAAUCACAGGAUGCUGUGCACAGUGCUGCCCUGUGCUCUGCUGACAGCAGAUCUGAGUGGAUGGAGGCAUAUUAUGCCUCCAUCAACUCCAAAGUCCCUCUGGUUCACCCUGAGUGACUGCAACUGGAGGUGUUCCUAGUUUUCAAUGUAAACACUGUAUUUUCUCAGAAAAUACAGUGUUUACAUGAGAAAGGCUGCAGGGAGCUAUAGUUCUCACCUGAACAACCUCAUUAAGCUGAAGUUGUUCAGGUGACUAUAGUGUCCCUUUAAUAUGUCAAAGACUGGACAUUGGUUAUAUGCAAGUGCACGUCUCCUUAAAAUAAAUUUGCUCUCUUGUUUAUGUUGAAGCCCUAUGUGCGUGAAGACAUCCAGUGUCAGGCAACUUUUUUUUUACUGUACUUUUCUAAAUAAACGUACGUUUCUAUGAAAACUAAAGGUUGGUUUUUUUUUGCAGCCCACAUAAACCUUAUUUAUUUGGCCUGUGUUGGCCUUUGAGUUUGCCAUGCUUGGUGUACAUGCUAGAGAUCAUCCUUAUGUUGAAAAUAAACUAAAACUUUAUAGAAAUUAAGUGUCAUCCUUGCCACCAUCAUGUUUUGAUGUAUUUGUUUGCAUUCUUCUUAUGGUAUCAUAAUAAUGCUACUAGUGGUUAUUGUACAAGUAAAAUUUGAUAGUAUAUUAACAUUGUUAGAAAGCAGGGGUCUCCAAGUACCUGCCUGUGGAUAGUUUCCGGCCUCCUAAAUUUACUGCAGCCUGUGGCCAGUUAUCCUGGUAUAGAGCGAUACUGUUUGUCAGAGUCCCGGGCAUACCUCUUUGUCUUGUAGUGCUGGUGGCCUGGUCCACAUCAGGGCUGUGAUCAUUCACUUAUUAGCUGCUGUUGUUGAGGAGGCUGUUCUGCUGGGUGAGUAUUGUUUGCAUGCACUGGGGCAGCAUCAUUAUUAUGUUGUAUAGCUCCCAUGACGAGUGGCCUCCAUGUAAUUUUACUUUGCUGCAAGGCGAUGCAAAACAUGAAAUCUAAAUAUUUGUUUUAUUUACUGCUAUGUAUACAAGUUGUCUUUUCAGAAAAAUGUGCUUAAUAUCUAGCUUCUAAUUAAAAUAUUCAGGCUACCUCAGUUUACUUAAUUUUAGUAAAUCAUGAAGGCUGCUCACAGGUUUUGGUGCUUCUUUGUGUACAUAUGUAGUUGUUUCUGUACUUAAAGUCUACUUAUUAAUAAUUGCAACUUAAGUUCUCUGAGUAAGUGUUCAUGGGCAAGUAUUUUGUUUUCAUAUUUGAUGUCCAUUGACACCACUUAUUUUCAAUUACUUUUAAAUCAUUCACUCAGCCCACCUUUUAAUGCUCUCAAUCACCUUUCAUUGUAAGUGGUUUUUAUCCUGCUGCUAAAAUGAUGGUCUUUUAUAUUGCAAAGAUGCUCUUGAUUGAAUCUCACGUAAUGCAUGCAGAAAAGCCUUACACUAGCACAGAGGGGAAAGAAUGUAAAAUGUUAAUACUUAAAUAUUCAAAUGAGUGUCCGUAAUUAAGCUUUGAUAAUGCCAUUUCUACUUCAUUACUUUAAAGUGACACCCCAGGCUUGUGUUUACCAUCUCCCAUCAUUUUAUCAUCUUUGGAGCUAUUGCAUUAAUAAAACCAUUCAUAAAAAAAAAAAGUAGGACAUAUUCCUUGCUGAUUUGGAAUACACACACUCACUCGCACUCUUUGUAAAUAUUCCACCUCUUCUCUCACUAUUGCUAAUCCCUGUCCAUGUUAAGGAAGGAUAGGAGACUGGAAGUUUACAUCGAAGUUGGAAAUUGGCUUAUUAUGCAUUCUCUGAAAGCAGAGUCUACUAUAGGGUUCUUCUUAAAUUCUCAUGCAGCAUCUUGAUUCACACCGCUGAGGGGAUAUGACAUCGUAUCAUACUACGUGAUGCUGUUAGUGAGUGAGCUGGGGAGGCACUCCCAGCUGCCAGACCAUGCAGAGACAUCCUACCUCCUUGCAACCAAAGGCCUGAAUUGGAAUGCUUUUCAUUUACUCUAACAGGAGUGGAGUCAUCUUGGUGCCAGGUUCUAUUUCUCUAUGACUUAUCUACUUGGAUUUGUCAAGCACUAGUUUGUGGCAUUUGCAGUUUGGAUAUCAUGAAUAAUAAACUUUUUGCACCUACAAUAAACAGGGGAACAUUCUUGGACUAUUACUUACCUGAGUGGUGUAGAUAGUUCUGGUGCUUGACGUGUCUAUGUUCCUUUUUUGAAUUGAAUAUUCUAUUUUCAGGUGUAGCUCCCUUGCCUAUAGUGCACCUUUCCUGUGUGAGUCCAAUAAUGUACCCAGCUGUCAUAAAGAUUGUAUGGAGAGAGCCUUUAUGUGAGCUACCAAUGGAUGUGUGUGUAUACAAGGCAGAGUGACCAAGAAGGCAUGUGAAAAGCUCUGUCAGCAUUUCUGAGAGUAAUUCAAAAGACCCCCAAGCACUGAACAAAUUCUGAUUGAGACUUGGUUAGGUUGGCAGAGUCUGUUUAUGCCGGUAGAAUUUCUGUAAUAUUCUUUGUCCUUCACUACUGCAUUCUUUAAAUCUAGUUAUCUAGCUCAGUGACUUUCUUGUUACCGUUGAAUGCCUUAUUUUAAUGAUCUUUGGAUAUCUAGAUCUUCCUCACUGGAGUCCAUGGGAUAAUUUUUAGGCCUUGCUUUGUUGUGUCUAAUUGAGCAUAAGCUAUCAGUCGGACGUGUUUUACAGCAGGCACUCUACGCAUUGGGAUCAAUUCCAUGUUGAUAAAACCUGAAUAAGCUGGCAGCCUGGGAAAAUAUCUUUACUGCAAACAUAAAAUUACAGAUAUUAUAGAUUUGCUUUUUUAGUGUUCAAUCAUUGGGCCUGUGAAAAUAUUCAAAAUCUUACUCUGUGUAUAUACCACUUUAUGCACAUGUAUCUCCACAAUCCCUUUUACUUUUUAUCACCCUAUCUCCAUUUUCUUUCAUGUGAUGCUGAGAGUCCAAGAGAGCCAUAACAUCUAAGAAAUUAGUUCCAAAUCUGCCAGAGUAGUGCUUUGGGCCUGUCUUCCCUUGUGUUGUGCCUCUCUCAUGAAUGUCUAAAUAUGUAAUGCCAGCGUUAUAUUAAUGCAUUUUACACUUGGCAGAAGUUAAUUUGAGUAGCUUUCUAUGAAAUAUACACUUGACGUUCAAUGUACAGACAGCAAUGUUGGCCUACCAUGCAGUGAUUAACUUGUGAGAAAAUGAAAGUGAUGGGGAGACAAGAUGGAUGUACAUGUUCAUGGCUAUAUAUAUGUAUUGCAUAGUGUAACUGCUCCUCAAGUAGAAAUUACUUUUAUCACUUUGUAUUUUACAUAAAGUGGUGAUUAUCUGUGCAGCUUUGUGCGUGGAAUAAAGCUAUUUGAUGGAGGUUUUUUUUGUUUAUUAAUAUAUAAUUUUUUCUUCUUCUUCUUUAAAAGGUUACUUUGGAAAAUUGUGUUGAAGUUGGACGGAUUGCAAAUACUUAUAAUCUCACUGAAGUUGAUAAGUACGUAAAUAACUUUAUCUUGAAGAAUUUCCCACCAUUAUUAACUACUGGGGAGUUUGUGAAACUCCCAUUUGAUCGUCUUGCCUUUGUGCUUUCCAGUAAUAGCCUUAAGCAAUGUUCUGAGCUCGAACUCUUCAAGGCUGCCUGCCGAUGGCUACGUUAUGAAGACUCUCGGAUGGAACAUGCAGCAAAAAUAAUGAAGAAUAUCCGAUUCCCACUAAUGACACCGCAAGACCUUAUAAACCAUGUUCAGACUGUGGAUUUCAUGAGAACUGAUAAUACGUGUGUAAAUUUGCUUUUGGAAGCUAGCAAUUACCAAAUGAUGCCCUUCAUGCAGCCUGUUAUGCAGUCUGAAAGAACUGCUAUUCGCUCAGACAAUACACAUCUGGUCACUUUGGGAGGAGUAUUAAGACAGCAGUUGGUUGUUAGUAAAGAGUUGCGGAUGUACGAUGAGAAGGGGCAUGAAUGGAAAGCUUUAGCUCCUAUGGAUGCUCCGAGAUACCAGCAUGGAAUUGCCGUCAUUGGAAAUUUUCUUUACGUGGUUGGUGGCCAAAGCAAUUAUGACACAAAAGGAAAAACCGCUGUAGACACAGUAUUUAGGUUUGAUCCCCGAUACAAUAAGUGGAUGCAGGUGGCCUCUUUAAAUGAAAAGCGAACCUUUUUCCACCUAAGUGCCCUGAAAGGUCAUCUGUAUGCAGUUGGCGGUCGAAAUGCAGCUGGUGAACUUGGUAAGAAAUUUUGAUAUGAAUAAUGAAUAUUUUAUGUAUGUUUAAUUAUAAUGCGCCAACAAAUUCCGCAGCUCUGUACUAUGAGAUAAGUCAUUAUAUUUCUCAAGACUGUUCAAUGGGGAGUCUGAGCACUGUGUGCCAAUUUAGAGUCUAGACUGCAGACAUCAGUCCUUUGUUAAUGGUCAAACCGUUCUCGAGUGGUAUAAAUGCAUAAUACAAUUAACCAUUUGAAAAGUGUCAGUUCUAUAACAAGUUGGACAGACAAUAAAAACUCAGUAUGGCCAAUGAACUGUGGAUAAAAAAAAAUUAGUUUUAUCACCUUGUGCUGCAGGGUUGUUUCCGCUUGGAAUAAAGCCUUUUGUGUGUGAUGUCUGCUAUAAUAUGGCACAAACCAUUAGUCUAACACCAUAAGUACAGAAUGAGAUAUGAUACUAUUAAACAGGCAGAACUGGUAAAAUCUCGUGGAGCAGAUGCUCUACAGAUUUAUGCUGGCCUCCUUUUCGGACUGUAUUAAAGGGCUUCAAGUUGAAGACCGAAUUGAAGCCAAUAUUAGAGGGACACUCCAGGCAUUAAAACAACUUAAACUAAAAUAUUAUUGUUAUGGUGCCACCUUCAGUCUGAAAGAACUGCUAUUCGCUCAGACAAAACACAUCUGGUCACUUGGGGGGCACGGGGGGGAGGGUGGCAGUAUUAAGACAGCCGUUUGUUAGUAAAGUGGUUCAAUCUUUCACGGACUGUUUAAGUUACCUCCAGCGCAAAUCUCUCCACUCCACCCACAGAUGGCUUCUGAAUUUUCAUUUUCAGAAAUUGCAAAAUGAAUGUCAGCAGGGGUGCUGCUAAUUGGUUCAGAGUGGUCAGCUGGCGCACUCAGCCAAUCGGUGACUCUUCACUCACAAAAAUGGCUUGGAAAGAAACAUACCCUUUCCAAGCCUGACCUGCGCUUCCUGAAACUAAAAUUUCACCUGGGGGCAGUGGAGAUUGGUGCUGGCAACUUUGGGUUUAAACUGUUCAAGAAUGGUUUAACCUAUGAAGGUGAAAGAGAGGGACAGGGGGCAUUCUGACACCAUAACAACUUAAUUUAGAUGAAAUUGUUAUGGUGCCUUAAGCAGCCUCAACCGUCUCUUUAAGGUUUCGUUCUACUCUUUAUCUGCAAAGGUGUAUAAAUUGCAUGCCUACUACUCACAUCAUAGCAUUCCACUGUGCAAGGAAAUAAUGAACAGCUCUUAUAACAUGCAUGUAGUCAACUGAAAAAAGCAACAGUAACAUAAAACAUGUAAAACAGAACACUCUUACACUUACAAACAUCUGAAGGCGCUCAGCCAGUGAACAGUGAAACACCCUAAAUUGGUAUGCUAAUGUGGAAGUAUGAACUUCUGCUUUAGCAUAUCAAUGCAGCCAGAGCCAGAAUAGUGUCAAACAGCUCAUAAACAGUUUGACGUUUUACCCUAGGGAAACUCCCGGAGACUUGGCACCGUAACAUAACCAUACAGUACACCGUGGUAAUUUUGGUGCGCAAAGUAUCCUUUUAAUGUGAUGAAUAACAGGAUUGUCUGUAAUCAAUGUCACUUGUAUUAAGAACAAUUGUCAAGGUUUACUUACAACCAGGCUUCUUUAUCAUACACUGUCCACAUGCUGAUAAGUAGAGGUUUGUCCCCAAUAAAAGUUAGCUUUUUGUUUUCUGAAGGAAGGCCUGUUUAGGGGCUGGAUAAUGGGUUCUGGUAGACAAUGCCACGCUUAUUGAUACUAACAUGGGUAGUAGUGGGUAUAGAAUCUGGUUUCUGGACAUGUGCUGGAUGGUAGUAUACAGACCGGUUUCAUUUAGUUUUCCAUUCCAUUUAACCUUCGACACCACACUUCUAAAACGCCUACAAAUGGCAUAUAAGACUAACCUAGACACUCACCAAUAUCCUCCUAAAUGUGGCCCAGUUGUUGUAAAGAUGUCCCAUACUCUAUAAAGGCUAGCUAAAAUAACCUUAAACCCCAGUUUUAUAUUUACCCUCAGUAUUAUUUAUUGUACAUAUGGUUUUAUUAGACUUUUCAGUUUUUAAAACACUCAGAAGACUCGUAGUUCUCCAACAGAAUACAUCUGUAACCAUUGAGAUACGUAGAUCUUUAGAAGAGAACAAGGCAUUAGAGAAGCGCAGGUCUCUGUAAUGUAUGAGGCAGAGCAUAAAAGUACUACUAGUAGAGACACCGUACAAAGGCAAAGUGUGUGCUUCACAUGUGGAUAUCCAGUGGCUACCAGGAGAUGGAACUAUGAGGUUGUUGUGUGGGCAAGAUAAAGCCUCAGAAUCCAUGUUAACUGUUGGGGCACUUUGUCUCCAAUCAGUGGCCUCUGCAGAGCGAGGGGAGUAAAGAAAUCCGUUUUGAUAACGAGGAUGAAGCAAAAAGAGAAGGAAAUGGGGGAAAAAAAGAAUUUAGAUUUAAAUAAAAGAAUUUUGCUAAGAUGCAAGUUGGUAACUUUGGUAGACAUGGCUAAGACGGCAACGUUUAUGUGUAUCACUAUAGUAGUGCUUGUGUACUGGGCUGUCCCAGUCUUUCACCUGCUUGGAAGGUAUAUGCCAUCAGGUUACUGUUAGAGGGCUCGAAAGUCUAUUGAUUACGUGGAUAGGAUCCACGAUGUCCAAAUGGUUAUUUACACUUGAGGUCGUCUGAUAGCCUAGUAUUAUUUUUGCACUAUGCUUGGGCAACCACCACCAAAUAUAUAGAUUUAAAACAAUACUCCAAGCACCAUAACCGCAACCGCUCACUGUAGUGUUUUUAGUUGCCAGAAUUGUCCUAGCACCUCACCCAUUGUAAGGAGUCAAACUGUUUUUACCAGGUGCUGCUCCCCGCCUCCUAUAACAUCGCCAGAGAGCUGAAAUAGAAACUUCUGUUAGGGCUUCACUACCUGGCUAAGAGUGUCAGCUUUUGCUUUUCUAUUGCCUACAUCAAAAUACGUAUAAAUUAGCUUACCGGUAAGUGCUUUUGCAGGUUUUAAUUAGAUGUCCUAAUAAUUCAUGAAACAGGCAGGUGAUUUUCCACUUUAAAGGACCACUAUAGUGCCAGGAAAACAUACUCGUUUUCCUGGCACUAUAGUGCCCUGAGGGUGCCCCCACCCUCAGGGGCCCCCUCCCGCCGGGCUGGAUGGUGAGGAAGGGGUUAAACUCACUUCUUUCUCCAGUGCCGGGGCGGGGAGCUCUCCUCUUCGGCUGAAUGCGCAUGCACGGCAGGAGCUGCGCAUGCGCGGCAGGAGCUGCGCACGCAUUCAGCCAGUCUCAUAGGAAAGCAUUUCCUAUGGACGCUGGCGUCUUCCCACUGUGAAAAUCACAGUGAGAAGCACGCAAGCGCCUCUAGCGGCUGUCAAGAGACAGCCACUAGAGGCUGGAUUAACCAUAACAUAAACAUAGUACUGCUAUGUUUAUUUAAAAAAAAAAGGGGUUAACCCUAGCUGGACCUGGCACACAGACCACUUCAUUAAGCUUAAGUGGUCUGGGUGCCUAUAGUGGUCCUUUACGUAGAAACUGUCAUGCUUAUGUUCCAUAUUCUGUUCAUUAGUGUUUUGUAUAGGGCUUUGUCAAAAAACAAGCACAAUAAACUUAUGCUUACUCACUGACCUGGUUAAUAUGCCUCGUCAAUUUUCAUACUUGUUAUGCAAAUUGUCUUAUUUUUUCCAUUAUUCCUUCUCAUGUUGAAAAUUGUCAGCUUAGGGCAGCAAAUCUCCAUUUGCUUCUAUGGGGGUUCAUUGGGGAUUCUUUUUCAGCUGUUUGUUCUGUUUACCUGAAAAACAUCUUUUUUUUUUUUUUUUUUUAUAUAUAUAAAUUUUUAUUUUUCGUUUUAAAAGUUUCAUCCAAAUGCAUUUUCAAAAAUAGAUUUUACAAUAUGGUGCAAUAUAUUACUUUACAGUAAAUUAUGUAAUUAUACAUAUAUUUAGUGUAGCCAUAUUUCAUACAUUUGAACAUUAUCUACAUUGUCUACAAUCAAACAAAAAGAAGAGAAAAUAUCAUACAAUUCCUCUUCCUUACAAUCAUUUCACAUUGGUGCUACCUAAUAGUGGCUAUCUGUGGGAGGGGAGUUGAGUUUUUACAGCUAAGAUAUCUAACCCAAGGGGCCCAGAUUUCAUCAUAUUUCUCUCUGGAUAACUUAUUUGAGGCUAACCCAGCUUCCAUCCUACAUUGAUAAUCUAUUUGUAUACAUAUAUCAUGCCAGUUUAACGAACCCAUAUUUCUCCAAUUUCUGGCCAUAACAAUUUUUAUUGCCAUAAAGGAGUGAAUCAUAAGAAUUUUUUCCUGUAUAUUCACCCCAUGUAUAUAUCUUUUUACUGAUUGUAGGCCAAAAAUCCAAUCUUCAACCGAGGAUGAAAAGUGGAGUUCCUGCUCCCAUUUAUUCAUUGCCAACGCUUUAACUAUUUGCCUUUGGCUUGUUAUAAAUUGAUAAAAUCUGGAUGCGAUUUUUUUUUUAAUGGAAUGCUACAAACUGGUCAAUUGGAGAAGUUUCCGAAAAAACGUUUCCCAUAAUAAGAUUUUAUUCUUAAGUAAUUAAAUAUUUCCUUCGAAGGGAGGUUAUAAUUGAGCUGUAACAUUGCGAAUGACAAUAUUUUGUUAUCAUUUAGAAGUUGCACAAUUUUUGCAAUUCCACGUUUUUCCCAUUCUUGAAUAUUUAUAUCUUUUAUAUAAAGUUUUAGACCUGUUAAUGGGGCGUUUCUUGAUAUAUGUUUAGUUCCAUAUUUUUUCUUUAAGUAUUUUACAAUAUAGAUCAUUGUGUUGGAAAAACAUCCUUUAUUUUAAUGUCACAUGUUCACAGAGUUUGUUUUAAUUGAACAAGAUCCUCACUGACUUAAGUGCAGACUUCAGCUAGUUCAUGGAGGUUGUCGAAGAGGAGUAUGUGGGAAAAUGGUAAAUCGGAGUGGAUUUUUAUGAAACGUUCUGGGUGUGCCUGUUCAGAGGGAAGCUGUGAUAUGAGUGAAAUUAUACCAAUCUAAACUAUAUUUAAAAAAAAAAAAAAAAGGUUGUAUGCUCUAUUUGAUUGAACGAACACUACCACACCUUUCCAAUCUGCUGUAAAGUUUUUCCAUUAUAAUUGGGAUUAAUGAAACCAAUGGGGUUCCAAUGGCACAUGCAUUUUAUAACUGGGUCCUGUGCUAUUUGGUUAGAUAUUUAAAAUCCGUUUUGACCUGCACUGGUCUUGGCAUGCCUUAAAAUAAAUGACUAAUUCAUGGGAGCUCUGGCAGAAUCUUCCCAGAUAAUUUUCAUGUGUUAUUUAUGUUUGUGGGAGUAUAUUUUGUCACCUGUUCUCACUACAAAUGUCCUGUGCAUCUGCUAGGAGGGCGUAUUUUAGCUUCACACAAUGCGUUAGAAGAAAUCAGCUGUACAACCCACUAACAACCAGAUGGUCAACAUGACUGUCAUAACUACGUUUUGUUGCGUUGACGGUCAUUGCCAUUUAGAUAGUGAUGAAGCCUUAUGGCAAGUCUAGAUUAAAAAUUUCUCAUCUCUGAAUAGUGUAUUCAUGAUGCAAAUUGCUUAACCUGAUCAGGAUAGACCGUCUCAAAAUGUUUGCUUUUACCUUCCAGAAUUAUGAACAUAAUCGUAAUCUGACCUAUUUUCCACACAUUGUUGCCCUCAAAUUUAUAUGUAUUUAAUAUUUUAUAAUACUUUUGUAUGUGUGCUUCAGAGAUUUUUGUAUGCUGCAAUCUAUAAUAAUUCUGAACAGUACAUACCCAAACUACACUUAUAAGGACUCUCCAGUGCCAGGAAAGCAUAUCGGUUUUCCUGGCACUACAGGACCCUGUAGUGCCCCUCUCACUCCCAUCCCAUGUUGGUGAAGAAGUUAAAACCCCUUCAGCUGCUUGCCUGAAUCCAGCGCUGAUGUCCCUUGUCGCAGGGUCAGGCUCCCCCACGCUCCUCCCCCACCGACAUCCGCCUGUGUGGCAGACCUAAUUCGACCAUUAGACCUCCCCAUAGGAAAGCAUUAUUCAAUGUUUCCUAUGGGGAUUCCGGCGACGCUGGAGGUACUCAUGCAUAGCGUGAGGACGUCCAGCGUCCUUUAAAACACUUUUCGUGUUCUAAGAACAUGAAAGUCCCUCUAGUGGCUGUCCGAGGCCUUAACCCUGCAAGGUAAUUAUUGCAGUUUAUAAAAACUGCAAUAAUUAACCUUGCAUGGUUAAGGGUGGUGGGAGUUGUCACCCAGACUACUCCAAUAGUCUGGGUGCCUGGAGUGUCCCUUUAAUAUUUAAAAAAAGUUUCAGCCUUUAUAAACUAAAUGAAUCUUCUUACAUAGCUUAUGGUGCAAGGAGGUGCUCUGUCAUAUUGUCCUUGCACAUUUAGUUUGUUAAAGUUGCCUUGAUUGCCCCAAAUUAAAUGCCCCGUUAAAGAUUUAUGUACCAAUCACUGAUGAGGGUGCUUAUUUGACAGCAACCUCUACAGCUGUCAUCUUGGUAAAAGGAAGAUCAAUUAGAGAUGGAGCAUAGAAACAUAGAAUGUGACGGCAGAUAAGAACCAUUCGGCCCAUCUAGUCUGCCCAAUUUUCUAAAUACUUUCAUUAGUCCCUAGCCUUAUCUUAUAGUUAGGAUAGCCUUAUGCCUAUCUCACGCAUGCUUAAACUCCUUUACUGUGUUAACCUCUACCACUUUAGCUGGAAGGCUAUUCCAUGCAUCCACUACCCUCUCAGUAAAGUAAUACUUCCUGAUAUUAUUUUUAAACCUUUGUCCCUCUAAUUUAAGACUAUGUCCUCUUGUUGUGGUAGUUUUUCUUCUUUUAAAUAUAGUCUCCUCCUUUACUGUGUUGAUUCCCUUUAUAUACUUAAAUGUUUCUAUCAUAUCCCCCCUGUCUCGUCUUUCCUCCAAGCUAUCCAUGUUAAGAUCAUUUAACCUUUCCUGGUAAGUUUUAUCCCGCAAUCCAUGAACCAGUUUAGUAGCCCUUCUCUGAACCCUCUCUAAGGUAUCAAUAUCCUUCUGAAGAUACGGUCUCCAGUACUGUGUACAAUACUCCAAGUGAGGUCUCACCAGUGUUCUGUACAAUGGCAUGAGCACUUCCCUCUUUCUACUGCUAAUACCUCUCCCUAUACAACCAAGCAUUCUGCUAGCAUUUCCUGCUGCUCUAUUACAUUGUCUGCCUACCUUUAAGUCAUCAGAAAUAAUCACCCCUAAAUCCCUUUCCUCAUAUGUUGAGGUUAGAACUCUAUCAAAUAUUCUGUACUCUGCCCUUGGGUUUUUACGUCCAAGAUGCAUUAUCUUGCACUUAUCCACAUUAAAUGUCAGUUGCCACAAUUCUGACCAUUUUUCUAGUUUACCUAAAUCAUUUGUCAUUUGGCUUAUCCCUCCUGGAACAUCAACCCUGUUACAUAUCUUAGUAUCAUCAGCAAAAGACAUACCUUACCAUCAAGACCUUCUGCAAUAUCACUAAUAAAAAUAUUAAAGAGAAUGGGUCCAAGUACAGAUCCCUGAGGUACCCCACUGGUGACAAGUCCAAGCUUCGAAUAUAUUCCAUUAACUACAACCCUUUGUUGCUUGUCACUCAGCCACUGCCUUACCCAUUCAACAAUAUUGGAAUCCAAACUUAAAGAUUGCAGUUUAUUGAUAAGCCUUCUAUGUGCAACAGUGUCAAAAGCCUUACUGAAAUCUAGGUAAGCAAUGUCUACUGCACCACCCUGAUCUAUAAUUUUAGUUACCCAAUCAAAAAAAUCAAUAAGAUUAGUUUGGCAUGAUCUCCCUGAAGUAAACCCAUGUUGUCUCUGAUCUUGAAAUCCAUGUGUUUUUAGAUGUUCAUCAAUCCUAUCCUUUAACAUGGUUUCCAUCACUUUCCCCACUACUGAAGUAAGGCUUACUGGCCUAUAGUUGCCCGACUCCUCCCUAUUACCUUUCUUGUAAAUGGGCACAACAUUCACUAACUUCCAAUCUUCUGGGACUACUCCUGUUAACAAUGAUUGGUUAAAUAAAUCUGUUAAUGGUUUUUCUAGUACACCACUAAGCUCUUUUAAUAGCUUUGGGUGUAUUCCAUCAGGUCCCAUUGACUUAUUUGUCUUUACUUUUGACAGUUGAAAUAGAACCUCUUCCUCUGUAAACUCACGUGUAAUAAAUGACUCAUUUAUCCUUUUUCUCAACUGAGGUCCCUUUCCUUCAUUUUCUUCUGUAAAUACAGAACAAAAAUAUUCAUUGAGGCAGUCAACCUGACCUUUAUCCUCUUCUACAUACCUUCCUUCUUUUGUUUUUAAUCUAACUAAUCCUUGUUUUACUUUUCUUUUCUCAUUUAUGUAUCUAAAAAAUGUUUUAUCCCCUUUUUUUACUGACUGUGCUAUUUUCUCUUCUGUGUGUGAUUUGGAAGCUCUUAUAACUUGCUUAGCCUCUUUCUGCCUAAUCUUAUAGAUCAUUUUGUCUUCCUCAUUCUGGGUUUUUUUAUAAUUCCUAAAUGCUAACUUUUUGUUUUUAACUAUUUUGGCCACAUCUGCGGAGUACCACAGUGGUUUCUUGAAUUUUUUGCUUUUACUGACUAGCCUAAUGCAAUUUUCUGUUGCCUUCAAUGGUGCAACUUUUAAAUAAUCCCAUUUUUCUUGGACUCCAUUUAAAUUGCUCCAGUCUGAUAAUGACUCCUCUACCCAUAUUCUAAUUUUAGAAAAGUCUGUUUUUCUAAAGUCUAAAACUUUUGUUUUUUGUGUGGUGUGACUCAGUCACUGUUCUUAUAUUAAACCACACUGACUGAUGAUCACUGGAUCCUAAACUUUCACCUACAGUAAUAUCUGAUACCAAAUCUCCAUUUGUUAACACUAAAUCUAGUAUGGCCUCUUUACGAGUUUGCUCCUCAACAACUUGUUUUAGAGACAAUCCCAGUAGGGAGUUUAGAAUAUGUGUGCUCCUGGCACAAGUAGCUAAUUUUGUUUUCCAAUUUACAUCAGGAAGAUUAAAGUCACCCAUGAUGAUAACUUCCCCCUUCAUUGUCAUUUUAGCUAUUUCCUCAACUGGUAGAUUAUCUAACUCUUCAAUUUGUCCUGGGGGCCUAUAAAUCACACCUACACGAGUUACUGUGUGAUUACCAAAUUCUAACGUAGCCCAAACGGACUCUAUGUUUGCCUCACUAACUUUUAUUAGGCUAGAUUUUAUGCUAUCCUUCACAUACAAGGCCACCCCUCCCCCUUUCUUGCCUUCCCUAUCUUUCCUAUAUAAAGAGUACCCUGGUAUUGCUAUGUCCCAGUCAUUUUCUCAUUGUACCAUGUCUCAGUAACAGCGACUAAAUCUACACUAUCAGUUGCCAUUAUUGCCACAAGUUCAUGGAUCUUAUUCCCUAAACUGCGAGCAUUUGUAGACAUGACUCUAAGCUUAUCAUUUUUUAACACACUUGCGACAGGCACCUUCUGUCCUUCUUUUGGGGCACAAUUGGAUUGAUGUUUUAUCCCCCUUUUGCAUAACUUUCAAUCUAUACAUUUGCUACUAUCUUUUGUUUCCUAACAGACCUUUCCACACAUUUUGUUGGAGACAGGUCUACUAAAAUGUUUCUUGUUGUAAAGAACUAAUGUGUUAAUACAAUUCUGACUACCUAUAAGAAUAAGCUAUAAGGACCUGUGAGUGGUGAGUAUAAAACAAACUGAAAAUGUAGUCAGAAUCCUAGAAAACUUUGUUGGGUACAGUUUAUAUCUUAACUACAGUAAAACAGAAAGCUAAAAGCUGGUUAUCAAGAAGCAUAAAUGAGAAAUAGAUCAGACUCCCUGCAGGAAGGAGGUCUCUUCAGCCUACGUGCCAAUGACAAUUCUAUACCCAAGAACAAAUUGACAGGUGGGAGACUAAAAGAAGUUUAUUACAUUUUUUAUUUUGUGUUAAUAAAGCUAUAGUUUUUACUACUUUAUUUGCUGUUCCUGAUACACUUUGAAUCCUGACCUAUAUCCUUUGGUUGGGAUUAUACCAUCACAUGCUGUCUAUACCAGAGCAAGAUAUUUGCUCUGAAAUUUGUAAGUAGGAUACUUUUCCUUUAUUUGCUCAUUUUUUAAUAGAUAUACUAUACCAUUGGAUUUUAUCUCUAUUUUUUCUAUAUACCACUGUGGAGGAUUGGACACCGCAUUAUACCAUCACUUGAUAUCCUGAGACGGGGAUUGUACCGUCUAGGCGCUAUACGGCAGAGCUCUGAAUAGCUCUGCAAAGUGUGAGUGAGUCCUUUUAUAAGUUUAUAUAUAUUCUUAUUUCGCUUGACAUACUUCACUAUUAUUGUUCUGUACUUUUUUGCCUUGAUGGUUUUAUACAUUCCUAACCACAAGAUUUUUUGUAUGUAUAUAUUUUAAUUAUCACUUGCACUGUCUGGGCGCGAUCUAUGUUGCUUAGCUUACUAAAGUAUUCUUGCCUGUACCGUAAUGAACACACUUUAAAAGACACUGUUAAAGGAACACUAUAGGGUCAGGAACACAAACAUAUAUGCCUGACCCUAUAGUGUGUUUAAAAAAAAAAAAAAAAAAAAAAUCUAGCCCCUCAUGCCUUCCUAAAAAUGGUAAAAUCUUACUUGUAUUCAAGACAGAAGCUGCUGCUCUGCCCUGUCUGCCUCAGACCAGCAAGCAGUCUGCUGACAUCAUCAGAAGUGGUAGCCUGAUCCUAUCACAGUGCUUCUCAUUAGGAUUGGCAGAGACUGACAAGGAGGCAGAUCAGGGGCAGAGCCAGCACAAUUCAAACACAGCCGUGGCCAAUCAGCAUCUCCUCAUAGAGCUGAAUUUAAUCAACUAAUCUCUAUGAGGACAAUUCAGGGUCUGCAUGCAGAGGGAGGAGAUACUGAAUGUUUGGAUGCAUUUUAGGCAGCCAUGACCCAGGAAGGAUCUCCAACAGCCAUCUGAGGAGUGGCCAGUGACGUUAUCACUAGGCUGUAAUGUAAACACUGCAUUUUCUCUAAAAAGACAGUGUUUACAACAAAAAGCGUGAAGGUAAUGAUUCUACUCACCAGAACAAAUUCAAUUAGCUGUAGUUGUUCUGGUGACUACAGUAAAGUGUCCCUUUCACUUAGGAAGUUUGAGUGUAUGUGUAUUUAUUUCUUAUUUCUGCUUAUUGAAAACCAGCUUUUAGCUUUCUGUUUUACUGUAGCCAAAGCUUUCAAGGAAUCUGACUACAUUUCCAGUUUGUUUUAUACUCUCCAUUCACAGGUCCUUAUAGUUCAUUCUUAUAGGUAUUCAGACUUUUAGAAUCACAUUCUUUACAACAAGAAACCUUUUAGUAGACCUGUCUCCAACAAAAUGUGUGGAAAGGUCUGUUGGGAAACAAGAUAUUCGUAGCAAAUGUAUAGGUUAAAAGUUACACUUGAUCCUCUCUAAUGGAUCUUCCUUUUACCAAGAUGACAGCUGUAGAGGCUGCUAUCAAUUCCCUCACCCAGUGAUUGGUGCAUAAAUCUUUCAUUUGGGCUGCAUGCCACAAAUUGGUAUUGUGCGCUCAACAUUAUAGUGAUGAGAAGAUCCUUAGAAUUGUUACCUCUAUUAGUAAACCCUUGCACAAGAACUAAUGUACCACCUGUUGGUUCAGAAAACAAAAAUCUUUUUUUACACAAAUGGUUGGCAAUAGAGCCUCUAUUUUUAUUUAUCUAUUUUUUUUUUUUCUUCAAAACAUUAACCCCUUAAGGACCGAGGACGGUUCAGGACCGUCAUCGGCAUUUUUGCGUUGCCGACCGAUGACGGUCCUGAACCGUCCUAACGGUCAGAGCUACUUACCUGAUCGCCGUCGUUCCCCCGGCGGCAAUCAGCGUGGCUCCGGUUGUGGGGAGACUGCCUGCAGCCCAGACAGUCUCCCCACGGCAGAUUAAGACCCCUGUGGCCAUGUGAUCGCUUAACACAGCGAUCACAUGGUCACAAUAGGUGUCCAUGUGUCUGCCUGCAGGGGGACUGCCUGUGCUGACAGGCAGUCUCCCUGCAUGUGUAAAAUAAAAAAAAAUAAAAUAAAGUUAAUGUUUAUAAAAAAUAAAUAAAUAAUUAUAUAUGUGUAUAUAUGAUAUAUAUAGACCUAUAUUAUAUCUAUAUAAUAUAAGUCUAUAUAUCAUAUAUAUAUAUAAUGCCAUACUAAGUGUAUUUUUAUAUUAAUAUAAAAAUACACUUAUUAAAUUACACACGUGUAUAUAUAAUAUAUAUAAUAACUAUAUAUUGUAUAUAUAUUAUUAUAAAAUAUAAAUAAUAAGUAAUUUAAAUUAAAUAAAAAAAAUUUUAAAUAAAAAAUUUAAAAAAAAUUAUAUAGCUAUAUGAAAUUUUAUUCUAACUGUAUUUUAAAAUUAAUAUAUAUAUAUAUCAAAAUACACUUAGAAUGAAUUUGUAUAUAUAUCUAUGUAUAUAAAAAUAAAUAAAAAUAAGAAAUAUACAUACGUCCAUAUACAAAAUUACAUAAAUAAUUAUAUAAAUAUACACGUAGACUUCAAAUAUAUAAAUAUGCAUAUAUAUUUAAAUUCUACAUGCGUAUUUAUGUAAUAUUUUUACAUAAUUAAGUAAUUUUAUUAAUUGCAAUUUGAGGGACCUGCCUGCCAACCCAGGCCGAAAGUUCAGAGAAUUUAUUUUGCUAGCACUGUAUUUUACCCUGUAACUUUCUAUGACACCCUAAAACCUGUACAUGGGGGGUACCGUUUUACUCAGGAGACUUAGCUGAACACAAAUAUUAGUGAUUCAAAACAGUAAAACCUAUCACAGCGAUGAUAUUGUCAGUGAAAGUGACUUUUUUUGCAUUUUUCACACACAAACAGCACUUUUACUGAUGAUAUAAUUGUUGUGAUACGUUUUCCAGUUUUUAAACACUAAUAUUUGUGUUCAGCGAUGUCUCCCGAGUAAAACAGUAACCCCCAUGUACAGGUUUUAUAGCAUUUUUGAAAGUUACAAGGUCAAAUAUAUGGGUCAAAUAUUUUACAUUGAAAAUGGCCAGGUUGGUUACGUUGCCUUUGAGAGCGUAUGGUAGCCCAGGAAUGAGAAUUACCCCAUGAUGGCAUACCAUUUGCAAAAGAAGACAACCCAAGGUAUUGCAAAUGGGGUAUGUCCAGUCUUUUUUAGUAACCACUUAGUCACAAACACUGGCCAAAAUUAGCGUUCAAUUUAGUUUUUUUUACUUUUUUCACACACAAACAAAUAUGAAUGCUUACUUUGGCCAGUGUUUUCGACUAAGUGGCUACUAAAAAAGACUGGACAUACCCCAUAUUGAAUACCCUGGGUUGUCUACUUUAAAAAAAAUAUGUACAUAUGGGGUGUUGUUCAGAGAUUUAUGACAGAUAAUAGUGUUACAAUGUCACUAUUGAUAAAUUUAAAAAAUUUAUGUUUUGAAACCGCAAUAUCCUACUUGUACCUAUAGCCCUAUAACAUGCAAAAAAAAGCAAAAAAGCACGUAAACACUAGGUAUUUUUAAACUCAGGACAAAAUUUUGAAUCUAUUUAGCAGUUUUUUUCAUUCGCUUUUGUAGAUGAGUAAAAGUCAAAAAACAUGUAUUUUUUUCAAUUUUUUCAUCAGAUUUUUGUAUUUUUUUUAAAUUAAAAUACAUGAGAUUAUAUAAAUAAUGGUAUGUAAAGAAAGCCCCUUUUGUCCUGAAAAAAAAAUAUAUAAUUUGUAUGGGAACAGUAAAUGAGAAAUGGGAAAAUUACAGCCAAACACAAACACCACAAAAGUGUAAAAAUAUGCCUGGUCGCAAAUGUACAACAUCGCAAAAACAGUCCAGUCCUUAAGGGGUUAAAACACAAACAAGUUGGGAUGGUAGUUGACCACAGAGUCUUAUGCAUUGGUGUAGACUACAUUUUUCAGGAGACUCCAUGUCUCCUUGAGUACAUUUUCAUUCAUUUAUUUUGAAUUAGCAGGGAGUGCUGUGUGUAUGACUGUCAGUGUUCUUCUGAGUUGCAGUGAGAGCAGGCACCCUCUUUUUACAUUAUCUGCAGGUAAUUUUGUGAUCUUUUUUUAUUUUUUGAAGUGGUUGUCAUGUGUGGAAUCUGUAAGUGUAGGGUUUAACAUUUGAAAUUCUGCAUAUACGGUGUUAAAGCAGCUCUGACAGAAUUAUUAGUCCGUCUGUAACAAGCAUUUCAGGUAAAGUUAAAUGUGCAUAUUUGAUAUCUGCCAUGCGCAGGUCCUGCUGUCUGUCCUCUGUGAAGUCCCCCUUCAGUGAAAGGGAGUGACGUCACCAGUGUAUCAUCCGGCUGCAGGGAAAACUUGGACUCUGCUCUCAAUCGAAGGUCAAUUUCAUGCUUUCUUUCAUUUUUGUUAAAAAGGGUCAGAGGAUCGCAUUCAGCCAGUAAGUUAGCUCAGCACUGCAGGUUCAGCUCAUGAGAGCUAACUGAAGCUCCUGUUUAGCAUUGUAGAAGUGGCUGAGAUCAUCAUAUCUAAUGAUGUCCACAAAGGAGGUAGAUCAGGGGCAGCGCUGGCAGACCUGCACGGUUCUGGAAAGAGGAGUUUUCCUAGCAGCUAAAUAGUGGUUUUAACAAUAUAGGGUCAGGAAUACAUGUUUGUUCCUAUACCUAUAAUGUUACUUUAAAUAUUUUGUGUUCUAGGAUAGCCAAAGAAAUGCUAAAUUGUUAUCAAUCAAGAUGUCAAAUCAUAGGGGCUCAUGAUAUAAUGGCAUUUAUUAAAGAUACAUUUUACACAACUUCCCCUUUGUAUACAACAUUAUUUUGCGACUGUUUUGCAGUUGGAAAUGUUUCAUAUAUAAGUAACUAAAUAUUCUGUAGAUUAUGAUCAAUAGAAUUUUAAAAAGCCUCCAAAAAAGUGAAAAUAAGUUACACACUGGACAUUUAUUUAUUUUUUUACCGACCAUGCUAAAGUCUGUAUAUUUUGCAUGAUGCAACAUGCCAGAACUGUCAAUAGAAUUAUUUUGGCAAGGUAUGAUAAUUUUAUCAGUGUUGGGCAUACACUAGCCUAUCCCAAAGCACUCACAUCCUUACAAUGCAUUUUUUUUUUUUUCUGUUUACUUGUUUAGUCCUUUUUAUUUUAUAAAUUUGCAUGUGUAUUAAAAAAGGAAGCUGUUUUUCUGUAAAGAUUCAAUCUCUACACAAGACAAAGUAGGAAAAAUAAAGGCCAAAGGGCAGACCAUUUAACGGUCUCCUAAGAUUCAAUUAGAUUCUUUUUUUCUUUUCUUUAAAAUAGCUUCUUUUUUUUCUUUUUUUUUGUGUGCAUAUUUUGCAAAGCUCCCUGAAUGUGGCAACCUUGGGGUGAAACUGAUAGUAGUUACUUAGCUGACACUUUCCCUCAUGGCGCUGCCAUGUUGUUUUUCAGCUCCUGGUACAUGUGUGAGAGUACAACACAUGUCCAGUGUGCUUUUCUGUGGUGACCGUGUAUGUGAUACUUGUAUCUUUAAAUAGCAGUAGAAUGUAAGUAGGAUGGAAGUCAAAACUAUUUUUUUUUAUAUGAGAUUAGAGUCCAAAUUGUCAAUCAAGUCCUUAGAUGUUUUAUACGAGUAAUCAUGUUUGUUUACAGAAUGCAACGUUCAUUCAUUUUUAUAUAUAUAUAUACUAAGCAUUUGAUUGGAUGCAUGCAUCUCAUCCCCAAUGCUCCUCUGUGAUGCAGGGAGGAAAGUAGUGAGGAUACAGUCCACAGAAGGCUAGUGCAUGUUAUGUCCAAUGGUCAGUCAACAUAAAAACCAGUAGCUGCGGCUAAACAAAAUGUAUUUUAAAAUUAAUGUAUGUCAGUGACUGCUUUUCUGAAUAUGGUACUGGGUGCUGAACACCCGCUGUGCCUAAUUUUAGCACAUCUCUGCUAAGCGUUAUAUUGGCCGACCAAAGAUCCAGGUAUAGUUAGACCGUGUUGGGAUGUCAAGGUUUUUUUUUUUAAUGGUGUUUUUUUUGAAUACUGAUUCAUUUAUUAAGAUUUUUAACCAUGUAAUAAUCCACAGCCUGCAUAUAUCAAAUAAGUAGCAAACAAGUGUAAUAAAUGAUCCAUUAUUUAGUUCACCUGACUUUAAUUUGUACUCAACUGAAUAACCUAUUGAAUAAUGAGAUUAGAGUAUUGGCUCCAAGCUCUGUUGUAAAGGACAUGUGCAUGUUUCUAGGUGACACGUUGGCUUGAGGAUGGAAAAAAAAAUAUACUUCAAAACAAAUCUGAGAAGACAGAACUGCAACAUCAAUUUAGUGUAAAAGUUAUAUAUGUUGAAAAACUGAAAUAUGGUCCCUUCACCCUUAGGAAAAAGAGCACCUGCCCCUUUAUUAAAGGGCUUUUUUUGUGAAGAACACAUGUACUUUUUAUUACUGUGCAGGUGACAGUUACAGCUUUGAAACAAUGCCUACCUGCUUGCUCACUGCUUCCAUGAUCCAUAGUAUUUCAUUUUGUUUGAAGUGUACAUGCAUUGAAGGCUCUGACUGGUCUUUUUCAAACUCAAUAAAACAUAGGGAUGUAAACUUCAAUCUACCAUUUAGUCAAUAACGCUUGCACCGUUUGGAAUCCUGAAACUGUUGCAUCUGUAAACCUAAUGAAAGUGGAAAAAAUAGAUUCCCCUUUUUAAUUGUUUACUUUUUCAGUAAACAUAUCUGUAUAUAUCAUAUAUGUACUAUUGUACCUACUGCUAGACUGUUUUUAAUAUUUUUGAAAGCAACACAGUAGCAUUAGGAAUAUAAAAAAACGAUUUGCCAAUCAGCAGCAUCUUGAGUAAGUGCGUCUCUAUGGCAGGCAUUCAAUGUCUUCACUCUUUGCAGGACCAAACCCAGGAAGUCCCUCUAGUGGCUUUCUAAGUGACCGCCACUGGAGCAGAAUUAGGCAGCAAUAGAAACUGCAUUUCCUCUGAAAAGAAACGUUUACACUGCUCAAUCACAGGGGCAGGCUCUAGAUACCAAAACCACUAAAUUAAACUUGUAGUGGUUCUGGUUAGGGAUCGACCGAUCUUGUUUUUUUUUGUUUGUUUUUUUUGAGCCGAUUCCGAUAAUCUGAACUUUCAUGCCAAUAGCCAAUAAUUUACCGAUAUUCUGUUCAUUUACUGUAUUUAAAAGAAAAAGAAACCAUUUCUACACAAAUAUACUAUUAACAGAACAUGUUUGUUUAAUAUUAUUUUUUUUUUUUGCACAAUUAUUUUUAAGUGGUAAAUGCACAAAAUAUGCAAUCAGAUUUUUUAUUUUUUCCUAUUUAGUGUUAGUCUCCCCUCCCCUCCCUUCCCUGUCCCUAAGUGGUCCUCUCCCCUCCCUUCCCUGUUCCUUAGUGUUUCUUUCCCCUCAACUCCCCUCCCUGUCCCUUAGUGUACCUCUCCCCUUCCUGUCCCUUAGUGGUCCUUUCCCCUCCCCUCUCUCCCAAUACCCUUAGUGUUUCUCUCCCUCCCUUUCCUUUAGUGUCCUUCCACCUAAGUGGUCCUCUCCCGUCCUUGGUGUGCCGGUCUUGUAGCAUGGCCAAGCGCAGCAGACCACGGUACAGGAGCUUCAGUUUCCUGUACCCGGCCGGGGUGACAGGAAGUGCACUCUUACUAAACACUUCCUGUUAGUCCAGCUGGGUACAGGAAACUGAAGCUCCUGUACCGCGGUCUACUCUUCUCUGCUCAACCACACUACACUGCGUGACUGGUAGGGGGGAGCACUGUGCGCUUCCAUUCUGCCAGCCCCUUGAUUCUUGCGUCCCCAGAGCCGGUGCACCCUAAGACUGCUGCCUGUGCCGCCUUAUAGAUGCGCCGGCCCUGCAUGCACUGGGUCACGACCGGCUCUCACAUUAUCGUCAAUAGUGGCCGAUACCGAUACUUGCCAAAAUAAUCGGUCUAUCCCUAGUUCUGGUGCCUGUAGUAUUUUUUUUAAAAGACCCAUCCAGGAACCUCUAAUUCGGAAAUAUAUUCUGUUAUAUUGUGUGCCUGAUACCACCUGUCACUGACUUUUGGGCAAGAAGAAAAAUUGUGGAGUGAUUUGCUGCCAAUGUUUUUCCUCUAAAUCAAGCUUGUAGAAUAAGUGGCUUUACAGCUUGUCUGAUCUUUGAAGUUCAGUUUAUAUCUUGGGGUUUUGUUUAUUGCAGUACUACUUGCAAAGUAAUAUUUUAACCGCUCUCAAUAUAGAUUUACAGUUUUUGCACUAGGAAGCUGGCAGAGUGCCAUUUGUAUUUGGAUUUUUUUUUGUGUGUGUAUCAGUCUGUCAAAGAGGAGUCUCUUUGCUUCUCUAAACUGGUGUAGAAUAGACUGCACCACGAUGUUUAAAUCUCUAAAAUUUGCAUCCAUGAUUUGGGGUAUUGAAAGGGCAAAGUCAUGUUUCAUUAGUCCCGUGUCCAUUCUCAUUUUCAUCACAUUGAGGAUGUAACUUCCCUAGUGAACAUAAUGCAAAGCUUGCUGGAGUUGUUGUUGUUUAUCCUAUAAUGCAUUCUUUGCAGGGUAAUACUAUUGAAACCGUGAUUUUGAAAGGGUGUGUUAAUGAAAUGUAUGAGCACGGUCGCUCUAAUAACCUGUCAUUUAAAUAAGACAAAAUGGCCAUUUGUAGAGAAUAUAACUGUUACAUUGUGACAGCACAAAAUCAUGCAUUUUAAUUUAGAAGUUUAUAAUAAAGCAUAUAUUAAUUUUAUUGCAGAUUUUAGUUUUUUUUAUUGCAUCUUUUGUCUUGUGGCAUGUGCAAAUAUGCACACAAUAUAAAAGAAGCAAGUAUGUGUCAGGCAAGUACUGUAUAACAUGUAUAUUAGUCUAACAUUUCCAGCUAAAACAGAAUUUAUCUUUAAACAUUAACCUGAAACAGACCGCACUAAUUAUUGUCAUUUUAAACAAUACACUAUAGUCACCAAAACAACUUUAGCUUAAUGAAGCAGUAUUGGUGUAUAGAUCAAGCCCCUGCAAUCUCAUUGCUCAGUUCUCUGCCAUUUAGGAUCUAAAUCACUUAUUUAUUUAUUUCUUUUUAUACAGCCCUAGUCGCACCUGCAUGUGACUUGCAUGAUAUUCACAAACUCUUCAUCUAAAGCGAGAUCUAAUGUUUGAACUUCCUUUAUUGCAAAAUCUGUUUGUUUAGUUUAGAAUGUAUCUUCUGCAUUGAUAAUACUGAUCAAGACUCUCUGUAAUGUCAACACAGUCCAAAGGAUACCAUAUGACAAAGUAGGGACUUCUUUGUCUUUAGGACGAGCAUGAGUUUGGCAAAAGGCAGAGCUCCGCUGUCCACGUUUGUCCAAUCCCAGCAAGUGAUGGCUGUGGGAUUUCGGCAUUGAUCUAUCUGGGCUCCUGCGGCAUUGCAGGAUCAUUCAUAGAUUCCCUUGAUAUAGUUUUGUGGCUCCUGGCAACAGAUGCGCCAGAAGCUGAAGAGGAUCUGCAAGACUAAGAUGUUGGCGUCUGCCAGGGAUAGCUUGAGGUAAGUAAAACUUACCUUGACCUGGACCCACGUCAGAUCUGUCACUUUCAGGGAUCUUUGUGAAAUAUGCUGAUAUCCGCUUUAAGUGUAACAAUCCUCAUUAAUGUUUGCCACCGUGUGUUCCUCAGUAAUUAAGUAAUGACGUAUAGUUGGGUAGAUAUUACUGUUAUUUGAGUAAUUUUUAAAAUGCAUUCGUGAUCCUAACAUAAGGAACAAAUAAAGAGGAACUGUCACUUCUGUGUAAUUUACACAAGUGAAUAAAACCGUGAAAAUAACCUAUGUUAUGUCAACUUUUUGUUCAUAAGAUGUUCCAUCUUCUUUUAAUUUACUAUAAAAAAUUCAAAAUACUUAAUAAUCCAGUUCAGACAAAGCAAAGCCAGGGCAAACAUUUAAAAUGAAGUUAAACAGAAACAAUGUUUUGUUCUCUUCUCUGUUUGCUUUCUCUAUGCUGACUUAUGGGUGCAAAGGACAGACCUUAUAGUGAUGAUUGACAGGGAGUGUAGAUGGAGGUGACCAAUUGCAGGAUAAAGUAUGGAUUUGUACAUUUAAUGUUUUCUCACAACACACAUCUAUUUUUUUUAUUAUUUAUUUUAUUUUUUUAUGGGAUGUGAAGCACUUUUAAACAAAUAUACAAACUAAAAUAAAGCAAAUAAUGUUUUUGCACUUACUAUACGCUUGGUCAGCUUGCACUGUCUGGCACACUUCUCAGGUAGGGGAAUUUCUUCAGCCUCCCCUCUUGCCUCUCACCCACCCAUCUCCGUUUCACGUGCACUAGUUAUUCAUGAGAAGCUUUGCGCACACUCAUGGAUUUGGCAAUUAAAACCAAAAUAUACAGCACCAGAACAACUACUUGCCUGUGUUCUAAAACCUACUGCUGUUACAUAGCAAAGUAUAUAUGCAACUUACAAAGCAUCAUGGGACAAUUAAUAUGUACAUAGACCAUGCCAGGGGUAGGUAGCCUUUGGCAUUCCAGAUGCUGUGGACUACAUCUCCCCUGAUGCUUUACCAGCCUAAUGGCUGGAAGAUCAUUAUGGGAGAUGUAGCCACAACAUCUGGAGUGCCAAAGGCUGCUUGUCCCUGGACUAAGCUAUACAAGCAGGUUCUUCUUGUAUCAUUUUUAAUGUUUGAUGUCACUAGUGUUUAGGAAUACUUGAAGAAGGACUGAUGUCAAAAUUACUUGAUUGGACAAAUCUAGCAACAGUUAGAAAAAGGCAGAUGUUAAACUGGCUAACCUUAUUUACACAUAUGAUUAAAUUUACAAACUUCUCUGGCAGACGUGAGAGGCCGUGGAUGGACAGGCAGUCUGCUUCACCACCAUACCAGAGCCUAGGCAAAAAGGCACUAGGGUAAAAGUAUGUGUCAAUAGGAUAUUUGCUAAUGACAAGUAUGCAGAGAUUUUAAAAAUGAGAAUCCAAGGUGGAUUUACAGUUGUACUGGCUCUGACUCCCUUUUCUAUUUGUAUUGAUUUUGCUUUUUGGCUGCAGGGACCGCUGGCCGUACACAUGCAGUUAUGUGCAUAUACAACCGGUAAUUGUACUAGGGACUCUGUUGCACAUUCAUGAUUGCUUUUCCAGUGUUCAUAGGAACACUGACGAGUCCUCCUAGGAGGGGGCAUGGGAAGUUGAAGGAAAAAGCUGGUGAACAUGAAAAAAAGUGUAUAGGGAAAGGGUACAUUCUGUUUACAUUUAAUUUACUUGUUUGCUUUUAACAAGACAACAUUUGUCAGGCUUAAAACCAUAAACAUUUUUCCUGGUUAGGAUGACAAUAACGGUGGCUUAAGGGAUAUCAGAGAAACCAUCCACUCUCCACCAUCAAUAAUAAAAAUAAUAAUUGUAACUAGCUUUGGGUAAUCUGACUUGUGAAGUAUGGUUUAGCAAAAAGAGGGGAAAAAAACCUUAAAAGAAACAAAAGGAAAAUAAAACAGAACUCUGUAUAGCAUUUAGGUCUCAUCUCUCAAAAAUACUAUAGAAAGUCAUAAGAUCACUUAGUAAGUGAAAAGGAAUUCCCCUCUAUUGUACCAUUAAUUAAAAGGACACUAUAAGCAAAAAACAACUUUAGCAUGUUUAAUGUAUAUAUCAUGCCCCUGCAGUCAAUCUGUGCAAUUCUGUACAAUUUAGGAAGUAAAUCACUUUGUGCAGUAAAGUAAUUUUAAACAGAUCUCUUUUUACCGGGAUUGUGUGGGGAGAGGUGGCUAGGGCCUGCAGGAGUCUCCUGUGUAUAAUUUUAAGUUCAAUUAACAGAUCAGAAGAUUAAAAAAAGUCUAAAGUUACACAAUGUGCUGUCAGAACUGAUUGGAAAUAAAACAAUUGGCCUAUGAUCGAGAACUGAACCAUGAAACUUCAGGGGCAUGAUCUAUACACUAAACUGUUUAAGCUAAAGUUGUUUUGCUAAAUGUAUUCCUUUAAGUGUGAAGUGGGUUAUGGACAGCUAUUAUUUUAUCUGAUUACCAUGUACUAUAUUCUGAUAUUCUAAUCUCUCGUACUGUAGUUUGUAAAGUUGCAUCUAACUUAGAUAUAUAUUUUCACUUUGCUGUAAAUGUGUUACCCAUUCGUUCCUUAUUCUGUAAAGUAAAUAUCCAAUGCAACUUAAACAAAUAGUAAAGCUUAUUCUCAAAAAUGGACAAGGAAGGAGAACCUUGUUGAUUCCAAUGAUCAAGUCAUCAGAUUAAAAGGGAGGGGCCAAAAAAAAGCAAAGUCUGUAGUACAAGUUAAAUUAUGGGUCUGGAAGUAUUGCUAUACUUUUUGAAUCUGGUGACAAUCUCAGAAGCACUCUCACAAGGACAUUCAAAGAAAGCCAAUGAAUCCCUCAUAUCCAUUUUAAAUCACCUAAGGGGUAUAUUAUAAUCCUGGAGUAGGAUUGUUGGUCAUCUCCGUAUUUUACAAGAUGCAGCAGCUUAGUUAAAUUAUUUGUGUUUGAGGAGAUCAUCCAUGGUCAAGCCAGAAAAAUGAUGUAACCAUUGAGAUGGACCAGAUUUAAGAUGACCCCAAUUUUGCAACAUAUCUGAGAAGGAAAUCAAGCCGAGAAAUGGAGUAGGGGGGUUAUAGCGUAAUAGAACAUCUAUAGGCUUUUUGACAAUCCUCUUCUACAAAAUCAGUUAUAAUUGUUGAUUAGUGAUGUCCCGAACUGUUCGCCGCGGACUCAUCAGGUUUAAGAACAAAAAUAAGUAAUCGUGUUGUAGAUUUUUGCAAAUUAAUUGCAUAUAACUUUAGCAGUUUACAAAUAUCACUACAGCUAUACCGCCACCUUCGCAGUGAAACUUUUUUUUGUUUAUUGAAAUACUUGUCAUGCAUGCACUGCGUGCAUUUUGUAAAUAAAUGUGAGUGAGCCUGAGUUAUGGCUGUGAGCAUGCACAGUUGCAUCUGAUGGCACCAUAAACAAAACUGUGAAUAGACCUACCUGUCUGCAAGCUGAGAGCAACCAAAGUACAGAUGCCAUAGACUUAAGAAGCAGUUCUUUCUUAUCAUUAACUACCUUUCCCAUAUACCUCUGCUGAGCAAGUGUCUAAGGCAACUUUCUGCACUCCAGAUGUGGUGGACUACAUCUCUAACAAUGCUCUUAUAGCGAUAAUGCCGGCAAAGCUUCAGGAGAGGUAUAGUUCACAUCAUCUGGUGUGCCGAAGAUUGCCUACCCAUGGUCUAUGGGGUAUGCUGGGCUCAGUGCAAAUAAUGAAGUACAGUAUUAGGACUGGAUGAACCACACUGAGCAGACCGCAUAAGCAGCAAAUGCAGGAAUAUUUUUUUAAUUUUUUUUUAUCAUUAAUUUUUGGUUUCAUUGGUUUUAAAUGAUUUUUUUCCCCUUGCUAUACAUUAUUCACAAAUUCUAACAAUAUUGGUGUGGUGUGUGGUGUUUUAAUUCUAUUAUUAUCUUUGCAGCCACAGUAGAAUGUUAUAAUCCAAGGACAAAUGAAUGGAGUUAUGUUGCGAAAAUGAAUGAACCGCACUAUGGCCAUGCUGGAACUGUUUUUGGUGGAUUAAUGUACAUUUCAGGUAUGUAAAGCAAACUAGCACUUUUUCCUGCAUCACUAAAGUUCUACCUUCAAAGCAUUUGUAUGAUUGCCUUUCAGCAUGUGACUUUUGAUGUUUUCAGAUGAUUACUUUGCAUCUGUGAUAUAGAAGUACUUACCGAAGGGAUCAUUAAUAUCACUUUUUUGAGUUUUGACUUUAAGGUUAUCAGAAUUUGUGUGUGAUGAAACAAUUGCGUUGUGACCUUUUUAAUUUCAUGCUUCUCGUUAUUGGAUCCAUAAUAAAUAUAUAUAUAAAUAUAAAAUAUAUAUAUUAGUAUGUAUGUAUAUAUGUUUUUUUGUGGGUGUUUUAAAGGACACAUUUUAUUUUUUUACCAGAGGGCAGCCUCUGACGAGGUUUUGUAUUUUGGCAUUUUCCAGGUCAGCGGCAAAUCGUUCAAGUUGUUAUUCACUUGCAAAUAGCAUCCAAUGUUACAGAAUCGGCUGGAUCGACUGAAUCCUUGACCACAUUUGGCUUUGUUAAAUAUAAGCAUUGCCAUUGCGGUCGGAAUUCGGUCGUUCUUACUGGACUGUGAAUAAACCUGUAACAACCCUGCUGCUAGCUUGAGCUCCUAAUGUUAAAUAAACCUGAUAAUUUCUCAUUGCUGAUUUUUGGAAAUCUGCUUAUGUCUAAAAUAGUUUCACUUGUUUUAAUAGACUGUUCCUAAUUGACAUGUUUCCAGUAGUUUCAUGUGUUAAAUCAAUUAAACGUUACAAGGUUUAACAAAUAAAAAACUUUAAAUAUAUAAGUAGAAAAACGGUCUCUUACAGCAUUGAAAUAAAUUAAACUUUUAUUGCAAGGCAGAACAAGCAGACUUUAGAAAAUCAGCAAUGAGAAGUCAUCAGAGCUAUUUAACUGUAGUAGCUCAAACAAGCAGCCAGCCAUGUGAAGUAGACUAUAUUAUGGAGCUUCUAAAUCAAGAAAGACUGCUUAGGAGGAAAAGGGACCAGGCACCCAUGUACAGACACAGCAGCUCUGCUCUGCUUAGAAGAGCACACAGGGCGAUGACUGAUGACAUCGCUGCUAAUGGUCGACCAGUGGUGUAUGAGUAUGGUCUAGUUUUCUCUGGAAGUAGUGGGCAGGUUUUCAGGUAUUUUUACAUCUAAUUAAUCAAAAAUUGAAUAAAUAAAAAAGCCAUGUUUUCACUACAUGCUGCAUGGAUUCUUAUCAUUAAAAAAUAUAAAUCUGGAGACUGUCAUUUUUUUUAAGGUUGCAACAACCUAUAAAUGCACAUCAUUUGCACAUGGCACUCUUUACACAACAUUGAUUUUUAAUUGCUGCAGUAGUGGUAGCUGUAUUUUAAUUUACCGGAAUAAUUAGUUUUUUACUCUAACAGUGCACUCAAAACAAAAGCAUAUAUGGGAGCAUUUGGUUUAUAACACUUAAAAUUUGUGGUAAUUCUAUAUAGUUGCUCACUUUUCUUUUUGCCUUUAACAAUCCUAGCUAGCUUCCAUAUAUACAUUAAGACAGAAUGUGUUAGUUGCUCCUAUUUAUGUCAGACUAAGAAGCUCAUCAAAGGAAGAAUAUUCAUCCCCACAAUCAGAAAGUCAAUAGACCACAGCUGCGGCUGUAUUGCUCUUUUUAUAGUGGCCUAAUCGCAGUGAGAUGGAUGUCCUUCCUGAAAGUGAGUGAACAGGAUUUCUGUUCUGUGUUUAGUGCAUUACAAAUACUCUUUCACUAAUUAUUUAAUCCAUGGACAACAGAAUGCCAUUGAAUGAUUUCCUUUGUGUAAUAGUACAAUCGCUUAAGGAGGAUAACUCUAUCUGUAUUGCCUCAUUAACCCUCUGAAUGCAUCUUCAAGCAUGUGCGUACUUAUUGAAAUAUAUGGACACAUCUGUCAAGUUGCUGAUAUUCUUUUAUUAGGGCACCAGUGUUCUGUACAGAACAAGUAGUUUUAUAAUAAUGUGAAUAAUGUUACUUUAUUACAUUUUAUGGCAUUUAAAACCUUUUUGUUAAUGUGAAGACGUUGCAAAGCUUCCAUGCAACCAGGAACAAACAGGUCAAAACCAGACUCUGCAGGUGCAUUUACUGGUCUGUUAAGCUGUGUAUUUAAGCUGCAGACAAAAGGUUAUUAAAAUGUAUCCAUUAAAAUGUAUUUUUAAUCAAAGAAUUGUUCUAUGUGGUGUCUUCGCGUAUAUGUCCUUGUGUGUAAUCCCUGAAAUCUAUAAUAUAUAAAAAUGGUGUGGGGUUGUACAGUAUACAUUUUAGUGACCAAUGAUGCAUGGAAAUAAGAUGGUGUCUAAUAAUUGUACUUUGUUAUACCAGGUGGGAUUACACAUGAUACCUUCCAGAAAGAAUUGAUGUGUUUUGACCCAGACACUGACAAAUGGACUCAAAAAGCUCCCAUGACCACAGUUCGAGGUCUACAUUGCAUGUGUACUGUUGGAGACAAACUUUAUGUCAUCGGAGGCAAUCAUUUCAGAGGAACUAGUGAUUACGAUGAUGUCCUGAGCUGUGAAUACUACUCACCAUCUUUGGAUCAAUGGACACCAAUCGCUGCAAUGUUACGUGGACAGAGUGACGUUGGGGUAGCUGUCUUUGAAAAUAAAAUUUACGUGGUUGGAGGAUAUUCUUGGAAUAACAGAUGUAUGGUUGAAAUAGUUCAGAAGUACGAUCCUGAGAAAGAUGAAUGGCACAAAGUUUUUGACCUGCCAGAAUCGCUUGGGGGAAUCAGAGCUUGUACUCUAACAGUUUUUCCACCAGACGAUAACAGUUGUUCACCUUCUCGGGAAUCUCCACUUUCAGCACCUUGAGGACUAGAGAUACUGUAAUAUCUUUUGCACUGCAACAAUAUGGAUAUUUUAAUUAUCUGCUGGUAGUAUCAGCCGAACCUGACCAACUGGAAUUGGCAAACUUACUUUGAGAAAGACUAUCACAUGAUUUGUACUAUUCAUUUGGCUUUGGGUAUUUAUCAAAAAUGUUAACAUUAUUAAAUCUAUUUAAAAUAGCCAAAUGUUUAAUAAAGCAAACAAAAACUAGUCUUUCAAAGUUGAAUUAGGUACUUAUGUAAUGUGGGAAAUAAAUUAAACGUCAAGAAGACGCAAAUGUGGUGACCGUUAACUCUUUAAAACCACAGACCUAUUUGAUACAUUCUUUCCUAACUGCAAAUGAAAAUGAACAUUUUAUUUUCAAUUUGAAGAUCAGUUACUCUACCAUGAAAUGUGUGCUGCCCUAUCUAUAUGAGAACUUAAUAUGCCUCUUUAAGACCGCAAAGUCCCUAUGUUUAAAAUUUGGUGCAACAUAAAACAAACGUUUGUUAAAAAUUGUCGAUCAAAAUUUUCAUUUCUUAAGCUACACCACGUUUAGGUACUUAAUCUUUCAAUAGAGACAUAAAAUGUUUUUAUUUCUGCUCGUAAAAUGAAAUUAAGACCUGCUGUAUACAAAAUUCAUCUCAGAAGCUCCUUUUAUGAAUAUAAUUAAAAUAAGAACAAGACAUGUUAACAAUGAACAAAAUCAAUUCUCGUGGCUAAGAAUUCUAUUUAGUCUAAGGUCUCAAGCCCCCUCUAAUUCCUUCCAUGUUGGAAAAAACAUGCAUAUGAUUUGUUCAAUGUAUAGUCUCUAUUAAGGUUAUUUAGCACAAAAUGCAGCUGGGGCUGGGAAGCUGCUUUUGCUCAGUGGACUGAAUCCCAUGUUUUAUCUUCCUUUGUUCAAUAAAAAAAAAUAACUUUUAACUGCAA